GUUUGGGGUGAAAAGAAAAAUUCUUCAGAAAAAUAUAAACAAUUACUAGUGGCAGACAGGAAAAAAUGUAUGUUACGUCUCGGCUCUGUCCAUAAGAAUACCUCUUAUGUAAGUUCUGUGCCUUCACAGCAUUUGUCUCACAGUUAUGUAAUGAAAACCAUCUAUGAAAUCAGGCAAUUAAAAGUACCUAGUAGUCUAGAGGCAAAUCAAAUCCAACUUAAGCUCUUUCAAGCACGCAUAUACAUACAAGUUGUUUGCUUCGGAGUGAUUACAAGAUUUGGGUAGUGUUAUUGUUACUGUGACCCUGUGCUUUGUGAAAAAACUAUGCAGUGUGAUGCAGUUAUAUUUCUGCUCUGCAUUUGAAAGAUGAUAGGAGUGGCUGGGCUGUCAUGCCAGAGUAUUCAAAGGACUCUUUGUGUAGAAGCAUUGGUCAAAGCCAGAGACAUCCUCCUGGUAUUUAUUCCAGAGUUCCUCCAGAUGCAGCAAAUUGUAUCAAAUUGGGCCACAUUAAGGCCCACUUUCAUAACAUGGAUAGCUGCCCCACAGAUCUUCAGUGGUUUCCAACCAGAGUUAUUUAUGCUCUGUAGGGUAUUUAUGAAGUUAGCAAGAGAGUAAAGGGGUAUAAAUAUCUCUUAAAAUGAUAUUUAAAUGUAAUGAAUAGACGGCUUUAAUUGUUGAUUAAGAGGGUGGAAGUUGUUAGCUGAAAGUGAUGGAUCAAUGGUAAGAAAUGCAUGUUAGUAAUGUGGAUUAACUGAAUCAGUGGUUCAAUUGAAACCUCAAACAAGUGAGCCUUAUUGACAAAUGUACAAAAUAACCAAAUUUAUCAUUUAUCAACGAUUCAGUAGCUUCAUAGCUCUUAUGAUAGCACACAACUUAAGUUUCAAAAUGUACUUAACAGCCAUAUGAAACUUAUUUUCCUUCGCAUAAUGCAUCAAAGUUACAUGAAUCUGGAGGCAGGGCUCCAGAAAACACUUGCGCACACGCUUCUCAAGACUUGGCAGCACAAACUUUACCUUGAAAAAUGACCAGUCUUAAACAACAACAUUAUGUAGUGUUAACAAAAACUAGACAUCACGCCCUGUGUGUUUUAUUGAGGAUAUGUUAGCUUAAUAUGACUAAAGCAUUGGCAAGCUGGGCAGAUAAAUAGCUUAGUCUAUUAAUGAACAAAAAUGUCUAGUUUCUCAUUUUUAUAAAGUUAAAUUCAGGUGAAAAUAAUUUUACUUACUUGUCAAAUUGUAAGAAAAUAUUCAAUAUUUAUGUACAUUUCUAAUAGUUGAUGUGAUUGAAAAUCUACCAGAAUGAAUACAUGAGGACAGGGAGUGCCAAUCAAGACACACUUGAGUGCGUCUGGCUGGACUGUAAGGUUAUGUCUGGCUUACUACAAGUAAAUAAUACAGCUCUCCAUACUCGGGCUUAUAACAUGAAACUGUACCAGAGUAAGCCUCUUACUGAGGCUAUACAGCAACACUUUGACUGCAGACAGCUGCUCUUAUACUCACCAAAGUCACUAGGCAGAGACCAGAUCAUGGAUUUGUCUGUGCAUGCCCUGGUCACCUUCAAGGCCUCUGAGGUCAACAGGCUGUGAUCUACGACAUCUACACCCACCAGGCAACACGCCUGGGAGAGAAGGGCGUCUGCUGGACAGUCCUGAGACAAAUGUGUCCCGCUUCUCUAAUUAGAUUUCUCAUGGGGUGGAAGGUAAUCAGCUGUGGCACUUAGCCCGAGUCAGCAUACAGACAUAAUGUUUCCUUGGAGAUCAGACAUGAGGAGGACAGCAUUACCCCGUUAUUGUACAGUAACCUUUUUAAAAUGCUUUUGUUGCAUAUUGAACCCUUUUAGAAGAUGUGUACACCCCAGCUCUGGUAGGAACCAGGAUGAAUGGGCAAACUACUGGUCUUCCCCUCAGCUGCUGUGUAUUUUGGAUUGCAGUCUUGUGAGCGGUUGGUGCUGAGGGACCACUCAUGAGAGAGACAUGCGUACAUCUUUGUGGGUUUAAUGGGUGGAGAGAGCCAACUUUCUUUGGGUUGUUUUAAGAUCUUAUGGGAGAGGAGAAAUGUGUUGUUUCCAGACGGUCAGAGGGAAAGUGAUGAUGCAGCAUGGAUGAGAGUAGGAGAUGAAUGAGAUUUGUUACAUAACCUGACCAGUUUUCCAAGAUUUCAGAUUAAGUUUGAACAGAGAGUGUCCAAUACUUUUCACUGCUGGAGCAACACUUAUCCUACUAGUUCUGUAUGUUGAUAUUUAUUAAACAAUGCUAAUGCUGUAAUAGGAUGAAACAUGAAGCCUCCGCUGUAUGCAAAUCCGCAUAAAAUAGAAUGUCUUAACUCUAAUAAUCCAGCAAUCAGUGCUGCAAAGUCUAAAACAAAAACAUCUGGCUCUCUAAUUUCCAUGAUAUUGUAGUAGCCUGUCAAUUCGAAUCUAAAUUAAAGCUAACUAUUCACGCAGCUGCAUUCACGGUGAUUCCAAUUGUCCUGUUCAAAGGAAUCAGAGAAAAAGACGCGCAGUAACAUGAUGUAACUUGGCAGAGAAAGUGCGUGUGGGCACAUGGACCGAGCGGUGCGGCGAGUGAAGCAACAUCACCGCCGACGAGGGGGAGUUUCUUCUCGCAAAGCGCAUGCAAUCCCUACGAAAAUUCCCGGUGACUUCAGAUCCAAGGAGGUGGUGAUAUUCAUGGGAGCACGAUUCAAACUCUCUCACUUGGAGUAGGAGCACAGCUUCAGCAGCCCUGCAGCCAACACGCUGCUCUCCUUGCUCCUCUUGUUUGACAUAAACUAAAACAGAUGGAUUGAUGUUUGCUUGAAAUAACUAUUUUUCAGCGCUGGAAGGAGAAAAGUUUAGAGUUUCUUAGUUUUUUUGGACUGCAAUAGGGUGCUGAUUUGACAACCUAAAGACAUUUCUGCGUAAAGUCUUACCUGGGCAUUAUGAGGAGGUAUCCAGGCUUUUUUCAUUCCUGGGAGAGGAUGCCUUCUUGUUGAACUCUUGCAGGCUAAUCGCGGAUAUUUUCAAAUAGCUCAUAUUUCAGUAGCUCUCGUUUACUGCACAACAGUCUGCAAAUUUACGCGGUACUUUCAAAACUUUGCACGCACAAAAAUGGACCGUGCAGGAUUUGCUGUUUUCAUGCUUUUGACUGUUGCGCUGGUGCAGUUUGGUGACAGUGAAAAGGAUCCAACAGGUGGGAGGACAGCGGGUGCAGGGACUGACCGGGCGGUCUUGGAGCAGCAGCAGUCCCCGGAGAGGAGUCAGGGUCAGCCGCCGAGGGGGUCAAAGGACAGCGCAUCCUCCGAACCAUCCGCUGAAUCUUCUCGCCCCUCCGGGACACCGGUCCGAAUACCCAGAGGGACAUCUUCCCACGGGGAUGGCAGACAUAUCACCGCAGCAGCACAGCUUCAUGUCGCAGGUUCCUCCCGGGAGGACCUCGUCUCUGCGCCGCGGGAUGGUGCGCUGCGCACCGCGAGGCACCCGGCCAGCCAGCAGCACAGAACCAAAGUGAACCGCAGGCAGAGCAACAAGCACGGCUCCACUAGCACUAGGAGACUUACAGGGUAAGAAUGACAGCCAAGUUUUUUCAGUGCACUACUUAAAUGUUUCACUUUGCUUGAUCCAGCUGCUAAAAGUAUUAGAGUUCCCUGUAUGAGCAGUGUUUUUGAAAGAAUCUUUGUGACCUAUUUUACAGUACACGAGUCCAUGUGGUUUACUGUAAAAGUAGUGGUGGCCCACUUUUAGCAGAACCUCUCUUCCUGUAAGGCGAACCAAGUGAUGAUGUAACAGAAUCACCCAGAGAAAAUAGCCUCCUAUAAAAACAAAACUACUGGAAAAUAAAGUGCAUUAAAGUGUCAUCCAGUGGGUGAAAACAGGUCUAUAGAUAACUGUAAUGUAUUGAUUUUGUCACGAGGGUCACAGCAGGACAUGGAGUGAUUGCAGAGGUUAAACCUUGUUCUGAUUACAAGGCUGAUAGUUGAGGCGUAUAAUGAGCAGCAAAUGUAUAUGAAUGGUUGAACUGCAUCUGAACUAUUUUGAAACUAAUGCAACACUGCAUUAUCACCAUUUCCUCCCAUUACUUCACAUUACACUGUAUUUAAAUCGUAGUAGGAGAGUGGCUGCAGACUACUUCAAUGUGUGUGCCCCAGUUUUUGAGCUGUUGCCUGUGGCUAUGUUUUGUAGUGGCUCAUAUGGAGUCUUGGCUGCUGUUUAACAUUUGCGAAUUUUCUUAGUGAUCAGAAACACCUGUUUCUCAGAUGGUCAUUUCUCAGUGCUGGAAAUCUCCCUUUUUUGUCUCUGCUGAGCUCCAAACAGGACAAUGGGAUGUUUCCAUAUUAGAGACCCUUUCUGCUUGUUAAAUGAACCCUUGAGCAUCAAGUCCUGUUUGUUCAAUUGGGACAAAGCAUGAUACACAUUGGAGGGGAGAAUGUUUACAUAACAAUCAGAGAGGGAUUUGAAUGGCUCAACUGGGGUUGAAAUCCAAAUGAAAUAUCUCUUUUGUGUGCCAUCAUCAGGGCCUCUUACCUUUAGGAAAUAGAUUGUUUAUAUGGCCAAUUUAAGGGCCUUGAAAGCAAUAGGAGCCAGAUGGGUCACUACCUGUCUUACACUGAUAAAAACCAGGAGGAUUAAUUGAAUGUCAAUUUCAUUCAGUACGUUGUUUCCCCCAUCCACCUGCCAGCUAUUGAUGUACUUUUACCUUAGGGUGGCUUCAAAAUGUAGCUACCUGAAACCUUACAUGCACUCUUGAAUACCUGAGAGCAAUGAUUAGUGUUAAUGUCCAAAACAUUUAGAAAUUUUGUGCAUAAAUAUGUAAUAUGACUCACUGUUAAUACCCCUGAUUCAUCAUACCACAAAAACAACUUUUCCCAACAAACCCGACAGUUGCACUGAUGCAUGUCUAUUUAAAGCCGCUCAUAAAGAAAAUAGCUGGACCCAACAUGCUUUAUUACAGCGUGGAGGGAAUGCCUUGCUCGGCAUUGCCAAAAAAACAUACUGGAGUAUUGAAUGAAUGGGCUUCUUUGAGUUGAAAAGGAGCAUGAAGGUGGAGUAACAUAAAUUUUGCGGGAACAUUACCUUAUAGUGGCCUGCUUUGUGAUUUUAGCACUUUGAUUCAUUAGCUUCGGAUGAAUCAUCCGCUGCCUGUUAGAGAAAGUGCUUUCAUGACACAUUUCCUCUUGGAGUUCCCAGUCAGUGCACUCCUUUACUGCACCCUGAGGCUCUGGCAGCGCUCUGCUCACUUAACUCUGCUUUACAUUCAUGUUGACUCAGAAUGACUCCCCGUCUGUUUUCAUGCACCUGUCAGAUAUUUGACUCAUUCAGAUAGCUUAAAGGUGAUAAACACACCACAGCCUCGUGAUGGGGUUUGAAUAAUAAUACAACUAGGUGUGAACAUGGUGUUAUCUGUAUUUCAUCCUGAGGCGUCAUCCUUACUAUGUUGUUCAAAGUUCUCUAUUACAUACAUACAUUUAAACCCUGUUGGAAUUUGAAUGUGAUGACUGAGGUUUUUGGCACGAGCCCGGCCCGAUGUGUUUGAUUUAUGACAAAGCUGAGUCUGCCAAAGGGCCCAAACAACUGCAUGUUAUCCCUGUGACGCCUCAGUAAGGCCUGCAGUAUCUAAUGAGUGCAGUCCUACUAAGGUCAAUGAGUCAAUUCCUGUUAUCUUCUCGAAUCACUGUGAAUCAGACAUCCAUUUACUGUAAUAUCUUGUGAAAAGAUGAUGGGGCACAGAGCCAUGCCAGCACGUUGACUCGUGCCCUUAAGUUGCUCUUGCGGUCUGGUGCCUUUUCAUCUUUCUUGCUGCAAGAAUUGGCCUGCGCUGCAAGCACGGAUUAAAGAGUGCAAAGAAUCCAGUUAUUACUGUUUAAAACUUGUCAUCUCUCAUUUGCUCAGUGAUUUAUAGAAGAUGCAGGGUGCUUUUCAUGUCCCGUGUGUUUCACAUAAUCCCUUCUAGGCUCAGAUAACCCUGUAUUUGUUUUCGCUCCGGAUUUUUCACUUAAUACAAAAUGGGACUUGUGGGUCCAUAUUCAGAUAGAGUUUCGUGACUUGCCCUAAUUUUUUUUAUUGAAUAAAAUGUAAUUAUAGCAAAAUCUCUGAGGUGUUAAUAUCGAUAGGCCAGCCACGUCAGUAUGAUCUGAAAUUAUUACAGCGUGCAAUCAGAUCGCUUUGGCAUGCAAUGGUUUAAGGCCUUCCAUCUUCACUGUUAUUGUUUCAUGGAUUAUCAAGAUCCUCUCUGUUAUCAGUGUUUUAUUGUAUUCUAGUUUCCAAACAUGUGUCUUCUUUUCCUCAGGCCCAAUGUCUGCGGAGGUCAGCAGUGUUGUUCAGGCUGGGCUUUGGCUCCUGGAACCAACCGCUGCAUAAAACGUAAGUAAAACUUGUUUGUCCAACUAGACUACACUUGAUUUUACUUAUACUACAAAGGAUAACAAUCCCCUUUGUUAAGAGGCCAUACAUAAUUGUCAAGUAUUUUAGCACAUUGACAUACAUUAUUGCACCUUUCUGAGCUGGUAUGCUCUAGAGACAGAAAGGCUUUAUAAACUUAUGCACACAGACUGAAGAAUAACACAGCAAAUGGCUUCUAAUGACCAUCCUGUCAAAUGGAAUUGCCAGUGAGAGUUUUCCUGGCGUGUUAUUGGCCCCAUCAUUAUGUUCAUCAUGUGGUGUUUGCCUUUUCCUUUCAUGUGCAAUCCUCACACAGAAAUCACCAAAACUUAGUACUGGGCUCUGUUUUUGACACAUCUUAAUUAUGGGUGGAACUGCUUCUUCAUUUAUUGAACCAGCUGUUAAAUGUCCUUACACACCAAAUAAAUAAAUAAAAGUAGAACAGAAGGCACUGGCUUAGGAGGAGUAAUCAGCCACUUCUUAGGACUUAAUAUUGACCAAAGAAUUUUUACAAGUUACUUGUUAAGACUGCUGAGAAACUGGGCUAGUAUGUUAAAGUCUUAACAUUGACCCAUAAGGGGCCCAGUUGGCUGCAGCUUACACCAGAUUUGCUCUUUGCAUGUCAUGUUUCAAUUUCACGUUUAUGAUCCCUAUUGUUUUCUACAGACUGAAAUAACACAUUGGAAUUGGAGCUUUUUUUAGGGAGAGUUAUCUUAAAAUUUUACAAGCAGAGCAAAACCAGCAGCAGUUGGCAUUAAAUCUCUGACAGUUACUUCUGUUUCUCUGUUUUUAUCUGUCUACUGGAUCCAAACUUCCUCUUGACUUAUUUAUUCCUCUCCCAGCUCUCCUCAAAUGAUCUCCCUCACCCAAACACAUAUGAAAACACAGUUAACAAACAUUGCAGCGACUCAAUUACACAACAAACUGAUUGGCCCCAGCAGCCUUCUAAUUAGAUCUCCCUCCCUCGUGCCCGAUGCAAACCCUCCUUCCUUCUUUUCUCAAGUCCCAGCUAAAGGCACACUUACAAAGGUGUAAAUUACAUCUAACACAUAGCUGCAGUUACACAAAUUAUAAGGGUAAAUACUCUGAAUCUGCCAGAAAGUAACAGGUCCAGUCUAACACUGCUGUGUUAAACAAGUAGGACAGUGCAUCUGAGCGGGCGGAGGGUCCGUCCAACCAUCUGGAGCCUCUUAAUGCUUGGCCCUCACCCAGGUCUGACUGGAGGCUGUGCUAUCAUCAGCUGAGUGAAGCCCCACAGCAGGCAAAGUGCCAACACAAAGGCCUCAGACUGGAGCUGGGACUGGAAGCCCCCACAUUGAAGACCUCCAUGGAGGAAAACAGGCCCAGGCUAUCUUUACUCCUUCACUGCCAGAGACCUAGGCUGCUUUAUUAGGAGAUGGCAGCAUGAGAAAACAUGUUCACAGUGGGGGAAAGAAAAGGAACAAAACCUGUCUGCUGGAAGACAAAGUACAAACACAUCUUGGGUGAGGAAAUUCUGGCUAAAGAGAUUGAAGUAAUAACUAAUAUUAAAAGUGUCAGCUGUAGGCUUUGACUGCAAGGCUAGAAUUAUGGCAUCCUGACAAUAACUCUGUGUCCUCUGAGUUGAGCUCAGAGCAAAUAUAUGGCAGGAAUUGUUGUCCGUGGAGUGCGCUUACUUGUCUUAAGAAAAGUGUUUAUAAAAGACUCUUAGUCUGGGUCUCAGCGUGGGUCUCCUUGUCUGGAUCUUGAAGGACUCGGCCCUGCCCAGGUCCGGGAGGGUUUGGUGCUGACUGAUUCUGUUUUCAACUCCAGGAUGGAUUGUUUGCAGACCUGUUUGUGUAUUUACGCAAAUGCCAUGUGCUGAAAAUAGCCAUUGUUGUGUGUCAGAAAGCUUUAAUCCAUUAAGAGAGGAACAGAACAUUUCAUUUCCACUGCUGCGUCAUGUUUAUUUGUCGUCUGCUAACCUCUGUAAUUAAAGAUAAAAGGGUUUUAUGGCCGAUGGUAAUUUAUUAAUGGAGGCCAAAAAUCAAAGGUGUGUGCGUGUUAUGCUAGGUUGGUAAAGUGAGGCCAGGUGCGAGCCUGACUCUACAUCCGAUUGUGGACUAACAAGCUUCCAUUUUGUUUUUCUGUCUGCACUCAUACUUAUUUCCUUCUGCGCUUGGAUUUACAUCUAUUCAUCAAAUUAUAUUGUUCCUAAGAUGAAGAGGAAGGACAUAUUGUAGCCUCACCCACUCACAGCCAGUCAUUAGUCCAGUUUGAGUUAUAAUAAAAGACUGUAACUCCUGAGUUGGAGACACAAGGACUGAUGAAAUGUUAGUCUGGAGAUACUUGAUUUCCUGCUGGUUUUCAUUGACUUUGAAAGCACUUCAGAAACUGAUCAACAUACAACACCCCACUGAGGGUAAACUGUGGGAAUAUUUUACACCUGACUGUAAUUAUAAAAAAGUGAAAACAACAAGUUAGCGCCAUGUAAUUUCUACUACAAAUUUAUGUUGGGAAGGACCACAAAAUGUAUUUACAAAAUAUCCUGCUACUUUGCUGUGGAAAAGUUUGAAUGGUGGCAAGUUUUUGGGUAAAUAUAGUAACCCUCAAUUGAUGUGUUGUACAUCUGAGUAGAAUCACUGUUUUGAGGUUUUGGUUUACAACAUUUCCUGGAACUAAAACGAUUAAUUGUGGACUUUCAAAGCCAGUGUUAUUUGAGAUUAUGUUUGUGUUUGAUCAGUUCUUCAUUUCAUCUACUCUCAGGGGCUUCUCUCUUAUCGUUGCACCUUUGAAUGUAGCCUUCACUCAAACUUGACUGCAAAUGGAUUCUUGGACAAGCUACUAGGAGUCUCCCCGACAGCUUAAGGAGCUUUUUUGGCAAGACACAGUUGCAGCUAAGAUAACAAAAGUCCACAGCCAUGCAGGCAGAUAUGUGUGGUUUUCUUAAUGUUAACAGAAGUGACAUUAGUUGUGAUGUUGUGAAACAACUAAAGAGCCUCUAUUUUCUAAAUCAAAGUGCUGCCAUCCCACUUGAUGCCUUCUGUCAUCUGUGCUUGUUUACAUUUGGGUUGUAGGGCAUUAAGACCUACAUCUAAUGUAAUGUGGAUGUGCUGCAGUUAAGACACAACACAUGGCCAGCACAUCAGACCAACAUCAUAAUUUUGCUGAGCUGAUUAGGCAGGAUAGGAGUGUGCAUAGUGACAUGAAGGGAAGAAGCAACAGGUUGGAGUCUUUCCUAGCCUGCCCACGUCUGUGUGGUGUGCUUAGACUGCUAGACCAGCGACGCCCCCUGAUAAACUAAAUUUGGUGCCUAAAGCGACUAGCCAGGAUCAUACACUUGCUCGUUUUGUAAAUUAAGCAUGCAGAGUCAUGAAUGUCGCGAGGAUAUGAAAUCUUUCACAUUUGCUAACAAUUGCUCUACAGCUAAAACAGUGGGAAUGCCACUGAUAGUGAUACUAACUCAAGACUCUAGGGGGUUUUAAAGUCUGCACAAAAUUCAAAAUUUUCAGUCCAAUGUCUCUCUAAAAAAGUUAUCUAUGCCAUGUAAAAACAAGUUUUAUUUUCAUCAUGGUGCUGGAGGAAAAAUCAAGAUGUUACCAAAGACCACAGAAUUCUUUAUCACUGGGUUUGAACAGUUUUACCAAAGUUUCUUAUAGAUUUAUUCCAUAGUUGAUGAGAUCGCCAAUCCUUACAGGAGUGUAUGCAGACUAACAUUGCCAUGCAUAGAGGAACUGGACUGUGUAGAUAAGAAUAAAUGCUACAUAUAAGGGCAGCUCAUACUGGCAGGGUCACCAUACAUCAGAGUUAUGUAGCGCUGCUCUGGCGUCUCCACUUGACGUGGCUGUUUUUGUAAUUGGAUUAAUGGCAUGUUCUACCACACACAGAGUGAAUGCACGGGACAAUGCAGAGCAAUUUGGAGUGGGAAAGACUCCCUGUGGCACAGACAGGAACUGGCUUUACAUUUUACCUGAGCUCAUCGAGCUCCCUGGAGCACAGGCUUUCAGAUUCUGUCGUGGAAUUCAUUUCACCACACUAUCCAUCACUUUUCUUUGACUUAAAGCAUGUGCUGGACUACAUAUGGCAACAUGCUGCAAGUAAAGCCAAAAACAGUGAGCACACAGCCCUCGAAGAAAAGAGCCCACAGAUGGCCAUUGAUUUAGAACUGUUGCUGUCUUCGAGAGUGCAGAUGAAAGGUACAUCAUUCACGUGGAUGAAUAAAGUUGUUUUCAGUCUCUUAAGCAGUUGGUGAUUGACACAAUGAGACGAGGUGGAGAGGAGUUUCUUUUUGAUUGCCUUCCAGCUUUCUUUGGCCUGCUGUGCCGCUCAGGGCCCCAUCCCAGCCCCAAAAUAACUCCUCAUGCAGAAAGUCUCUCUCUGUCUGUCUCUCUUCUGUGUACCUCUGCCAUCACAAGGCAACCAUCCCUUUCUUUCCAAACAAAAAAAAGACAGCAACCAGCAUGUUUCCCUAAUUCCAUCAUGUCCCCGGUGUAGUUUGAGUAGGAUUAAAACACUCCAGGGUUGAGAUAGAGCCAGGUUAUUCAUAUUAAAAGCUUGACUUGAAGAUUUUCACGGAUGUCAGGGCAAUCAAUUUGUGGAUUCUAUGAGAAUGAAUUCAUGAAAAUACAACAUAACAGCCAAGGUAAUAAAGCCUCUUUUGACAGCAUUUAAAAAUAUUUUAACCUACUUUUUUUGUGUGAAACUCAUUUGCUCUUCUUUUGCUGCAACAUGUGCGAGGCAGCUGGCAAAGAAUCAAGGACAAACACGUGUGAACGCUCCCUGACCUCCAAUUCAGCACCCAAAUAUGAAGUCUGCCAUCUUUCCUUAAUAGAUACAAGCUCUUUGAGUUUGCUUUUUCCUAACCUUCCCGGACACACAACAGGAUUCAUGCAUAUUUUGGAUUUGAUCUUCCUCUAAGACUUGUCCUCUGUGUUUGGAUAAUAAAUCUUCCUCAGAAAGUCUGCCUGAGGGCAUGUGCACAUCAAUAGCACCGUGAUAAUUGCUCAUAUCUUACACUCGUCACAUGUUUGUGUUUUCAGAGGUAGCAAAGAGAUUUCUUACACACAACAAGUGUUUGAACUGCAUUGUUUGGGGCUUACGGCACUUAAACUUUAAAGCGUAGAUUUAAACAUGCAGGAGGAGGUCAUGAACUUCAGCUGAGCACAUGAUGUCGAGUGCAUCAUGACCCAGUGAGUCACCAGGACACAAGUAGCACUGCUUGUUUCUGUUGAUAUGAUAAGUCAGUUUCCUGUGGAAAAUAAGCAGUAAAUGACGCCUUUAUGAUGAGUAGGCGAAUUGAGCUCAUUAAAUCUUUUAUUCGCAAUAGUCAUGCAGCAUCUAGGCAGUCAAAUUGAGAAAAAAAAACAUAAGAAGAGAAAGAAACAUGGCUUUCCCAAAGGUUGAUAUAAGGGAACUUGCAAUGAUGAGAGUUUUCUCAAGCUUUCACAGCAUCCUCCUCUGUUUUACAAGAACAGGAGGAGGUUUUAAAAAUUCUGGUGUUUCUGGUGACGUCUGCAAGCCAAGGUUGAAAUUACCGCUCCGCAGACAGCCGCAGAGCCCUCUGUAAGCUUUAUAUGUCGUGAGGGGAUUUGUAGGGGUUGCGCAGUUCACAGUUUAGGGGCAUAACUUACUUUUUGGCAGUCCUGUAGAGAGUUAUGGCCCAUUAGACAGAUCCUGUAAUCAAUACACACCCCUUCGUCCCAGAACCCGUCAUUAACACAGACGCUGGACGGCUCACUCUCUGUUUGUCUUCCCUGAACCAGGAGUGCUGCUCUCUCCACUCCAGCUGGUGCGUCUGUUUGUAGGUUGCAAUUGGGUCCUGUUUCGGCCUCCUGCGCCACAUGUUUUUCUAAUUGCUACCAUAGAUGAAAGUGUGGUGAAAAUGAAGAAUUACUCAGCGUCUGGACCCUAGACAUCUUCCUGUGUAGUUUCUUUCUUGUUUAUUUGUACUUCUUUGUUCAUGAGCUAUUAUAAUACCAAAUUAAUGAAGAGAUAAGUAGAACAAACUUGGCCCUGAUGAAAAGUAUUCAGCAAUAUUUGCUUCCUUUUUACUAAGACACAGAAGUACUCCCCCGGAUCUCUAAGCUGUAAGCCUGCAGAGCAAAAGUUUGCUUGAUUGACACUUACAAAGCAACAGUUACAACAAACACACACCCCUCUGUCAGGCGCACACACGCUCGCUGAGCCACAGUGUUGUUAGGGCAGCCCAUACUUGACCAUAUAUCACAGCACCCUCCUGCUUAAAGACCAUAUGGAAGCUGUUGGGAUGUGAUCCCUGAGGAGGAUGGGGUUUGUGGCUUUUUUUCGGCGAACACCACGUCUCACAGAGUCAGCUUUACAAGUCGUGGGCACACGCCCCCACAUCCAGAUAUCCUCCACAGAGCGGCUCAGCAUGUGGCUCAUUAGAAGUUGAAUGUGGGAGUCUAAGGGGUGCAGCAGAGGCACACUAUAGCAUUGCUUAAAGUAAUGUACACAGUGUCAUGGGUCAGUUGUAGGUUAACAAAAUCCCCCCACAGAACUGAGGUGGCUUUGGAGAAUAAAGCUCCAACUACUGUAUUGGAUCGAAAAACCCACACAACGAUUGAAAAAUGUGCAUCAACGACAGAUGCACCUUAAUCUGGUGAAAUAUUAUCCUAGUAAGAUUUACCACAGAGAAAAUAAAGGAUCAGUCAAACAGCGUCAGGCUCCCUCCCUUCUGUUUCUGAUUAGAACAAUAGAGGAUUCAGAAUUUUAUAGCUACAGUAACAGCAGUUAUGUUGCAGCAGAGUUAGCAUUUGGCAAGCUUGAGAUGAUAGCACUUGCACUGGCAACCAUGUGGAAAUCACAUGUUGCAAAGAGAUUAACACUCACUUGAAACGAUUAGCAAUGAGAGGCAAUUGUAUUAACUGCUCAAUAGACCAAUUCUUACUUCUUCAGUGGAUGGUGAGCCCAGAUGAGAGGUGAAUUUUUCUUAGCUCCUCUCUCUCUCUCUGCUGCCUCCCACAAUCUUAAACACUUGACCUCUUUCAUGAGAUCUGUCAGGUUCACUGGCGACUCCCAAAGAGAAGCCCAUGCUGUCAUCAUAGGACGUUUACCAGACCUUGUUUUUAGUCACAAGAGUUUUGCACUUGUCAGUCAUUUUUUUUGCAGGUUUGUGUAAAGUAGUGGCAACUUUAAUGAGCCAUGUUUACUAGUUUAAUGCUCUAUUUUCUCCACUAUCAUUUUACAUUGGUAUCAUAAGUUUUGAUAUAUUUUUUCAACCUGGCAGAAUCCAGCCAUAGGUAAGGCACUGCAGCAUUUACAUCUAAUGCAAUUUUGUCCAUUACAUAACUUCCUGUCUCUCAAUUACAGGAUCAGAAAAGCCCUCUAAUCCAUCCAUGUCUCAUAUUCAACUAAAUUCUGUCCUCCAGAGCGGCUCCCAGCCUCUAAAUCUCAUAAUGGCGUAUAAUGCGCUCAGCCUGUAGAGAUUCCAAGAUUGUUCCGAUUAUGCUUUCACUAUCAAUAUUAUUUUCAAAAUGUCAAGUCACUCUAGGUAGCAAUGUUGACCUGUGUAAAGUGAGAGAUUUCCCGGCAUGUUAAAGUUAUGUCAGAUAUCGGUUUCAGAUUUCCUCUGGAUGAAUGACCAGACUGUAAAGAUUUGAUGGUUUUUGUUACUCUGAGGCUGAAAGGGGGAAGGUGAAUCUCUAGUGGACUGUAAUGGGCUUGAAAUGAGGCCUAAGUUGGAAAUGAUAGUCCAGUGGAAGGAAACGAGAAUUGGAAAUUUCCCCUUGACAUGUACACACGUGCAAACCAGAGCUUAUUGUAUUCCACCAGAGAAAUAAAGCACAGUACUUAGCACAGUGAAAGUUUGUAUUACUUUAAAAUUAGUGCUGAUUAACCGUUUAAUUUCCUUAAAUCCAAUUACAAGCUCUUACGAUAGAGUUAAUUCGGUUUUAAAGUCUGUAUGACUGAAAAUAACCUAAAGAAAAUACUACUCAAAAUAGUCUGGACAGGGUCUAUCACCAUUUUACUGCAUCAAUUUAGCACCCAGACACCAGACAAGGUCUUUACUGAAAAGGCAUUGUCUGGAUGGCAGCAUAUGUUGCUCUAAAACCUGCCCAUAUCACUUAGCAUUAAAGGGGCCUUUCUAUGUGUGUAAGCUAGGGAUGGGUGAUAAAGUACUGUUUACGAUUUAUCGUCAGAAAAUUCCUCCACAAUAAAUAUUUGCUGUCUCACGAUAAGUGCAAGUUGAUGACGUAAGUACAAGCGACCGUCUCACAGCCAUUGCCCACACAGAGCAGAAUAACAAACAAACAUGGCCGAAGGUAAUGAAGAUGAUGUUUCUGAUCAGCUUGUUGCUAAAGGAGGCUCCACAUGAGGGAUUACCUUCAAGAUUGGGGCUUAGAUGAGUGCAGUCAGGUAUGCCUGACACCGGACAGUGGAUCUGCUGCUGUUCACUCUAUAACUAGUGACUAAAACAUAUGGUUAAGUAUCUUAUUUGACUGUUCCAACUUUUUCCUCAAGACAGAAUGAGUCAAAAACAUAGAUAGGAAUUAUAACAUUUUUUAUCAGGACUUUUAUCGUUAUCGUCAGAAUGGCAAAACUUAUGAUACAUUUUUUAGUCUAUAUUGCUAAGCUACCAAUGCCAAAUAUACUAGCAUUUGAACUGUGCAUAGGUAGACAUGCUGGGUGGUGUUUCGUCUUUUUGAGGACAUGACAUCUAAGAUAUCCAAAAGGAACGUCAAAUUUUAAUUCACUCACAGGACAGUUUUCCACUUUUUCUCAGUCCAUCUUAUACAGGCUCGGGCCCAGGGGGGUUGUUGGCGUUUCAAGAUCAUUUAUGGUUUUCUUUUUUGUUUGCCAAUAGAAUUUUAACCUGAUGUUAUUGAUAGACAUUGUGUUGACAGACAAUGUAGUGAUUUUGACUAGUCAUAGCUUUUUGUAUGCAGGGCUGCUUGUGGGCCUUAAGGUCAUGGCCAGUGUUGGAUUUUGCCUUUGCAUAUACUGUUAUAUAAUAUAUAACAUCUUAAAGUGUACCCACUAUGCUGAACUUUCAAAGUCCUUAAAUUUCACACCAAAGAAAGUGCUGAUUUCUUCGUAAUUAUGUGCUUUCUCAAGGACUUGUCUUGGUCAGCAUGUUUGUUUGGAGGGUUCAAAGCUUCCGGCAUCAGUCUAUUAGCGUCCUCUUUUCAGAUGACUGGAUCAGGACACAAACUCCCAAAACUUGGCAGGUCUGACUCCAUCAUAAUUGGGGCUAAAGUGGCAAUGCCAGGAAUGUUUGCCAUUUUUCCUCUUUUAUAUCCAGUGGAUUCUCAUUUUAUUAUUACUCGCGCAAAGUAAUAAUUGCUGCGCAUAUUUGCAAAACGGAUGGAAUGCAAGGCAAUUAGUUUUAAUGAUGUGAAAGACAAAUCUGCAUGACAGCAAUUAUUGUGACAAUGUGUUCAACAGCCCAAAGGCAGGGCCCUGAGACAACACAGACGGGCAGUGACAGUGUGCGCUGUGGCCACGCAACAAGCUCCAUGUGGGGCAACAUGCCAGGCUCCAAGUCACUGACCUGUUCUCUCUUUUGUCAGCACAGGCGACAUGUUUGUCUGGUGUCAAUUCUGUGCCUCGGGUCACACGUGACGCAAACGAACACAUAUCCCACCGUGAGCCAGCUGGGAAUCUCCAUUUAUUUUAUUUCCCUGCCUUGUGCUGUUUCUCGUUUCACUUCAAAAUGUUUAUUUGGAGAAUGUAGUUUAGCACAUUACCAAGUUCCCCCCUGCAGCAUAAUGUCACUGCAUGUUUGGCCCUUUAGAUCAACCACUUUAUCCCCAAACUUGAGGUUAAACAGACUCGGGACAAGACGGUGGCACCCAGCCAGCCUGUACUUUAGUUUGAUGAUGUAUGUAACUCCUCGCCAAGCAGAACUCAUGCAAUUCCUUCUUUAUCCCCGAUGGAAAAUUCACAUCACAUACCAAGUUAUACAAAUCCCUAACCACAUGUCUCUAAAUGUGUAUACUUCAUCAAAAAACAGGGGCCACAUUUUCCUCAGGGUUUUUAAAACAAAAUGCUUGAGUGAUAAAAAUGUUGUAAAUAAAAUUAGCUUCACUCUACAGCAGUACAGAUAAACGAUUGUCUGAUACUUAAUCCCUCAAUUUGUUAUUGUCAUCAUUCAACAAGCUGACAUUGUGUAUUUAAAUGAUCUUUAAGUAGCAUGCAUCACUAUCAAAGAAGAACUAUAAAACAAAGCUUGAUUGAGCUUCUUUUGUAGGACUUUAUCUGUAAAAACAGUCGUUACACCAGCCCUGUCGUGUUUCCUUCUGUCACGCUCAGCAUAUGUCAUCAAAAAGAGCAUUUUCAGGGUCCAGCGUGCUUUCACUCAAGACUAAAAGAAACAUAAAGUGGCCACAGAGUCUGAGCUCCAUCGCAAUAACAGGAAAUGUGCAGCAGGUAGAGCACUGUUCGCACCCAGUGGGGCCCUUUUGCAAACUGCCAGCACUCCUCACUGCCAAGAGCUGUGGCAGCGUUCCUGCCUGCGAUCUGUCAGUGUCCACAGCAUCUGUGUCAAUAGCAUUCCAUAGUUGUGUUGACAGAGCGCCACUGUUUGCUUUAGCCACCACAGACCAGUGGCCUGAUUUACUGUUUGAGGACAACGUCAUAAAUCCCAAAGUGCUGUCUACUACAGACAUUUCUGUCACAAGAUUGAGAGCUUAUUUACUCCAAAUUGCGUGCCGCAGGUCUUUCAAUGCUUCAAGUAUCUGGGCUGUGAUGGAGGCAUGCGGGGGUGGAUUGGUAGAGUGACACAGAUUAUUUUUCCAUGACCAAGAAAUGACCUCAGCUCAGUGUAUUUGCAGACUAUUGAUAAAUAUUGUGCACACAUUUAUCUUUUAAGUUCAGGAAGACUGUUCACAUUUCAUUUGUUUUUCAAAUAAAAGACACAGGCCAUUUCUCUGACGAAGUGUCGGCUAUUUGCAGUUGGCCUGCUGCGACUGCUUUUUCCCAUUUGCUCAUUUUUUUAUGACCUCCCACUCAUUGUACCCUUUUAGCUGCCUGGGUUGUAUGGAAAGCACACACUGGAUACUGUGUCGUAGACUGGUGACAAAAGGUAUUUUUUGGAAAUCAGUUGAAAUGGAAAAGUCAGAGGCACUUAGCUGGAGUAUAGGCUUUACCUUAGUGAGAAAUUGGAUAAGGAUUUAAUGUAAGUCAUCAUAUACAUUUAGACUAAACAGGGCUGUUAGAGACUCAAGAGAAAUCGAACAUGACAGCCCCUCCAGACUCUCUGGAGAGGACAGAAAAGGGUUGAGACGUGAGACUAAUGGUCCUUUGAUUGAAUCAAUUUAAAGUGAGCUCUGUUGUUACAAUCAAGGGGAGACAUUUCUGCCACUGCUUCUGCUCCUGCAUACAAGCAGGUGACGUGCACUAAAAUGACCUGCUGAUAACUUGAUCUCCAUCUGUGCUCUCUCCUUAGCUGAUUGCCAGCCCCCCUGCCAGAACCGAGGCUCCUGCAGCCGCCCACAUACCUGUGUGUGUCGCUCCGGGUUCCAGGGGCCCCGAUGUGAGGAGGUGGCUCCGGAGCAGGUGUACAUCCGUGACGGCGGCAGCUUGAGACGCAUUCAGCCGGGGACCAACCCUUUCCAGAGAGACCAACCACGGAGAAGGCCCACAGAAAGACAGGCCAUCGAUACCACCAAGGUCCAGACCCCGCGACCUGCGACCACCAGACAGCCCGUCCACACUGUGUAAGUGAAGCAGCUGUGUGUCUGCACAUUUCUUAUAAUAGCCACAGAGAGCCAGACCCAAAUAUGGACGAGUCAAAAAGUAUUAACAACAGACAAGUCAACUUCACUAGACAUGAGUGGCUAAACCAAAAAAAGGGGGAAUUGUUCGCAGUAGUCGAGUUGUGAAAAAAAUCAGGGGGGAUGGUGGAUUUUAUUGUUUGGUACAGAUAUUUUAUUCUGAUGAAGUCCAAAAAAAAUGGUAAAAUACUAUUUACAAAAUGUAAAAGGCAAAAAAGAAAAAAACAACAUGGCAAGAGUUCCACUGUAACUCCAGAUUCUCACUCAAGAGAAAAAAAAACAGAAACACAACACCACUACAAAUACAACAAACUACUUACAUACAACAAACUUUAAUCUCAAAGAAAGAAAGGCACAGGAAGCCCUCUGUUAACACCCCCUGACCCCUCCCAGAGGGCGUUAUCAAUAACAUAAGUUUGGAAGAAACUCAUUUAUUCACAUUUAAACCAUUUUUACAAUUUUUAACCUUCAGACCUUUUUCCUGUAAGUUAUUGCCAUUUCAACUAAACUUUUACACAAAUCAAUGGAGCAUUAAUUUUUAGGGAUUCAUGGCAAACAAUAAAGGAAUUAAUUUUUCUUGCAUCAUGUGACCACUUUUGACGGGCCAUACCCACCUAUUUUACACACGGAAAUCACGCGCCCUGUUUCCUCAUUUGGAAACAUGAGCUGGCAUGAUGGUGUGAAUGGACACCUGGCAAGUAAGUGGAGGGAUGAAUAUCUAUGUGAAUGUAUGUUUAAGUUAAGUGAUAGAGCAAAACGUGUGGUUACCCUAUCCAAAAGAGAAGGGAGAAGGAAAAGUAACGCUGUUUAGUGUGUAAUUAGUGACGCUGGCGGGGAGGGAAAUGUUUGGCGUGUUUGUAGGCAGGGCUGUUGGCUGGCCAGUCGCCACUCGCCAAAUGCGACUAAAAUACUCCCCAGGCGACUUAAUUUUGGAAGGCUACAUGCCGAGGGGUGGGUAGAUGUUUGUCCAGAUAGUAAUACAAUCAUGCACGAUGUGUCACAAAGUAUGGCUAUGAAAUUAUAAAUAGCGACGGUAGCUAAUGUUAGCGGCUACUGAUUUGUUGUGUGUCACACUGAAGUGGGGCUCUGAGCGGAACUGAUGAGAUGCCGUAUAAUAGUGAAAACACGACUCAUACCUGCCAACACUUCCUUUUUUCCCGGGACUCUCCCGUAUUUCAGACCUAUCUCCCGCCCACCUUCCAUAUUUUCAUAAUCUCCCUUUGCAUGGUCCAUGUUCAUUCAUAAUUCAGCUCAGUAUAUUUGUCCAAAGUUUCCUGACAACCGAAGAUUGGCCUGUGUUUCUGUUGAGUCUCACAGACACUGGAUUGAUACUUUUACUUUACAAUUUGGGAUGAUUCAGGUCAGUUUAAGCUGUAAACUAUAUUUAAGCAGUUUUUGUUGCAAAAUGAACAUUUCAGAGAAAGGGAAACAAACGCCAGAUAUAAUAUGUACAUUGACAGUCUUGCACCGUCUUGGAGUGAUGCGUUCAGGGCAGCCUCAGAUAAAAGAGAGCUGUAUUUCAUGCACAGAUGUUCAGAGAGCCUAAUACGGGAGAGCAUGUAAAACAUAUGACUUUAACACCAAUAUUAGUGGACUAAAUAAGUUCAAGGCAUAUCGUAGCUAUUAUUUUUAUAACCAUUUUUUAUUGUCAAAACAAAACAAAAAAGUGUGCAGCUUCACUUACACUUAUUUGGAUAAACAAUGUAAUUACAAAUACUCUCAUAAUUAGCUCAUAUCCACCAUACAAGGUAACCCCAAAACUGCCCAGCGUACGCCGCAAAAAUCUCACGGAUUUUAUAACCUAAAUGUUGGCAGGUAUGAAACACGUUUUAAAAUAUAAGUGUGUGUGGGUACCGAGUGUGUGUGUGUGGAUGCCGGCCAAGAGGUUGUUCUGUGCGUUAAGCAUCUCAUCAGAACAUGUUGUUAAUGAUAAGACGUCUUAAAUAUGUAAUGUUAUGUAAUGUGUUUUGAGACAAACACUCUGAGCCAAUCGUAAAUCGUCAUGUAAAACAUCCCGAUUUGCUCAUGCUGUUUGUCUCAAAUCCAUCUAUGUGAAUACAGCAUGCGUACACUAUAGGUGGGCUAAAGUUGCUUUUGUAGUUGUCUGUGUGUGUGUGUGUGUGUGUGUGUGUGUGUGUGUGUGUGUGGCUCCAUGCGCUGCCCAUGGUCAGUGAGGACGCCGCUCCGUCACACCCACUAAACGUUAAAAUUGUGGUCAUAUUUCCCUGUACUACAACUGCAUACAAACAAUUAGAAAAAAGCACAAGAUACUUGUGCCAUAAUGCAAAAAUCAGUGCUUGGUGAAGACCCUGUCUUUGUCGUCCCAGUGCUUUUACAAAUAAGGAACAUAGCCAACCACAUGGUCCUCAGUGGCCAUCAUGACCUUAACAGCAUUGGCACCCUGAAAGACCCUGGGUCUGUUUCCAUUAGGCCUGGAUUGGAGAUUCUGACGGUAUGAUAACCUCAAGUUACCUCAUGUUUAGAUAAUUAAAUAAUUGAUAGGAGGAUUUUUUUAAUGCAUACAUUUCUGCCUCUGUGAAGAAUAUUCAUAAAUAAUACUACACUGACUCUGUUAUUGAAAUACUGAUGUAGAAAGAAUCUUCUCCUCUGUCUCUGUGAUGUGUCAAAUAUCUGAUUCCUGGUAACCCUGGAGACCAGUCCUACCUUAUCUAGUUUAUGAUUGGCUGGCUGAAGCAGCAUCUCUAGCACCUUUUGAACAGUAUGGGCUUGUGACCGGGGCAGCCAGUGAUACACUGAAUAAACACACUGAGUGCCCUGAAAAAGAAACUAAGUGCACUGGUUGACCUAAGUUACACACAAGUGAACCACGGCUAGCAGGCUAAUAAACGUACCACCCUACAGUUUCUCUGUUGCAUGCCAUUUACGAACUGGAUACACAACUUUUAUUAAUAACUUGGGGACAUGCCGUAUUGUAGAAACAGUAUGUCAGAAAAUAUGAUUGUUUUGAAUCCAUGACAUUUUGGACCUAAGUGUAACUGAUGGCGUACUGUCAGCCAAUAGUGCCACCAUGCUAGCCUUCAUUUUCACAUUUUACUCACAGUAUGAAACACUACUUUAUUUGUCCUCCUAAUGCUACUACUGCUUGCCUGAAUUUGUAUAUGUAAUGACACUGACACUCCCAUGUUGAGACAGUGCUGCCUUAAAAAGCAUUUUUGGAGAGCAUCGUUAAUUCAUGCAGGCUUGCCAAAAUAAAUCAAGCAGUUAAUCGUAAAUUAUUUAAACGCUUUCUAACAAACAGUAGUUCAUUCACUAGUUAUUGCCGUCAUUGUUGUGAUAAAUCAAACUAGGCGAGCAGGUUUCGUGUGUGAGAGUGUGAAUCCCCUUUGAGUAAAUCAAAUCUAAAAUAAAGUAAGUGAACUUUUGCUUCGCUGCCAAGAUUGAAAAAGCAUUAAAAUAAAUCUUAAAAUCAUAGGAAAAUAUAACAUCAUUUACCCGACAGAAGUAUUAACCCAUGCUGUUUGCUAUGAAAAUAGUGUCGAGGGAUGAUAUAUUUACUUUAAGCUCUGAACAUUUAAGUUUCUGCUUUGAUUUACUGGAAAAACUGUGACUAUAAUGUAUCCAACAAAUAAUUGCUUAGAAGAAGAACUCUGUCAGCAAAUUCUCCAGAGACUGCUAAUCACACGGGCUUAAUAGUCUUUUGGCCUGAGCUCUAAGUGCCAUAGUCCCAGUCCUGUUGGGUAUUUUUCUUUUUUCUUUUUGCCUUGAUUAAUGUCUUUACCAUACUCAUGAUCAAGGAUGCUGAGAGGAAAUAAUUGCUUCAGUACAUAUUUUGAUUGAUGGUUAUUGCUUACAGGCUCAGACUGUCCUGUCAAAUUGUGCUUCAUUUUGGACUCAGACUCAGAGCGUUUUGAAAUCCGCACACAUAGUUGGUUAAAUUGGUGUAAUUUGUUUUGGGCAUCACUCUUUUCAUAGUCAGUUUGUUGUCUGGACACCAAACCACUCAAAUAUUCUCAAUUACAACAGACUUUUAUGGUGCUCAUCAUGCUAAUUUUCAUAGUUCUGUGUUUGUUUUUCUCACUGGCAUUAUAGAAUUACACUGACCAAGCCAUCCACAUUUUUAAGGUAGCUUUGUGUAACUCUGGCAGAUGGUUCACAAAGAAGUUUUAAUACAUCCUCCUUCGGAAAACAAUUACUGUGGAGUUACCGUAUCUUAUAAUCAAUGCAAGCCCUCAGCGGGCUGCACAGUUGCUUCACAUAUGUCGUCUUAGCUCUUGACUCACAGAGCAUUUUUGUGUCCUGAGUCACACAUCAGAUACAAAUAAAAAGUGAAAACAUUGUCAGGAGCAGACAGUUGUACUGAGUCACAAAUGCCCCUACUAUGACUGUGUCGACUUUUCGUAUUUCUGCUGAAGCUGACUAAUAGUUACUAACAGUUCAAGAUGAGCCAUUUCCCUCUGCUAGAGAACAAAAUUUCCAAGCAUGCAGCCCAGACUAAUCCAAUUAUUAGUCGUUGUUACCAAAUUUUCCGGACAGACUAAAAACAUCUGCCAAAAUCGUAGUAUGUCUUCUCCUUAAAACGAGCCAAACAAUUAUUGAAAUAGUUGACUCUCCUUCGUCGAUGCAUCCAAGAAUUUACUUCCCUGCUUGUGUAAUUCACAUUUGAAAAACCAGCACUUGUAUAUGAGUGCAAAUGCUCUGCAUUCCCCAAGCCCAGGAUGAUCUUUUAGGGGUGGGACAGUUUUCUCCCCCAGGAGAAGUGGUGGAUGCAAGUCUCGGUUUCAAAUGUCAGGGCUGAGGUUCCACUGCUUCCAAAGCCAGGAAAGCACGAGCAAUGUGAGGUCACAUGGAUUGAGACAACACCAGAGCCAAAGCUCAAUUAAGGAGCAAGUAGAGGAGCAGGGAGGACAGACGCUCAGGCUGAGAGAUCAUGUUGGUCUUGCCCCCACUUAAACACCCGAGGGAGUUGAAGGCCACCCUGAACUUGCAGCACCCAGACAGUUUGUCUUUAAUUUUCCCCCUACUAGAGAAGGUGUGAGGAACUAUAUAUGUCUUCCUUGGAGCGGACUUGACUUGUUAUGUCGGCAGCACCCUGUUACUGACCCGGCCUGUCAAGCGGCGCCAAGAACAAGAAAUAGUGCCGAGGAGGAAUGAGACAGACAAGGGGGGAAAGAACAAAAGGAAUGAUAAUAAGAUAAAAUGUUAAUGAGAAGGAGAGAAAGUCAUAUGUUCAGCUGGAGAAGAUAAAGUAACAGGAUGUAAGCUUAAAUCACUCAAACUUCAGCUUCAGAGACCUGUCUCUUGGCAUUACUUCUCAAAGCAAUGAAACCGGGCUGUGUGCACAUGUCAGCAGUCCAGGAAAGCGUAGUGUCUGUGGUUGAUUUUAAAAAGAUCUGAGUGAUGAUGAUCCUUGAAUAUCUCGGCAGGUCUGCACCUCAGACAUGUGUGGCUGGACACUAGAUUUUUGAUUAGGUGCUGGGUCAACCAGAAGCUGAUUUUUGGUCUGGUGGCUCAGUUAGAGGGUGAGUGUACUGACUAUGAUCCCAACAACAAAACAAAGAGAAUUUCAACAUCUUUCUGUUGCUUCUAUGGUAACAGAAAAAUAAUUUUGUUUUUGUUAACAAUUGACUGAAGAAGCUCUCUUCUCUUUGGCGUAUCUAUGUCCGCAGGUAUUUUUUCAACACAUUACAUGAACUAUUGAGUUGAGCAACAUUUUCAUGCAUCAUAUCAUAACAGACCCCCAUGUUCUUGACAUAGCUGUUACUCUUUGGCACCUUUCAAAACAGAAAGUUAAAAUGGAUGAGUUUGAGAUAAACAAAUCUCGUCAUCAUUGUCCUGAUAAACAUUUGGCCACUGCCAUAAUGAAAAAUAAGUGUUCCUGAAAAUUUAGACUUCUUUUUGGCAGAUACUUCUCUCUUUUCAUUGUCUGCUGAUGAAAUAAAGAAUAAAACCCAACAAUAAAGAUUAUAAUAUGUUGUUUCAGUACACAAUGCAGAACCAAUUCAAAUGUGACAGUCUUUGGUGUCUGAUGCUCAUAGUCUCGUAGUCUGAAUAGUAGGAUUCCCUAAGGUUUCAGUAGGCAUUGACAGUUAACACAUUAACAGUUUGUGAAGACAGCAAAUGAGGCGUAGUGAGGUUCAUGCUCAGUUGUCUGGCUUGUGACUACACUUCGGCUUGAAUUAUUCUCUAUUAACAGAAGAAUGAAAGUGUUGUCAGGCAUCACCAUGUAGGUGUUGAUCCUAAAUGCCCAUUUUAAUCUCACCUCUCAAGUCGCAUAAUAUGUGGCCAAUGUAGAAGUGCAAACACUGCAGUUUACGGAGUUUUAUCAGCAAUUGUAAACAUGCUUACAACCUAGUUUUGACAAGUUAAUCACUUCUUUUUGUAGAUUAGCAUAAUAAGGAGUGUGGCUGAUUUAACUUCCAGGAGGUCACUAGGUGGUCGUUUGCCAAGAUGGUUAAACCCGCCUUAGCUCCACCUCUUUGGGUAUUUAUGUUGACCAAAACGUUUACGGCAUUUCCAAUAAAAGGACCACUCUUGUUUAGCUUUGACUUCCUCUCUUCAGAAACCAGUGGGUGACUGGAGGUUAAUUAUUGCUGAGAGUGGAGAAAAGAACUUGGUUCUUUUGAGAUACCAGUUACAUUUUAGCUUUCAAAACUUGAAGUUUUUUGAACGGAUUUAAAUUUAUCAGCCAACAAGUAUUAAGUUACACAAGGAAAGACACUGUUGGUCAGUUGCCAGCAAGGAUUGCAAAAUGAGGUGCAAAGCAUAGACUGUAUUUUCUAUGGACAACUUGGUUUCGCCUCCCGCCAGUAUACGGAUUUGAAGCCAAAAAGCUCUUGGUAUUUCUGUGAUUUUUUUUUUCAUUUCCUGAAACCAGCGCUGCGCAGUAGCAUUGUGCGCUUUCGUUUGGAGAGUCGCCGAGAGUCGCUGUGAUGAUGCGCGGCUCAAACAGCGUAUCCCCCUGAUGAGCUACGCAAUCCCUGAAUGCUGAUCGGCUGUAUCAGGUGUCAAUCAUUAAAAACAUGAACCCCCUAAUAACUUUUAAAAAUGGAGCUCCACAGAAAAAAGAGAACUUGAGCACAAACCAGUCUCAAAAUUUUAUGUUCUGAGUAAUACAUUUUUAAAGUUUGUCCACAGCUCCAUAAGCUUUGCUGGCGGAGGCAGGAUUUAUGACCUAUACUGCAGCCCGUCAACAGAGGGUGCUGUUCUCUUCACCCAGCGAGGAGGCAGACUCUGUUCAUUCUAUAUACAGUCUAUGGGUGCAAGUCAUAUUGUGAAUUGGCCAAGCACAAGCACAAAAUAAUAAACCGAUAUUAAAACCAGUAUUGAAACGGUCAGGAAACAACCAGUUAGUUAACCUAAAGUACCAUACAGUUACAUUGCAAUGUUCUUAAAAUGGGGUCGAUAAAAAUGAGUGUUAGGCAAAGGUAAAUAGGACAUCAUUCAGUUUUAUAGAAUUGAUGCUGACCUGGAUCUUUAAGGAGACACAAAAAUAAUACCAGUAGUAACAGUGAAAUUGUUCUCUGUCAAAACUGACAGCAGACGGACAUGUUCCCAGUCCUGUGUGGGCACGUCAGCUGUCUAUAAUGGGAUUUCAGGGAAAAAUGGCUUCCCAAUAGGCCCACUGAAUGAAUACAGCACAUUCAUGAGUGAGUGAGUGACGGCCUAAAAUAAAAGUCUGGUUGGGAUGGACAAAACAUAUGAGGAGCUUUCAGUUUAGUGGGAUUUUGGGGCAUGGGAAUACAACUCCACACCCUACUCCCUCUUCUUGUAUUCCUGUCUGCUGUCUUCUGUUUCUCCUCUGACCAUUUGAACUGUCUCCCAAACAUCCCAGCUGCCUGUUCUAGAGGAUUAAAACUGUAAAAUUCAAAAUAGUUUCAUCCUAUAUGCAGCUGGCAAACAAAUAAGCGUUUCCUCCUCUGCCCUCACUGAAUGAGUCUCACUGUAAAACCAGUAUUUCCUGUGAGCACUGUGCUCAGCAUUAGUGAAAGGCUUGUCCCUGUCAGCAGUAGAUCCUGUAGAUCAUAGCCCUUCUGUCAGCUCCCAGUAUGAAGGUCAGGGCCAGUGGUGAACACUCCCUGCUAAGCUGGAACUGUGAUAACGCACAGAGGACGUAUUCAGCACCUCCUAUGAGUCCUUCGUAUCAACUCUAUACCCCCACCGCUCUCUGACAUCAGGCCUCUGCAGGAAACAGAGCAGGGCAGAGCAGGAUGUGUGCGCAGUGUGCAGGUUGGACCUCCAAAGGUCAUCUCUCUCUGGUCUGCAUUACAUAAUCAGACAUAGGGACAGCUGGCAGCAGAUACCUGGAUAACAGAGCUGUACAGUGAUACUGCAUACAGCUUAAGUUGUAUUGUUUUUGCAUUAGAGUUGAAACACGUAGCAGAUUUGAUAACUAGUCCAUAUCCUGAAUACUGUUACAUAACCAUAAUGAUGAUAGAUAGAAUCGCGAACAGGAUUUUUCUAGGCUUUGGGUGGAGCUUGCACAUAGAUAAUGGUGCUUUUUAAGUUUUACAAGCUUGACUCUACAGUUUUGAUGCAUCAAAGUGUACCAUUCAACUCAACCAAUCAAAUCUUUCUAUUGAUAUAAUCUUACAUCUGGAGAGGAUAUUCUCCUUGUUCUUAAAACAACACCUUAAAAAAAACGAGUCAUAUAAUGAGGUUCUUGUACCUCUCAUAUCGCAGUAUCAAAUCAGAGGCAUUCUCCCAUAAGAAAAACAAAGACCAUAAAGAGAUGAACCGGAUUAACCUUGGCCCUAAAACCACAUUGCACAUCAUCAGUCAUUGCAACCCAUUGGCUGAUCAGAAAUGUGUGAGGGGGCAGAUUAUCUCAUAAUUAUCUCAUAAUGAACAAUGCAUUUUUUGCUGUUUUCAUGAGGAUCAUUGGCACACAGAAUCAAUUGCCACAGUGUUAUCUUUCCAAAUCUUGUUUAUUAGUUUUUUUCAAACCACGAAGCAGUGUUUUGAUUAGCUUUCAUACUGAUGGAUAUAUGAGUGAAAUCAGUUUUGCUGGAAUCUGUCAUAAUUUCAUCAUCUCAACAGUUCUUGGAGCAACAACCCUGAAAACACAGCCUCCUUUGUCUCCUUCACACGCUUUUUUACACUUUGAUUGACAGACCUGACCUUAAAGAAAGUGGAUCAGCUAGCUGCAAAUAACCACAAUAAUGUAGUGUCUUUGUCAGUGUGGUAUUGUUAUUCUGUUUCCAUUACGGCUACAUGUUAUUAGUCAAUGCAACAACAGUGUACCCAAUCAUUGAGCCCGUUGGCUGUUGUCUGACCGUGAUUCCAGCCUGUGUGAAUGAUGGAAAACUUCUCAGGCCAGAGUGAUAAACUACCUCCAGCCAAAAAUUUCUCUUCCAUGCACUGCUAUGUUAACAGUCUGAUUAGCAACUGGAGAAGUGACUGUUCAGAUCAAAAGUGAAGCAAAAUUCAUCUCUCCAGAUAGGUCAUUUUGUGGUUCAUUACAUCAAUCCAUCUGUUUCUGAUGAAUCUCAGUUCCAUUUGGUACACUAACAGCUAACCUCAGUGAUAUGAACCCUGAAAAGAAACUGAUUUUCUUCUUGCUGUCCUUCAAAUACCUAGCUUAAGUUUGCAGAAGUAACAGUGUUGUGAUGCAGCUUUAACUUGAUCUGUCCUUGACUGGAGUAGAAAACAUUCAUGCUCAUCUGUUAAGUGGAGGUCAAAUUGAUCAUGUCUGAUGAAUUCCAGGAAGUUUGCUCAUCUAAGAGCUGAUUGGCUUUCCCACUUCAUCCUAAGUAAAUUUGUUGCUCAAGAAGAAAUUUUGGAUCUGUUACAGACUAUUUUCUUCCCUUGUAUGCAGACAGUUGAAUUGCCCUAGAAUACACCACAGAUGCCUUCAUGCCAGUUUACCACAUGCUUUUGCACUUCACAUUGACUGGUACUGCUCACACCAUAGCUCAGACUACUCCUUAUGACUCCAUGGCCUAUAAUCAUACAACAAACAGAGUCAAGAACGCUGAAAACCUUACUAAAACUCCUGCAUAUAGGUUCAACAUUUUCAUUUAUUUAUUAGUCUGCCUAUCAGCUACCUAACUAUUAGUAUACGUUCUUUUUUGAACAUUUUAGCCUCAGGAAAGCCGAGGACAGACACGCAGUGUUGGGGACAGAGAACAGGGAAAGCAGCAAUGAGUACUAUAGCCUCUUUAUAUUGGACAUGCCACCAACGAAAUAUUAGGUCCUUGUCUAUUGUGGAGUAAUAAAGAAGUAUUUCCAUGUAGUGAAGUAAAAAGACUGUGGAUACAGGUAAAUUAAAGGUUGAGUCUGGUUACUGAGGGAGAAUCAUUUGACAAGCAGCUUGAAAAGUUUUUUUUUCUUGAUUUUCAAGAGAGAUCUAAUAAUCACCACUGUUUAUUUAUUUUAAAUGUUUCAAAUUUGAUUUCAGUACAUCAAGAUCUUGGCCCAUAACGUAAAGUUAUUGCUUUAAAAAUUUUGCAAAGCACAAUUUGCUUCAGGGAUGAUUACAAAUUUGGUCCCACCCAGUAACAUAUUGAGAUGGUGAAGAAAAACAAAAACACCCAGUGACGUGGGGCAGAACGACCCUUAAGAGGGUGAUGCAUAAGACUCUCUCUGCGUUAAAUGUUAUGCUUAUAUUAGACUCCGCUGUUUGCCUGGUGAGUAAUCAGGCUGGUGGUUAUGUGGCUUGUUGACUCAAGGAUUUGCACAUAGCCACACAGCCGUUUCUCAGAGGAAACUGUGGUCAUAGUGGGAGUUCUCCAUGUUAAUCAUGGAUCACUGGUUGCUUUCACUCCCACUCCAGACAAACCACACCACCAGCGCUGACGGGAGCCACUGUCAAAAACCUCUAGGUCACCUCAGCACCUGUGUGGAAGUAUUAUUUUACCAUCAUCACCAAUUUUCAUCUUAUUAAUGAUCACUGAAAGAUCUAAGGUAUCAAGUGCAGCAGUUGUGCAGAGCUUAAACAAAAAUGAUCAUAAACACCGAAAGGCAAAAAUGGAAAUUCACUCAACAGGUUUCUCAUUACCUGCUUGAGAGGAUAAUAAAUUAAAAGAGUUGCUCAAAUCCCAGAGUGGCUUUCCAUCCUCUAAUACUCUUCACGUCUUCAACUUUGAUGCGGUUUGUGUUUUGAAGAUGAAAAUAUAAGCUUAAACAUUCAGCCUGGGAAAGUUCUCCUACUGUACCACCUGGCAGACUGCUUUUCUUCUUGAAGAGGAUGUAUCCUGUUGUCUCCAUUUUUGGCUGCUUCCAAAACAAGAGGAGGCCUGUAGAUGAGGAGUUAGGCUGAAGAGAAGUAGAGGGGUAAAGAGCAGGGUAAUUCCCCCAGGUUGCAUGUGCUAUACCCCCCCUAAAUGGAGCUCUACCUUGUUUCUAAAUCGUGCAUAUGACAGUGCAUCUGGAGCUGUGAUUUGUGUACCUGCAUUAGUCGACUGGGAAUUGGCUGAAAUGGGGUCAGGUCAGCAUGUUUGACUACCGUCAGGCUCCUCAGACUUUACCUUUGCCCUCACCCCAGUCCCUGGUGAGCAUUUCCACUUGCGUUAUGAAUGGGUUUGGGCUUUCCGGAGCAACGCUGGACAUCCUUUCCAGUGGUUAUGAGGUGUUAGGGGAGCAUUGUGUACCUCAGCUACUGAGGGUUGGAGACUCAGCUGUGGAGGCCACCUUGUCCUCAGGUGAACUCCAUAUGUGCUACAUGUUGAGGGCAAGUUCAAACUAGCCAAACAUGCAAUGGUAGAAAAUGAGGUAUGAUCAUUUUAUCAAAGUCUGUCUUGGUGUACUGUAAUUUUGUCGAAAGAGACGGCGCUUAACAGACAGCAGUAGUGACUGAGCCAGGCCAAAAAGAUUUGGCGCAUUUCUUUCUACAAACACCAAGCCAAAUAAGUCCCAUGAGUUCAUGGCUUCCUGCUAGGCCAGAGGGAACAAAGGACCAUAGAGAACUCAGCACUCAGCGUGGGACAGAUAUGUCUUUCUCUCCCUCCAUCUCAACCCUCCAAAGCCCUGUCUGAAACACACUCUCUAAGCUUGGUGUUGGUCGCCAAAUCCUGCUCAUCAAGCGGGCCUGUGCAGAUGCAGCUGUCCCAGGGACAAACACUGUACGGCAGUCAUAGAAAGAGGGGCGCCUAACCCAGAAUGCACUCCAGCCUCCUGCUCCAGUGCUGAGGCAGACGGAGACAGCAUCAAUCAGGCGCAUCCCCCAUAUAUGGGUCAUGGUGUUGAAAGGUUGAAUUAGCAGUAUGGCUCUGUGUGAAACUACUUAAUCCAGCUGGAUGUCAGGAUGUUGGGUUGCUGUAACGGGCAAACUACAACAUCCAACAGCUUAAAUUCCAGGCAUGUCAAUCUAUAUCCAGAUGUCAGAAUCCAGCCUCGUAUUGGCACUCUUUUUCAACCACUGCUUAAGUUUUCAUGGUUUUUCAGUCUGAUGCUAGGGGCUUGUUCGAAAUGCUCCUCUCCUAUUGGGGGAAAUGUUUGGCUCCCUGUCGAAUGACAUAUGACACUUAACCAGUCUGAGCAAAGGCUCAGUCAGCACUUUGUGAUGCCUCUUCCUGCUGACCUGUCUUGUGGUGCUCUACUAAGUGAAUGAUCAGAGCAGCCACACUAAACUGAGGAGCACUGAAUAGCCUCUCGGCUCAGCAUGCCUUCAGGCAUUUUUGACUCAAGCCCCUGAACCACAGCAACCACACUGCUUUGCUUCCAUCUAGAGUCAGGCCUUUUUGGACUCCUUAGAGCUGUAAAACCCAAGUUUUUGAAUGCUGAGGUGAACACAGACGGUUUGGCAUUGCUACUGCCCCACUCCCCCAGAGAUUCAAAGGAAACUACUUUUUCACAUCUUUUGGCUGGUAAAUGAGUACAUGGUGUUAUUUCGUUGUGUUUAAAAACCUCAAUAAGGUCAAAUUUACAGAAAUCUAUUUUCAAUGGUGGAAGUAAUACCUAUAAAAUUCAACGGAACUUAAUCCAUUUGUUUGUCUAAGCAGAGUUUUGGGCAUUAAAACAAUAUUUUUCGCUAAAUAAAUUUCUCAAGAACCUUUGCUGCUUUCAACUCUAUACUCAGACCCAGUUGAUGCUCUAAUAAAAGCUUUAUCCCCUUGGGUAUGAAAAAAAUAAAAGUUUUCUGAAUCAAUCCAACCUGACUCUAAUCACUUCAACCAGUCUCUGGCUGCUACUCGCGGGAUUCCUGGAAGGCCGUCCAGACAGAGAGAACAUGAUUUAAUCCAGCCUCUGUGGCUGGUGCGAUAAGCCCUUAGACACACCCAGAUUUUCACAAGGGGGAAAUAUUCUGCCAGGACCCACAAUUAUCCGAGUCAUAAUGACUAGAGAUGUUAUCAAAGAAAGACUGGGCCUUAAUUGCACACUGAUGUUUGGCCUUAUGCUGCCACGAAGAACUUGAGCAGAACUUGUCCUUGUUUCAGAGAGAAGCUAGUUGUUACAGAGCUGCAUAUGUUUCUUUGAAUUGGUGCUUCCUGAUAUUCUUAGUUUAUAGUAUUGGACACAUUGAGCUACUGGGACUACAGGGAAUGUUGAAUCACAUUUCCAUGGAUCAUUUAGUCAAAACUUAAUUAUUUUGUGUUUGUUUUUCUUUAUACUGACUUCUCCACUGAGAAGGAGAAGAUAACAUUAUUCAUUUAUUAUUCAUUGUCCCAAGAAUCAAAUCAAAUCAAAUCAAAUCAGUUUGAUUGUUAUCUAUCAACCAAGACAUAAAAUUUGGAUUGAACACAGUUAUUGCUGCUUUCCAGGAGAUGAUUGUUGCUGCAGAGAUCCCUCCAUUACCCCCCAGGUGUAUCUGUAUAGUUUGGAUUAAGCAUGUUUGUUUUUAUCCAUGCAGUUUUUUUUUUGCAUACCAAGCACAUUAGCCUGUUUAUUGGUUACGAUACAUUAGAACACAUUUAUGUAACAAUUUAGUUCUUCACAGAGUAACUCAAGGAAAAACCACUCUCAUGUCUGCAUGAUUGAUUUGAAGCUGAGGAAAAUCAAUGGCUUAUUGGUUUUAAGAUCACUAAUAAAUAAGUCCUAUCAUGUUCAUAAAACCUAAAUUAAAUCAAAUGCAGGAAAUUGUUGCACUUGGCCAAGAAGUUUUGUUCUUCAUGAUGUAAUUACCCUUACCUGUAAAAUAAAAGUCACACUUAAAGGUCCCAAGUAUAUGUAGGUGUGUGUUGAGCAAGGUUGUAAGUUCAUUUGCAAAAAGAAAAAAAAAAAAACAUGACCGAGGAUUUGCAGCCUCUCAGUUUCUAACCUCAUUGCCCAUGAUAUGAUCUAUGCUGGCAGGAAUUAUGUAGUACAGCACUGAUAUGCUCCAUUAAUGUUGUUGAUGUAGAGUUAAAAAAACACUAAAACAAACUUGGUGAGACCUCCAGAAGAACCUGUGCCAGUAUACUACACAUUCAGCCCCCAAGUAGGAGGAGGCAACUGUUGAAGUUUUGCUGCUUUGUUUACAACAGCACGCCUCUUUAUGCUUAGAUAAGCUAAGCUACCCCUCAACUGGUUUUAGCUUCAUUUAUACCAUCCAGGCAUGACAGUUGUAUUAAUUGUCUCAUCAAACUUCUCGCAAAGACGAGUACAACUGUAGUUCCAGAAAGUCUGCCUGCUCAAAAAUGAAGGUGUUUACCGUGAGUUUUAACCUUGCAAAGCAAGAGUUGACACACAAGCUUCACAAUUAACUUGCAAAACAAGCUGUAAGAAUAGCCGGAGUCGUUCAAAACAUUUACUGUGAAAGAUUAAACAUUUACAAAAAGCUGUAAUUUAGGUCAUGUGCCGGGGUUAUUUUUGUAUUUCCAAUAAACACAAACUUCACCGCCAUGCUAUUGCAGUUAUGUUGCUAAGAGGAACACACAACAACAAUAAAGUGGAAAUGCCCUGAGGAUUGGAUGUUUUAUUUAUUGGUGCAUACUAAGGUUCAAACCUCAGGAGUUUAUUGAAAGAAACACACAGAGACCUCAGUGGUGAAUGAUGAAUGGAUGAGGGCGUUUUGCAUAAAGCCCGAGGAAUGAGUUGUGUGACCACAGUGGGGUUUGACCACUGCUGGUGCAGAUGGUUUGUUGCACUGACUGGCUGGGUGGGUAAGAAAGGAUUAAGAUUUUCUCAGGCCAUGAGGGCUUCUUUCACCUCUUAAAAUACAUCACGGCUGUUUGGACCAACUACAUUCUGAAAACAACUUCCAAGUCUUUGCCUUGGAAGCUCAAACAUGAGAAAAAAAGUAAUAAAAGUACAAAUCUAAGGACUUUAACUAUCCAAUUAGUAAUCAGGUUCUUGUGAAAUAUCAGAUGAAUAAUGGCAGGCUUUUUUGCAAAACCAAAUUCUGAAGUACAGCAAUCAUAUUGGGAACAUGACCCCAAGUCAGCCUGUGAUUGUAUCUUUUCAGCUAAUCCAAAAUGUUUUCUAUUUUCAUAGCCACAUCCUAGUUAAUGUCUGGUAUGUCAAUGAGAUUCAUAACACUGUUGAGUUCUGGACAACAAAACAUGAACAAAAGUCAAGUGUGUCUGUCUUUGCUAAUGUUCUUGGAUAACACCUCCAGGGACAAGAUUCAACAGUCUGCACUCUUGUUCUGUCUGCAGCUUAAGUCUGUGAAAUGUGGAGCAACAUCUGCAGUUAAGCUUUUUGCUGAAAAACAUCUCCCCCUUGACUUUCUCAAAUUAAUACCAAGAGGAGAAGGAUACAUCAUCUCUGUCCGUUGUAAGGUGUUCCUCUGCUUAAUAGUGACUGGUCUGAAAAGAAAAGUAUUUUGGAAAGUUCUGUUCAAGUUUCCUCUCUGUUAGGAAGAGAAAUCUUGAAAUCAUCGCAUUUAAAAACCACAAAACUUACAGCUAUGUAAGCUGUGGCCUUUUUACAUGGCAGUUGACCAUUAAAGGUAUAAGACAUUUGAUUCAACCCAAAGACCUCACAGUGUAUGUUCAUAAACAAAUCUUGAUGGUUUUUGAUUAUAAUUGUCCAGAGACUAGAUAUCAAAUGUUGAAACUGAAGUAUGUGCUCAUUUGAAAUUCGACACCUGUUACUUAUUUCAAAAUAGUUUGGGCUGGGGCAAGCUUACCACAGUGUUACAUCACCUCUUCUUAACAGCACUUUGUAAACAUUUGGGACCUGAGGAGACCAGUUUCUUGAGUUUUGAGGGUGAAAUCUUGUCCCAUUCUUUCCAUUAUAAGAUUUCAGCUGCCCCUUCCUAAGCCUUGUCCCUUUUUUGUGCAGCGACUCCACCAGAUUCUCUAAAUCUUUUGGCGAUGUUAUGUACGGUAGAUGAUGAAAUCCUUAACUUCUUUGCAAUUUAUGGCUAAGCAAGAUCAUUUUAAAAUUGCUGAACUCUUUGCACAGUCUCCUAUGGACCCUAUUCUUAUCUUUAAUUCCAGACUCAGUUAUCUUUGUGUAUGUUUUUAGGGAUGAAGAGAGGUUUCUCAGCUGAUUGUGCUUGAAUAUUCUCAUCACUUACUACAAUGUGGAAAGCAUUUUGUAACUCACUGAUUUAAAUAACUGCCUACUGGAUAGCAGUUCUUCAGUUUGUUUACUGAUUAUGACUCCAACAUAUAAAGCUGGACUACACUAGUUGUCAGAUUUCCUGUUGCUGUAUGUGGAUCCAAGCAGAUGUUAAUCACAAUGUGAACUGGCACACCUACACAGUCAUGAUCUAAACAGCUAAAUGAGCUGUUCUUUCUUAUAGUUUUGAGGGCAGGAUCACAAGCCUUGGUGUGGGUCCAGUGAGUCUACACUCCUCACACAGUGCUGCUUUGAGUAUACAAUCCUCCUUCUUUGACUGCAAAACUGCAGGUCCCAAACACACUCAUAAAUCUUUCUUCCUUUGUUGCUAACAGUGUUUGCAGUGGUUCAGCAGUACAGAGUUUUCAUUGUUUCAGCUGCUGUUUGCACUUUUUUUUUGUGAUUCCUGCUGUUGCCUCCAGUUAGAGUGAUGAUCUGUGCAAGCUUUGAAAUCAACAAUAGUCUUUAACACUUGCACUGAAUGAGAUGAAUGUGUGUAAACUUUGAUUUACACUUUGUCUUUGAUGACCGUCAUUUACUUCCCCAUUUAGAAAGUACUCUUCAAAUUGGCCCAAUUAUGUGCAGUUCUUAUGUAAUGAUGGUUUUUGGCUGACACUCUGUGUUGGACAGAGGUAAAUGGAACCGUUUCACAUUUUGUUUAAAUAAAAAGAAUAAUGCCAUGGUUGUUUCUCAGCAGGAUUGAACUAGCUCAUCUUCAUGUGGUAAACCUAGCGAUGGUUCCAGUGGUUUGACACUUGUCACUCUGGUUGUGUUGCCCAGUUCAACACAAAAAACAGAUGUGACAGAAAAAAGCGUGAAUGCUGAGAUAUAUCAGGUUAUUCGGUAUGACCUUGACCGAGAUACUCAUGCCAGACACUUCUGCCUGCCGUCAGACUGUCUUGUUUAGACAGCCUUUUCAAAGCCAAAUGACUCUAUCCAACAACCAGACAAGCUCUUGGUAUUAGUCUAUUUUCUGCAUUCACUGCCACAGGCCAAUAAUCUGAGCUGUUAGAUGUGGGUUCAGACUUUGGUAUUCUCAACAAAUCAAAAUGAAAAAUGAGCUUCAACUGUGUAGAUGUGUGCUGAUGAAAACACAUUUCAUAUUGCAAUCUUUUACCUUUUCCAACUUGGCCUCCAAAACUCAUAAAAACAAGAUCCGGCGUCUGUUUUAACUGUACUGGUUGCGGCCAACAAAUAUGUUCAACUUAGUGUAGAUAUUUAUAUAGAAGAGUAAAUAAAAGCACUUUGAGUGAAUGAAUCAACCUUGACCCAUACAUUGCAGUGUGUUGCGCCACAUAAACACUUUGCUGGGCUUAGUCAUUCAAAGUGAGCUGUAGAGGACUUCUAAACAUUUCCUGAAGAUCUGGGUCAUUUUAAUAGAGUGUGUCUGUGUUAAAUGCCGUGUUACGUAGGAUCAUCAGAUGAAUCUAGAGCUUUGCCAUCCUUUUUUUCCAAGUGGAUGAGGUGCAGAAUCAACAGAGUUGACAGGCAUGACAGGAAGUGGUGUUUUCCAAGCCACCACAAGGGUUUCCUGGCACUUAAACACAACCACCUAACCCACUUUUUCCAUGUAAUCUUGCCCCCAACGAAGCGCAUUUUCAUCAAAGCUUCAGUACACCUGGCAUUUUGCUUGGCAGUGUAUUUCUUUGGCUUGCAUUAACAGUAUGUUGAAAGUACAGCAUCAGCAGACACUCAGAGUUCAGAGCCUCUGUAACCUACUUGACCGCCCUCCAGUUCUUGCUGCUGGCCAGGGUUUUUGCUCGACUGUGUGCUGUUUGCGCUCCAAGUGUGCCUCCUCUCCAACUCAUCUGGGUCAAGAGGCGCAGCUCCAAUCUGCCAUUUCUCGCUGCCUGUCAUGCCUUCGGGAGAGCUAAUAUUCACAUGUUGUAAUGCGGCGAUGAGUUCAAAGUAACAAGACAACUGGCCGCCAAAGAAUUCUUUCGCAACACGUUGAAAGCGUCACAGUCGUUUCACGCACAGUGUACAUUCUUGGCCAAUCACUGUGAUUUGUAAUUUCCAUUGAUGUGAUGAGGCUUAGUUCAAAUUGCUCCUCGAACAUGUGCAAUGAAUGAUGAUCAGUUAGAGUGGACAGCGCCAAUGGCUUUAUGUCUUAGCUGGAAGCUUUUCUUUGCUAUAAGAUAUAAACUGAGCCUUUGAUCAACCGUUUGGACGGAGAUCCAUCUGUGACUAAGAAAUGAUUGUUUCUCUUUGAAUGCAAUUAUCGAGCAAAUACUCUGAGCAUGAAAUAAUACAUGUCAUGUAUUAAAUCCAGUCAAGUCUCCUGCUGUAUGCAAAUUAAUCUUCCUUAUGUAAUCAAAAUGUCUAAACACUGAAACAUGAUUUGGCCUCAUAAGUUGAACAUCAUGUGUGUCCAUAAUGCUUCUCUCAGGUAAUUCGCAUUGUGUUAAAUUACAACAAUUGUUUUAAAUUGACCUCAUUUCUGAGAAUAAAAGCAGAAGUUUGAUGUCAAUGUCAUGUAGUUGUGUCGAUUGUGAAAUUAAAACCAGGUGGGAUUAGUUUAGUUUUGCAUUGAAACAGGAGAAAAGGGGACUGGGCUAGGUGAUAGGCUGGGUUGGCUGUACUGAGUUAUUUGUGAGCAAACAACAGAGACUUCACAAUCCUAUUUGUCACUGUGAGAAAGUAAACAAAAAAAGUAUUCUGUGGCCUGAUUUAUUAAACUUAAGUGCCGAGUUUGGAAGCAGAUUUAAGUAGUUAGUAGAUUUUUAUUUUAUUUUCCUGGCACAGAUUAGACAUGUGGGUGUUCAAGUGCUGCAAAGUGUAAUAUGGCCGGUUGAGGGCAAUGCAAAAAACCUCUGAAUCUACUGUCAAAGAGUAACCUGGGCAGGCCGCCCAAGUAUUUUCAUCCAUUCAAAAUUUCCAGCACUGAUCAAUGAACUAGCAGAUUAUGUCCCCCUGCUCUGUAGGAAGACAGCCACAUGCUCUGCAAGUGUUUAAAGAAGGAGAGAGAGGGCGAGUCACACUACUAUUAUUAAUGAAUUGUUUUGGUGGGGUCUUGUGAAGUGGGUUGCUACUGAUGUCAUUCCUUCCUCUUUUGAUAUUGGAUCAUUGCAGUAUGCUUUGUCAUUAGUCUGUCUGGUCUAUAAGUGGAUCACCUGUCGUGAUGACACAGCAAAACAAUUCAGAAUGUGACCUCUGUCAUUUUGGCAUCUUCAGAAAGUAUUGUAAAAUAUUUUGGCCAAAGAUCCGAAAGUAAUGUUUAGGAGGCAGGAAGUGUUUACUGAAUAUGAAGCCAGCAGAUUGAGAGCUCCCCCUACUGACUAUCUGCAGAACAGGUCAUCUCCCUUAUUCAAAGAAGGAACCAGCUUCAAACUAGAAAAUUCAAAUACAGGUCAAGUACUUUUUUUCAUAGAUUUAGUCUUUACCAGACUUUUGUUGUUGUCAUGCUGUUUUUUUUGUCCAAGUGCUAAUGUUUGUGGGAAGUUUAGUUUGAAUUUGUUUUUUUCUCUUAAUAGGUUAUUUUGUAGUCAGCUCUGUUGACAAAUGCAGGCUCCUGCAGCAUCCUGUACUGAAUUAGCUGAGCACACUGGGAAAAGCAAGAGAAAAUGUAAUGGACAUUAACACAAGAGUCCGUGAAGUUUCCAUAGCCAGAAGUGUCUGCUGCAGAUCAACACACGAAUCUGUUCUGCUGUGGACUGUUCUGACCCGAGGGAUCUCUGAUGUUGUAUCGGUUAAGUUAAAUACGUGUUUUGGACAGUGGAAAGGGUGUGACAUCAGUGAAUUAACUAGCCGGUUGCUUCUGCACAUGCCUUGGCUGCACCAGAGUAAUUUGUUGGUGCCUUUUUUUUUGGCCGUGUAUCUCACAACUGGCUGAAAUGAAGAGAUGAUGUCCAGCCUAUAUACUGUGAAUGGUGAGCACAUGUCACAAUGACUUGGGGAGAGAAAGCAAAACACCAACGUCAGUAUCACUAUAUAAAUUUGUACCAUAGUGUAGAAAAUUGAGGUAUGUAAUUUCAUAUGCUAUCUACUCAUACUGCGUCAUCGUGGGAAACACUGCAUAUGUAUAAUCAGUGAUUGAAAAGAUAAAUAAAUAUAAAGCUUCCAGACAUAAAGCAAAGUUAGAAUUUAUUUGGAGUCCAUCUUCUGCCCACAGGGGUCAUGAGUCAGUCAUCAGUCUAGCUGUUAAAUGCUAUGUUGUCUUUUCUAGCUAAUGCUAAAUGUUUACUUUGCGCUUUUUAUUUUUAUUACUUGAGGGAUUUUUAAAACCGGUCAUUAUAUAUCUCCAAAAACAUACAUUUCCUGAUUCAUCCAUAUAUCCAUAUGUAAUUGACAUAGAUAAUUGAUAAGAGGACUUUUACUCAUAACUGACAGUUUUAUUGUCUGGUAUUAAAACAAUCUGAAUUUGCAUACAUUUUUAUUUUUGAUAGUUCAACCACAGAUAGGAUCUGUUACACAGUCUUUUAGCCCUCACCUCUUUGAUGAAAAAAUUUAGUCUGCUUUAUUAUCACAUAUAUGAUACUCCUGUUUGCAGUCUGCUUUGCUGCAGAUGUUUUCUGCACUCCUAUUCUUUGAAUCUUUUCUAUGGUCACUGCACACAAUCUAAAUGUAAAUGAUCUCUGUAAAUCAUGUGUCUUUGAUUGUGGGAAGACCAGGAUCCUGUCUAAAAUGUGUUUAAUUGUGCAGCCCGUAAAACAAGAGCGAAGUUAAGGUUUAUAGUAUCUUAGCAAAAGAGGAAGCAGUUAAUCUUUAAAAAUUUAGGAUAUAAUUUUCAUAGAACGUGCUAAAGUAGUCUUCCAUGUCUUUUAUUGAAUGAAAAUCCUCCCUGUAGGUCAUUUUUAUCAACAAAACACAUUUAAAUAUUAAAAAAGACAAUAAGGUUGAAGGUGAGGGCAAUGAUUGCUGCUGUGAUAUUAAGGGCCUCUUAUUCAACAUCAAGCUCACAGCUUGUAUUGUGAAGCAUCAGGACUCUUAUAAGUCAGCAUUUUUUGUCUAUUUAUUAAAUUUUUGUCUGAGCUCUGGAUGUGUAUUCCUCAGACCUCAUUUCAGAGCUGUCUUAAUUAAAACUGUAUGGCCAUCAGUUGACACUCAGACAUUUUCUCCAUAUGUCUGUUGAAACCAUGUUCCAUGUGAUCUUGGCAGAGGUCUCUAAAAUUGCUUUCAAGUCAUCCAGAACAAGGCAGGGGAAUGGUUCCUCUUUGGCUCUCUGAGGCCUUGAAGUCCCUAAUGAUGACAUCAAACACUCAGAUUGAGCCGUGCUUGCCCUGAUCACCCUCUGAUCUGCAGGCAGAGGGGGUGGUGGUGAGCUCAUGCUGGGAGGAAGUCACUUUGCCAUUGAGAGUCAGACAGUCAGACAGACAGUGCAACAUCUGGCUCAGCCCAGGAAGUGAGGCAGGAUGCUCGCAGGCCAGGUGUCACUGUAAACCAUGGAAAAACCCAAUCAUGAAUUAGAGUGGAUGUUGUAGCUGGGUUAGCGACCUCCUGAAAGCCCUUACCACCUUGACACCAGCACCUCUUGUUUCCCUGUGUCACAUCCUCUUCUCAGGAUCCACCCUGGAGAUUCAGGAUCUAGGUCAGCAGCUGUCGGCUAAAGAUGCUGCCUGUCGUCUUUCAAAAAGAUGACGUGAGAGACUAUUAUCAAAUGUUUGUCUCUUUUUUCCCCUCCUCAUUUAGUGUCCUGUUGCCCUUGGAAACAGGAAUGCUGUUUGUAUGCUAGAGACAUGCAUAGGCUUGUGCUACAUCUAGUACAGCUGGGAAAGGGUGUGUAUGUGUGUAUACAAGUGUGUACAUAUUUUAUGCACACGUGUGUUUGUUUGCCAGAUUAUUGUUGUGUGUUUGUGGCAAGACGGAGCUGAUUCAGUGUGUAAAUACGUGGUGUGUGGCUGCAAACCACUCAUAAUAAAUGAUAAUUCAUGGUUUAUAUCCUCAUUUGAGCUUUGAUUACAGCCUCAAUUACCUUACAGGGCCACAGGUGGGCUUUGUAGAUCUUUUCUUCUGAUCUACUCGGCACGGUCCAUCUUUGUCUUGCUCUGUUGACUGUCUGUCAGGGCAGAUCAGUGGGAACCAGAUGUUUUCUUGCAGACCCGAAUCCCAGCUUUCUCAGAGCUGAAGCAAACCUGUCUGUCUGCCUGCCCGUCUGUCUGAGAGGCACGCGCCUCCCCCAGGUCGCUCACAUGAGCUCAGCUUCCAGGUCGAGCAGCACAGCCUCAGUAAUUGACCCAAAUCAAAUGCUCACUGGUGAAAAAAAACGUGCCCCUCGCAGCCCUGGUUGAGCUUUGUUCUUCGACCCUAGUUUUAAUACUUCCUCUGGCCCGGUUCAACUCUCAGGAUGUUGCUCCCUGGUUGGCCAUGUCAGAUAGAACAGGGAGUUCAUAAUCUAGUCAAGCAGACACAAUAGGUGAUGGAAGGGUUUUGCAGUCCUGAUGGGAAGAUCUAAUGAUUGAAUAACACACUUUUUGUGUGUUAAGACCAGGCACGCACACCCACAAACUGGGAGAAACUGUAAGUCUUCUUCUGUUUUUGCUGCCUGGUGCUUCAUUUCGUGUUAAUCAGCAGUGAAAAAUCUUCUCUUGCGAAAUCUCUUUCAAGUCAAACUGAGUUUUUCAUUAAUUAGUGAGGGUCACGGCUCUCUGACUUACAGCAGAUGUUAGUCGAGACGUGCUAUGUGCUAAAGGAAUGAUAUGGUAGUAUUAAUUUGAUUAAAAAUGAAUUAUUUUCAAAUCAUUUUGUCUCUUCUAUAAAAUCAAUUAAGCAAGGCUAUGACCUAAGAGAGCGUGUUUGUCCCUGAGGAUUAUUAUUUUCUGCUGCGCACACUGACCACACUUUAAUGGAUUUCAUGGUGAUGCACAUACAGUGCUGAUGGGUGUAUCUUCCUAAGUGUGUAUAUGUGUGCGGAACAUUAGCUUUAGUGUGAGGUCAUGUGUUUAUGGUCUUGUGAUGAUGUGACUGACAGGACCCAAGUGAGACGAGGACCCCCUGACUCCUCCCCUCAGCAGACCGGGACCUCCCGCACUGUGAAACGUUAUCCAUCAUCCUCCGGGCCCAUAACCUCCAAUGCGCUACCCAAUGGCAACGGCUAUGGUAACAGCCACAUCCAUGAAAACAGGAACUGGCAUGGACACAGAAAUGGGCAUGGCAACGUGCAGAGGCCUACCAGUGACAGACACGGACAGUUCAACAAUGCAUUGUCACCUGCAGGUAAGAAGGAAAAAACACAAAACAUGUUUGUUGCAUAAUGUGACGUGAAUUUCUGCUCCUGCUAAACAGGCGUACUUAAGUUUCCACUCUCCCCAGAUGCGUCAAAACAGACACGGCCCAUUCUGGCUGAGUUCUCUGACGCUAGGAUACAUACAUACACAUCCUGUGGUGUCAUCAUUUAAUGGAACAUUAGCCACAGAAAAAAAACACUGGCGGCUUCCCAGGCUGCACUUCCCUUCUUCUUCUCUGUCCACCCACAUACAAGAGACACAAGAUUUAUGCCUGAGCUGCAUUCAGUGUGUGUGUGUGUGUGUGUGUGCUCUACUGGUCUGAACUCUGCAUGAUCAUGAUGUGUGUUGUUGCAUGUUGCACGCUUUGGUAUCUUUAGCAAUCUGCACUGUCACCUCUCUGGCAUGACAGGCACUGAAGCUUGGCGUCCUCACCCACAACAAAAAGAAAUGUGAUAUUGUCUCUACUAAUUUCUUACUCUCCCUCCACGACAUCAUCAUCCUCUCAUCCACUAUCCAGCUCACACAGCUGUCUGCUCUUCAGACUCUUGUUUUGCAGCCGUGUAGCAGAGCAACGGUUGUUGAACCGCUUCCCAACAUUACACAUCAUACUCUCUUUGUCUCCUGCACACAGACACACAUCCAAAACACCUUUUACAAAGAUAAAGGGCUUGGAUGCUGGCCCGAUACCUAACAGUGUUCUCUCCCUCUAUUUCCUGGCCUGUGGCACAUCGCUCACUCAGCUGCAGCGUGCCACUGGCCAGCCGUCAGCACACACCCUCGCACACUUAUAAACCUCCCUUUGCCCAGAUGGGGAGUGUGUCACAGUGAGGCUGAAGGAGGAAGGAUGCAGCUCGUCUUCAGCUCGUCUCCACAGCUUCUUCUUCUUCUUCUUCUCACCCAACUAUGUAAUUGUUUUCCAGGGUCCAACCUGACCUCCAACCUGGACCGCAUCAAGAUUGUCUUCACCCCCAUGUUGUGUCGCAGGGUGUGCAACGGCGGGCGUUGCUACGACAGCUGCGAGAAAGGAGACAUCACCACAGUCUACAGUGAAAACUCGCAACAGCAGCAGCAGCAACAGCAGCAGCAGCAGCAGCCAAACAACCAGGGCUUCAGACUCUGUGAGUGUCGACAAAGGGCCCCUGAUAUCUGCUUGGCAUCCUUUCUGUUUACAUCGCUUCUCCUUUCUCCCGCUCUGUCUCUCUUGUUGACGUUUUGUUUCUCACACAUUUCCCUUUGUGCCUCCAUCCUUCUUUUCUUGCUCCUUUUUUAUGGGGUGAGCUUGACAAGGCAGAUCCAGUUGGUGGCAUGCUGUCUGAUCUGAAGACUGGCUCAGAGUGGAGGAAUAGUGGUUUAGAAUAAACUUGAGGACUACACUGAAAAGCUCUCAAAGAGAAAAAGAAAACAGGGAGAGCAGGAGAGAAAGGGAAGACCAGUUUAAAGCAGGCUCUGUUGAAGGGGGCUAAUCCCCCCCUUAUUCCUCACACAAACACACGCACACACAUACACACACACGCGCGGAGCUGGUGGUCCCACGCUCCCAACACUUAGCCCCAUCUCUUUGCGGUUCGCACCUCAUGGUCAACCCUGCCGUUAACCAUUUAAUGUGCUCCCUGGGUGAGCAGGAAAGAAUGAAUGAGGAGAGAGAGAGGCAGAAAGAGAGAAAGAGUAGCAGCGUGAACAGGAUUUUAUAGGGAUUACAUUAAACCUCCCAUUUAUCCGGGGGGCUUUCUUCCAAGUUCACACAGGAGUGUCCAUGGGUCUGGGACGGGGGGGGCGGUCAAUGCCAAGGAGAGGGUCGUACCCCAGCAUGCUUUCUAGUUUCUCAUCAGUUGAAACAGUGCAGCUAAGGUUCAGACUAAUUACUACUUGGGGAUUACAGGGUGCAGCUACCAUACACACACUCUUGUCACAACACACUUGAAAACAAGCUCAAAGUGGUGGCGCACAAAGACGCACUAGCUUUCACCUAAGUGCACUGAAGGACCUGUUUGACUUUUGAAUGUCUGUGAAUAUAGCUCUCAAUGUUAGGGCUUGAUAUUCCAAACAGUCCAGCGUCCUGGCAGAAACCAUCCUCAAGUUUACAUUCCUGGCACCUCCACUUUCUUUCUUCCUGCGCACUGGUUUGUUUUUGUGCUCCAUUUGUAUUUCUGCAGGAAUCUCCCUCCAUUAUGUCAAAUCAUGUGCUAAAGAGGGUGUUAAAAAGAGAUUGCUUUCCAUUUAGACUUGCAUCCUGUUAUUGCUUGGGGUGUGCGUGUUCGUCGAGGAAUGUCAAGUGGACAGCAAACAGUUAUCUCAUGCUGUUGUUAUGUUCCCUACACGGUGCAGUAAAAUCUGGAUGGAUAAUUACAACAGGCUCCCUUGAUACGCACCGUGUGUACAGCGCUUACCAUAAAGCCUGAUAUUAGAUUGGGUAGAAAGGAUUUUAUUGAGUGAGAAGUGUGUGUGUGUGUGUGUGUCUGUGUGUCUGUUUUGUUGUAAGAGCUUGUUAAAUGGACAGACAGACAGGCAGACAGUGUGCGGAGACAGCAGAAGGGUUCUUGUCUAAGAAUAGUUCCUUGCCCCAUGCUGAUGUAGGACUGGACUGACGCAGGCCGGUGCAGACCUGCAGCCCACAUUGAGAGGAUUUAAUGACCUCCUUGAGUUGAUAAUUUAGCCAGCAUGUCUAAUCACUGGAGGCCUUCCUGUGUGUGUGUUGGGACACCAAAGAUUUGUCUCUGUCUGCGUUUCCACAACUUUUUUUCCUCACGUUGUCUAUCCCCACUGUUCCCUCCUGUCUCUCCUCUGUUUUCAAUCGACCCUGUUCACAUUUUCCUCCCCUAAUCCCCUUCGUUCUCUAUCUUCUAUUCUUAUUCCAUCCCUCCCUCUUUCCCUCCUCCAGUCUCACUCUUGUUAAUACUUUGUGACAGGGAGCUCAUUCCCAACAUGCCAUCCAGACUGUCCAGCGUCUCUCUGUUCCCCGUUUGCACCCUGUUAGUGUGUUUCUGUCUGUUCAGGGAGGACAGGGAGGAUGCGGCUCACAGCAUGUUUCCAUCACUAGUGUCCUCUUUCAUCUCUCAGUAUGUGGGCCAUCUGUAUCUCCAACAGUCUUGUAAAGGACUUGUCUUAUUUGUUGUGUGUGCUACUGCUGAACCUGAGGAAAAUCAGACACAAGAAGCAGGAUCCAAACUUCUUCUUUUUCUUAUUCGUCAUGGCUGGGUGGAUUCUUUUAUCGUACAGUCUUUGAAGUUUUGAGUUAGGUCAGAUCAGAAUGAAUCUGUAGACAGAAGCAGGCGCAGGUAUUUAGGGUGUCGGCCUGGUACCCAUCCUUUAUGCCAAAAGAUAAGGCCAAUGAAAGGGGUGUCUAAGCACUUCUGUCAAACACCAUCUGUCUCCAGCUGGUCUCUCCUUUCUUUUUCUCCUCAUGCUUAAUCGCUUUAGAAACUAUAAAUCAAAUUAUAACCUAGCAUGUCCUGGGAUUAACUUGUAUGAUCAAAAGCUGGUUGGCCUCCUUUGAAGUUUAAAACAAGAUUUGAUAGUUUGAGAAGUUUUCCUUUCCUCACUUCCUCACACACACAUCCAGACUCUUGUUAGUUUUCAAAGAAUUACAGGACAAACCAUCAGUCAUCACCUCGCACAGAAGUAUGUAAUUAUUGAUGUGAGGCAAAACAUGCCAAUAAAAGAGGUGCAGCAUGAGGGGCAGUGCCAUGGCUCUGCCCUCAGGACAGAGCUGAAACUUUUAAAUGUCAUGUGAAAUGAGGUGUUGGGUAAUGUGCAACUAGCUGUUUGCAAACAAAGCAUGUCCACAUGAAGCUUUUCCACAUGCUAUUUCGAUCAGGGCUGACACUUCUGUUUCUUAUUACCAGAUUCUUGUGUACAAGUGUGCAUAAAUUUGCGCAGUGACAGGUGACGUUUUUAUGUGCUAAUGAAUCCCUUCACUCCCUCCCCCCUCAUCUUUUUCUCUUUAUCUCUGACUCAUUCACCCUUGUUAUUUCUCUCACCCUCCUCCUUGCAGUCUUCUGUCAGAUACCCUGUCUAAACGGAGGACGAUGCAUAGGAAGGGACCAGUGCUGGUGCCCGUCAAACUCCACAGGGAAGUUUUGUCACUUGCCGGCCCCACCUCCUGCCAGACCCACCCCUCACAGCAACAAGGAUAUCAACCACCAGGGUCCGAAAUCUCCUGCCCAUUCUAUGUACACUCUACCACUGUCCAACCAGCAAGGUAAUUCCACUGAACUGUGGGCUCUGAGACGUACCCGUCAACUCAAUUACAACCCUAUUUAUGCAAAUGAUUUAAAUGCAAAACUAUAAGAACCCCCUCCCCUUGGGUCUGCUUUUGGGGUGUGGCUAUAUAUAAUUUACUAAAUGUAAUCUUAUCUGCAUCUGUUUUCCUGACCUUUAUAAAGUCACUUUCGGCAUAAAAACUUGGGUCUUUGAGACUUUAAAUGAGAGUGUCAGACAGUGAAGUCAUAGUAGCUGCAUCUACUUCCUAUAUGCAUCCUUUGAUUCACACUCAAGGGAGACAAGACACAACUUUGUGCCAACUGACUGCCGACUUCAGCCAGAUUCUUGUCUCAUUACUGUCUGCUCACCGUUUCACUUGUGUAGCAGUUUUAGCUCAAACAGAGGGGAGUUUAAGAGGGGAUGGUGCAACUCAGCAAGCAGCAAAAACUCGUUCAGUUAUGGAUACUCAAGCUGUUGCUUUUGCCAAAAGUCAGUAUAGUCAAGAGGGCUUUGCGUUGGUCAUUUCUACUCAAAUCAACAACAGAGGUAAUUUGUGCCAGCUGCACAACUUCUCCACAAAAUUCCAGCUAAUCUUUUUCUAAAUGUCUACCUGAAUGUGAUCUUUCAUUUUGUACACUGUUUAUUGUAAAGCACUCUGCCUUUUGAGGACAGCAGCAGUGGAGGUCAGACUCUAUUUUGAGCGUCUAGAGUAAUGACUCAGUGGAAGUCCUCAUAUUUUUUCCACAAAGCCUCUUUUUAUCAAGCUGGAGAGGAUAUUAGAAACAGACGAAGGGAGCAUCGUGAAGUUAUAAGAAAGAAUGUAAAGAAGAAGUAUUUGCUCAUUUUUCCAUCCCUGUCUCUGAUAUCAUUUUUUAUGUCAUCACAUUUGGCUCGGUAUCUGGUGCUGUCUGACAGUAAGUAGAAGCAGAAGCUUCAUUAUAGAUAUUUGGGAUUCCACUUUGAAAUCUUUUAUCCAUCAUUUUGAAUUUAACUUCAAAAAUAAUCAGAAAUAAAUAAUCCAUGUCCACAGUUUGCAUUUUUUGUCACAACAUAAAAGUGAUCUAAGGCUUUAAAGAUUCACAGAGGCAGUUUCACGUGCAGGGCUCUUGAUAAGGCCCACUUUUUCUCCUUGGAUUCUCCCUGCAGUCUGUCUGUGUGACUAUGAUUUAUGAGAGUGGGUCAGGAUAUUGGGAAAAAACCCUGGCACUCCCCGAAGAUAGAUGCUUCCCUUCUGUCAGAAGGACAAAAGAGCUCAUUCUCCACAUUACAACAUCGUUUUAACUCUUAAACAACUCUGUUUUUAGUCUUUAAGAAAAUUUGAUUUGAGCCAAAGAUUCCCUGUCUUUUUGUGUUGUUGUUUUGUCGAAUCUUAAGAUCUGCUGGGAAUUCCUCAUGUAGAUCACAUAACUUGGUGAUGAAGCAAGUGAAAACAAUAUUUGUUACUUCUCUGUCAACGGUCUGUCCACUUGGAAAAUAUAAACCUUCCACUAAAUUGUGUAAACUCUCGCUCUCUCCUUCUGUAGUCUCCCUCCACCCAUCCUUGGUGAACGUCCAUAUUCAGCACCCUCCAGAGGCCGAAGUCCACAUCCACCAAGUAGCUCGAGUCCAGCCUGGGCAGAGACCUUCCACCACAGAGGGGGCUCACUCAGUUCAGCAGCGCUCCCAGCCUGGAAAUGGGCAUGAAACGCACUCCAGUGGGAAUGGAAAUGGGAACGGGAACAGCUACGGCCAUGUCAGACCUCACAACCGUCAAAAUGGACACGUGGGGAGAUGCUUUCAGGAAACAGUGGAUGGGCAGGUAGCUAUUGUGUUAGGUCAUUAAAGCACACCAUGUUCACUGUCAUCACUAGCUGAUGUAAGCCACCUGGAGUAUCCUUCCUCUCUGUAGGUGUUGAAACAAGUCAAGGAAAAGCGUUGUACCAUAUUACCACAGGUUAUAUAACUCCACGCUCCCAACCCAUCACCUCCUGUCAGAUCUACUGUCUCAAACAGGAAGUGGUUUUGUGGCUAUGAUUUAUGUCAUGUAAAUGAUUUAUGAGCUCUGUAGAUUCUGGUCAUCUCAUAUUUCUGCUGUGGUAUGUUAUAACUUUGGAUGUGAUCAGGGGCCAAAGUCUAGACCUGAAACCCUGCACAUGUGAUCCUCUUUUUGACCUGAAUGGGCAUGCUCACAGUGUGGCACAAACUAGAGACUGACGGUUAUUUUCAUGGUAGGAUAAUGUAUUAGUAUCACAACAGACGGGCAGCUAUGACAGUGAAAGUAAGGUUAGAAAAGGUAAAGAUGGAGCAUAAACUUAGUUAAUCCCAGGUCUAAUAGUCCAUCAGUUUUUGACUAAACAUUUUUGAGUUCGCAGUCUCAGUUACGCUACUCUCUCUGGUAUAUUUGAAAGGUAAUUUCUUGAAUAAGUUUGCAAGUGCUAAACUACAGCUCUGGCUUUCUCCACUCUGGUUUCACAGAGAGUUUGAAAUGAAAGCUUCAGCCUUUUUUCGUAACUGCAAACCAAAAAAAAAAAAAAAAAAAAACGAACACAGGAAAGCUUUUCCUUCUCUCCUGCCAGUCUGCCAGUUCAGUGUUCUCCAGAAGAAUGCCUCUCUGUUGCCUCUUUAAUUUCAUAAAUCUCCGUUGGCCAAAAAAAAUCCAAUAAGUACGGUCUGAUAGGAAUCUCCCUUCACAAUUAGCCAAGUGCCUAAAUGAAGGCACGCUAGAAGGUUCAUAGCGGGUCUUGAGCCUCAGUGUUUAUGUCCUCCUCCUUCUAAGUAGUCUCAGAUGUGUCUGGUUCUCUUUGUCCUUGCAGAUAGGUAUACACGCACACUCCGACACAAACACACUGACAAGCGAUGUCUUUGCCAACAAACACACAUUUGCAAGCAAACAAGCAUGCAUGUGCAAACAUGUAACACUCAUUUUCAUAACUCCUUUAAAGUAACACAGAUGUGUGUUGUUGUAGUGUGGCAAGCCUCUGCCAGGACUUACCAAACAGGAUGAUUGCUGUGGAAGUGUGGGUGCCUCCUGGGGUCUAAACAAGUGCCAAAAGUGUCCAGCCAAACCAGGUAAAGCCAAUCUGGGCAAUUUUUGGUUACGCUGUGUUCUAUAACAUGCUUAAAACUGAUCUAUUUCUAAUCCAGUAUAAUUCUGCUGGAAUUCAUUUCUGUAUUGCCUUUGGUAUGUUGAUCUCUUGGUAUUCUUGAUCUGUUGUACAUGCUGGUUUAAAACAGACUUAACUGGGCUCCUCUCUCAUAGAGCUGGAUAUGAAGGGGGUUAGUAGACAAUUGACCAUAUUCACCUGGCAGCCAUUUUCCUCUUACAUCAUGCUUGCAGUGGGAAGUUAAUAUGCUGUUAUUAAGUCAUACUGAAUGUUAUAUGAAAAGAAGAAUACUUGACAAAUUAUCACGUCAGUCCAAAGGUGAAAGUAGGAUAAGGUUCUUGCAAAUACUGUACCAGUAGGCUUUGUACAAGAGGAUCUCUCUUUCUCUUGAACAUAAAGUCAUUUUUUUCUGCAUUUUGUUUUAUUUCUGCAGUAAGAUUGAAGCAGCUGUCUCUUUAAGCAGCUGCCUCCUUCCACAGGGGGGAGGCAGUCCCCAGCACCUAGGCAACCAGCAUCCAAUCAAAAGUGCGCACUGAGCGCUCCCACUUCUGGAGUUUGUUUGCGGAAGCAAAUACGACUCACUCGCAAGAAGCAUAGUCUUAUUGGAUUACUACAUCAGUCUGCAGGGUGCAGACUGAUGUGCGGCAACACGGUAGCAAAUGUGGCCUACAUACAUAGCAGGGGUGAAAUUUUGCAUACCGCUGUGUACCGGCUUACUUUCACCCCUGCGUCAGCCCCUCUAAACUGUAAUGGCCAGCAGAUAUUGAAAAAAAGCUGAUAACAGGCAAUGUUAAUGAUUAACUACCUUCUUCUUAAUGUAGCCAUUGGCUGGGAAUGUUUUUUUGUAGUUGUAAUGUGCUAUUCUCCUUGGACUGAUUUGUUGUGAGGGACCAAGUCUUCCUCAGCAACACUUAACUGCUGUGAAAUAGUACACUGUUGUUAGGCUUUGGACGAUCAGAAUUAAGUAUCUAACACAGAGAGUUAAUGGAAACAUGGCACCAUUUCCUAGGUAAUGAUAAUGUACGCUGGAAAGGGAAUGAAAUCUAGCCUUAUUCCCUUCUCAAUCGUUAGUAAAUUCAUUAAGUUUAUACAGAUUACAACUUUAAGAUAUAGCAUUAUGACAUUUAAACAGCUUUGCAGCUUCCCAUAGGGUUGAUGUUACCUACAUGAGAGCAUAGUAAAUACUGGAGACUGAAGAUAUUAAGCAGUCUUCUUUAGCUUCUUUCACUCUCUGAGGAGGGUGUGUGGCUCGUCUAUGUAAGUACCCGACUGUAAAAAUGAAGCUGUUCUAGCUACUUUAAAACCAAGAGCGGGAAGCAAAUGAAAACACAUUAAACAUAAAGAUGAGAGCCUGGCAGGAGUGCCACCCACCCUGCGGGUGAAUUGAGCCAAUGAGGGAAUGAAAAGAGUGAGAAAAUAAUCAACCGCAGUUCAGCUGCUUCCCAACCAGAGCUGCGGUAGGUUUGAGAGACUGCAGCAGGGUGGUUGAAUGCUGGCAGACUGGGUGGGUGGUGACACCCUUUACUGUAGAUGGAGGCUGUGAGUGGGCCUGACAGCUCUCUGUGUUUUUUAAGGGCACGGUUAUAUCCCAGGGCUGGUGCAGGACUUGUUUUCAAGAGCAUCUUGAAAGCAGGCUUCAGAGGCACAUGGGGACACUGUUUGUAUAAUAUAAUGUUUUAUAACUCUGAUACCUGCAGAUGUCAAUGCCUGUUUAAUGUCAGACUUGACCUUAAUCAAAAGCAGACAUCAUCCUUCUCUGACUCCUCCAUCUAUCAUAGCUGCCGAUCCAUCCUUUUCUCCUCUACUGUCUAUCUAUUUCAGCAUGCCAGACUCCUGCUCCUCCUAAGUCCCCGGCAUGAUCUCUUUUGGCUUCCAGAUGUUUUCUCUGCUCUCUUCUUUGAAGUUUGGGGGAGAAGCAGAGAAAAUACCCCAUUCCCUCAUUUUCUGGAUUUUUCUGAGGUCGGGGUCCCAGGUCACACGCAGGCAGGCAGAGGAGAGAGGACAGGUAGAGUGGAAAAAAUAAGUCGAAAUGAAGUCAGGUGAUGUGUCCUAGAAGUCUGAAGGAAGCUGCAGUUUAAUAGGAGACAUGCCUUGAAUUCCUCUGGUGUGUUAUUCUUAGUUUAGACACUUGGCUGGAUCUCUCAUUUGCAUUCCCACAUCACUGGAUAAGAUUUAUGCUUUCAUACAGUCAUGACAGGAAUGAUAUACAACCUGGAGACAAAAGCCCCUUAAAAAUGAGGCUGUCCCCUUUUUUCCACAGUCAGUGGGUCAGUUGUCGGUUGGGAGUGUGAGGAAAAGUCAUAACACUGUAUAGGAGUCUCCUGUGUCUCUCGUUGAGUAUGUGAUAAUGAUGUCAUGAAAGGCCAGUUUGAAUAAAAGGGUGUAACAUUACUAUUGGUCAGUUUAUGGCCAGUUAUAAAAAACUACUACUUCAUUUAUUUUAUGACAUUUAUAGUUGAUGAAAACUUGAGCAGACUUCAGACAGUUUGGUUGUUGACAGCUUUUCUUACUUCCUGUUAAACUCAGGUAUCUCUGUCUACUUAAUAUACACUCACUGUCAAUAUUUGUAAGAAUGAAGACUUAAUAUCAGCCCAGGUGUUUACAUAAAUAUUACAGACUUAUUAUCUGUAGCUAGUUUAGAAGUCUUGUUAUAUCACUUUGUAAAUAUGUAUGAAUUGCUGCAUUAUAUAGGCGGAUAUUAUUCAGUCCUACACCAAGGACUUUGUGUCACUGUUUUGGCAAUGAGGGAAGGGAUUACGUGUCUGAAAAGACUGAGUCUGUGUGUGUGUGUCAAUGAGAUGUGAUGUUAUGGAGGCAAAGCCGCCAGCAUGUCCCAUCACAGUGGGAGCCGAAGCCUUUAGGAGCCAGCGCCUUCAAAGUUGCAUGCUGAGGAUUCCUGGGUGGUAAUGAGAUCCAGACCAGCCAAAAGAGGCUGCAGUCAGCUCUGGUUCUGAUGAUUAGGUGGAGUCAUAAAACUCUGUACCACACUCUGUUUGAAUUUGAAUCCUGUUCAAUCUGGGUUUGUAAUACCUGAUAUGAACUGAUGUUAAACAGGUGGAAACUUUGCUUUGGAAGGAACGACAGCUAACUGACUUACUGAGUGGAUACAGUUAAGAUGCGUACAUACACAGUUUCAGAAAGAAUAUCUUAAAUGUGAGGCAUGGGUUUAUAGGAGGAGAUUAAUGUAUUAACAGUAGCUUAUGAUGACGCCAUUACUUGAUCUCUCUAAGUAUAGUUUCUCGUACAAUUGUUGAUAACAUUGAGGAUCAUUGCCUCAUACAUGAAAUCGUAGGUAGGACCAUAGGCAGUAGAAACUGGCCAAGCAGUAGCUGCCCUAGUCUUCUUGGGAACAAGUCUCCUCCAUCACACCUCUUGUCAGUGUCAUAUUCAGCAAAUGUUUUCUGACAGUCUUCAGCUAGCUGUCUGUGUUUUUUUUAAAGAGAUCCAUAACGUGUACAUUAACCUGACUUUGGGAACGUGCAAAAACAAAGAACCCCAAAAAGAGUAAAUCAGUGCAGUCCUCUACAUCUACACCUGAUAGAUAUGGCACUACAUAAGGAUUUUGAGAAUUGCUUUCUCAUGUCGAGGCUAAUUUACCCGAAGCAACUAGCUUUCUGGAGUUUGCCAUAUUACUUGUAAAUGCUUCAUUGUUCGAGCUGGUUCUCUGGCAGUGUCCAUCCACUCCUUUUUUUUUAUCAGUGGAGGUUCUCCAAGCCUAAAACUGAGGGCCGUUUAUUGUGGCCUGGUUCUGACCUAUAUUCCAGCCCUGGCAUGACUCUGUAUAAUUGUGCUGGCAGCCCCUCCCUCACUGUAAGUUUCACAGCUAAUGGAAUCCCACAAGCCAUUUGUCUCUGCAUCUGUCAUUACUGGGCAGCUUCCCUCUCUGUGCCUCUCCCCCGUCUGCAAUGCUGGGAGGCUUCCCAGGGAGCCAGACCAGAAGUCCCCUGGGCCUAAAGCAAACCACCACACCCACAGGAGCUUUGGCUUCCUUCUGCUCUGCCUGCUGGGGUCAUCAAGGUCGUCAUGAUAUCACCACCUGGACGCUGCCUUGGCCCCGCCUUUUAUUCCACCUCUCGUCUGCCUGUUGGGCUUCUUCUUCUCCCCGUAAUAAGGACACUAUCCUUCAUGAGGUUUGGAUCAAUACUGUCAGGAGGAGGGGGGCCCAUGGAGCUCCAUGACUUCCAGAUCUUCCCACAUGAACUCAUCCCUCCCAAUUCUCCCAUCUAUUCCCCAGACAUUUGAUCUGACAUCCAUAGCAGGGCCAAAUCUUGCACUUAUUACUUUCUAUUAGCACUGAUCAAACAUGAACACUUGUUAAUGACCAAGUUAACCCAGAGAUGCAUGACUUUCUCUCAGAAAUAGUCAGCAAGAGAACAGAUGCAUUGGAAAAGCUCCAAAGCAGCUUUUGGGAUGAUUAUAAGAUAGAGACGUCACGUAUCAUUGACAGCAUUUGAUUCAUUGAUGUUGACUUAGUUUAUCCCUUCACAACUCGAACGAUGGAACCUAUUAUCCAGGCAGCAUUGUGGCCAAUCAGGGCUGAGCAGACCUAACCACUAGGAGAGAUCAAUCCAGGUUGGAAGCAGAUGGAUGCAAAGUUUGUGUUGCAUUUCUCAAUAGGAUACAAGCUAUGCUAAGCAAAUAUUUAUUGGGAAUAUACCGUGGCAUGCCUUCUGUUGGAAACUUGCCCAGGUGGAAAAUGUUCCACUGUGAAUCGUAGAUUAUAGAGGAAUGUGGAUCUGUUUUAAAUGUGCGUUUGAAGCAGGCUGCAUUGCCAUCAGCGUCCUGGAGAAGGGCGUUAAGCAGAAUUGUCAAACUACAAACAGAGAUGUUGACUUGCAUACUUUCGUGAAUACAGACAAUGAGAAGUAUGUUUUGAGUAAGAAAAAAAAUUAAAUAAUCUCUAUCAAAGCUUGUACUUGCUGCUUCACAUUUGCCGUUGGAUCACAGGAUUGAAACAAUACAACACAAAUAAACAGCCAAGACUGUUAAUGAUUUAGCAAACAUCUCCUAGCGUGUAUACUGGAUAUGGGUCAAUGUCUCUUUAGCAGAGAAAUAUUAAUAAUUGUGCAUUGUGUCCUGACUCAUCAACAUUUGCUUCACUACGAAGGACACAUGUUUUUAAAGGCAUGUGAUACUUGCUAAAUUGGCAGAUGUGGUGAGGAAACUCUGUUUUAAAAGCAAAUAACUUCUUUUAAGACCGUUUUCUUCAAUCAGGAAUUGGCUCAAAGGCCAAAACAAAAUGGCUCAAAAGACCUGAAACCCUUCAUGGUGAUUAAAGAGCUUGGUUUCUUCUUUUUUUUUUUUUUCUAGUGGCACCAGCUUGUUCUGUGGCAGAUUGUCAGGAAGUAAAUUGCUGAAAAAGGACCUAAGGAGACUUUUGCUUUGUUUCCAGUAGGUUGUUUUCCUAUAUACUGACCCCUUACGAUUCAGACAGGAAAGCUGUUAACUGCCCGUGUCCUGUUGAUGGCAUCAAUCCUUCCUCACUUCUGUAUGCUGCAUGUUGCCAGCCAGCUCAGGGUUGAAGCCAAACAUUGAAGUUGCCUCCUAGCCAGGUCUCUGGGGAAAGUGGUGAAGAGUUCUGAGGUCUGUGAUUGAUGGACCAGACCUCUUAAUCGUCUUUGUAGAACAGUCUGCAGGCGGGGUGGUCUGCAGAGUGAUUGUUCCAAAUGACCAAUUCGAGAUUUCAGCACUACUGAGGAAUCCGUACGAGUAUAAACUCUCUACUUUCUCAGCCUCCUGCCUGCUUCUCUCUUUGCUCAACCUCUUAGUUUGCAUAAGCCCUCCUUUCAUUUGAAUACACUCAGCAGCACCCUGCAUGGAGCAAAUUUUACUUUCACAUGAAAAAGAAACCAAAGGAAUUUAUUCAGGUUUUUAUACAGGACUGCAAUGCCAAGAAAGAAGCCCCAAGGACUCUGGAUUACACUUUUGGGUCAGAGAAUUUGAGCAAAUAUUAUUGAACAGUUGCCAGUGGAAUGCAAAACACAACUGAAUGGAGAUGGACAAUAAAUUAGUAAGGGGUGACAAAGUCUUUUGUUGAACAGGGCUAAAUGGACGGGCAACAAUCGGAAGGUUCUGUCUGUAGCCUCAGUGGAUACAGACCAGUCUGGGUCUACAGUCUUUGUAACCAGGGGUGACACUAAUGAUGCGCAGCUUGGGCUCACUGUUGCAAGCCACUGCCUGUGUUACUCUGUUUUCUAACACAAACGACUGCAGAAGCAAGCAUGAGAACAGAAACAUCAUUAAAUUCUCUCAGGAUCCCUCAAACCUUGCUUAGAAGUUAUCUUGUAUGGGUCGAAAGACUUGUUUCAAGAAAUGGAAGGAAAUGUGUUGAACAGAAGGAAUUGUGCACUAAGUUUCAGCUGUUGGUUUUCAACUAUCACCUCAUACAAGUUGCUCUGAGGGAGCAAUAAUGUUCUGGCAAACUGAUCUAAGAUAAAGAAAAAACAUGUUUGGAUACUAGCUGAUCCAGGAAAUGUUGGGUAAGGUCUGCCAAAUUAGAUCUUUUGUGCAAAUUGAUUUUUAUGACCAUGUACUGUAAAUGUCUGUGGAAACAUACUAACUUUAAAUCUCUGUUCAGUAUCUUUGCAAUACUAAAGACAAGACUAAUGUUUCGAUGCUCUUCAAGACGUCUGUCUGUAUCUCUUCUCUUACGCUUUUUUAAAAUAAGCUAAAUUUGAGAGUGAGCUGUCUCUUAGACUUACAUUGAAGUUUUUACCACCACAGAGGUCCUCACCUCCCCGCUAAUAAGCUUUAUUGAGACACCCGGACCUCCCCCACUGAGCUCCUCUUGGCAUGUGCGCCCUGCUGUCACUCAGGCCAGACUUUCCCUGAUCCCCUCGCUGCAGGAGGGCGUGCCCACCGCCCUACCACAACAACUCAUUACUCAGAAACUUUGAAAUGAGGAUUAGCCGAGUGCAGAGGAAGAUGAGGAGGUGGGCAGACAGGAACAGGGCCGUCGCUUUGACACAGUUCCCCCCUUUUACCCGUUGCCCCCUUCAUGCUGACCCACUUCUGCUUUGUCAACCCUCAGGUACAUUGACCCGGCCUGGUCUACUGGGUCACAGCAGGACCAAAACAUAACUCAGCGUCCAGGACGAUGUUCCCAGACAGCCUCCAUGUGGCAAACAUUCCAGUCUCUCCUGGGAAAAUGACACAAACUCAUGACUGACUGCUGGGUUCUGUUUUGACAAUAUCUGUUUGUAGGACUUCUGAGUUGGUAUCUUUUAAACUUUCAGACCACUUGGUUUGGAUUUUCAGCCAGAACAGUGCUGUAUAGUUUACGGCAACCAACUUAUAAAAUGAAUGACAGUGCUUCUUAAUGAAAGCUUGGCAAAACUGCAAAUUUAUUUAAUAUUUGCUUUUGCCCAGAGUGUUCAGUGGCAAAACUAUCUGACAAGGACACAAGUUUGAAGAUGAGAUUUAUUUGUCCGUUGGCUGUGGCUUUCGAAAGCUUUGAUCACAAAAACGACAAUUUUUCUCCUUUUCCCACACCACUCUGCCAGGAUAGACAUGUUUUUCUUUGCUGGCAAGGUGUGACUCUACUUUCUUGAAUGCAUCAGCUCACUUUUGAUCCUUUGUCACCGUCUGCACCAAGUCAUCUACGAUUGAUGUUCUUUGGUAAAACCAUAUUUUCUCUGGCUGUGUGAACACCCAAAGAUGUCAUCACUGUAAUUUGUUUCUGUGAUGGCUGAAUGUGAGGGCGAAAUAUUGGAAACCAUGAUUUCUCUUUACUCUUGCAUUAGAUUAAAAUGAGUAUGGUGAUGCAAUAAGUAAUGAAGUCCUAUUUCAUGUUUUGGAAAAGUUAAAAGUGUCUUGAGCUUAAGCUGUACAAAACAGUAGGAGCGCUGUGUAAAACAUUAAUAAAAACAGAUUUCAAAUGUUUGCAUCAUCAAAAAUACAAAUAUAAUUAGAAUACUAUUUACAGUUUCAGAAAAUCUAGAGAAAUCUCCAUACGAAAAUGAUCCUCAGGUGGCACUACAGUCAAAACAGACAUGACUCUGUAGUGGAAAGCUCUGCAUGGCCAUGAUUAGUGAGCAUAGUUUGAUGUCGGUUAAAACCGUACAAUGCAAAAAUGAAUUUGUUUAAUUUCUGCCAAGAUAUCCCCUGUUGUUUUGAUGCUCAAGUAUUGAACAGAGGUAUGACUAUCAUGUGUAGAACAGUUCUACCAUCACUGCUCGACACUGUCUGAUUAAUGCCUGUUAUCUAAACAGACUAUAACAGUGAAAAACAGCUCCAGCAUACUUGGACACAUUUUGUUUUUCUCACUUCAAAAUUAUUGGACAAUGAUUUGCUGUCCAACAAUCACCCUAGUUUGAAAACUUGGUUGUUCACACUGUGUCUUUCCCUCAGUGUGUAGUGUCAAACAGACACAUACACUUAAACGCUAAGACAUUCUCCCUGCUGUAUGACGGUCAUACUGACCCCCUGUAGUUUUAAUGGAGUAUGGGCCUUGACUGGGUGUAGAAGGAGUAAUGAGAUCAUGAUUUGCGGCCUCUGUCACUACAGUUGCACUGGGGCAUUACCAGACGAACUGUGUUAUUUACUGCAGGUCUGCUGUGAACCUCUAGUGUACACACAUGUAGCACACACCAUGAGGUUUUACUGCUUUUGGCAAAACAUUCGAAAAAAAAGUUUGUAACCAAUCACCUCUCUGUGAACUGGACAUUAACAGUCCCUCUUAGUAUGCACAGUUGAUGCAUUAGUCUCUUGUUAAAGUUGAUCUGCACUGUUGUUGAUGAUAAAGGUCAUAGCUGUCACGUUGGCUUCCUCAACAAAUUUAUGAUGCAACCACUUCCUUCAUCUGUCUCUUGGGGGUUUAGAGACUUACAGGUAAUAUGAUUAUGAAUGACGUCAAGUGUUUGUGUUGAGUUUUGCUGGAUGGCAGUGCUGUCUUAUAAAUGUGGUUGAUGGGGAUCCAUUUCCAUACACUCACUCUGGAGUCUCACGGGACCCAGCUGUGGGUCCCCUCAUUUUUCCUCUUGCCAAGAUGCUCACAUCUGUAAGCUAUAUGGACUCCUCCUAAAGCUGCGCUUCUCUCCUCUAUUUGUGUUGAUGCAAUACAUUGUGACAGAGAGGCACUGCGCUGUAGGAUCAUUUUGAAACUGUGCUUUCUCUUUCUGUUUGCAGCUUACGCAGUGAUCGCAAACGGACAAGUGGAAUGUUCCAAAGGGUUCAAGAGGAUGAAUCUAACACACUGUCAAGGUAAGCUUAAGAGUACAGUAUGUCAAAGAGUACCUGUCAUUCACUUUGUUCUGAAUGUUUUCCAUGUGAUAGAACUCUCCUCAUUUUGGAAUAUGCAGCCUACCCAUCACAAAAACAUACAUUAUAUAAAAUGUAAUGGCAUCCUUGUGAUAAAAACUUACUGCCCACAUGUUUCUGUGCUUCCACGGACCCCUGGGGGCCUCUAUAAAAGUAUUCAUGGCUGUAUGUCUAGCCCUUAUGGGAACCAGGUCAAGACUUCAAUUAGCCCUGGCCUGGGGUCAGAGUUCAGCAGCCAAUAAGCACCUGGGGCUGCAGUUUUAAUUGGUCUUUUGGGUUCCUAGUGGAGAAUGGUGUGGUGGGCUGUGAUUAUGGUAAAUGUGGCUCUCCAAGAAUUUGCAGGAAAGCUAGAGUUGCAGACUUGUUUGUUGCUUGGGCUCUCUAAAUGUGAGGAGAAGAAGCCACCGUGACUGCCAGCUCACCCAGACAUCUGUACGUAAAAACAAACUUGGCUUGUUGCUGAAUAUAAACUGUGUUUUCAUGACGCAAUAACCACCCACAGUGUCAGCCCUGUAGACAGUCCUCCUCUGGAGAAUUUGGACUAUUUGUAUUUGUUGGUUAUGUUAGUAUACAGACGCUUGGACUAAAAGACCUGAAUAAAUAAACUUGGGCUGAAAGACUCUACAAAAACACACAACUUAAUCCGUGAACAAGGCAAAUGAUGCUGACACUUCUACCAACAAAAUGUAUCUUUUCUGACAGUCUACUCGAGCUGUGUCAUUGACUUGAUUAAUGGUGUCAUAAUCCAAAAGGCAGUGCUUACUGAAGCCUAUGGAGAGCAACAACAUAACGCUCCAGCAGACAGCUACAUGGCUACAUGUUUAACAGGCCUCGUCCCCCAGUUCAGCAAGUUCAACAUGUUUUUAAAUCUCCACUAUUGGUCCAUUGAUGGUUUCAGGUGAUACAUUAGCUGGGAGACAUUUUUUAUUAUAAAAAAUACAUGAAGACAAGGAUGCAGUAAUUUUCCAACAGUGUGUCAACCUGCCGACAAGCGUGGAAAUUUAUCUUUCUAUUAUUCAUGCUUUCUCUUUAGUGAUUGUUUCAAGAUGUUUCUUCCUUUCAGUUGCUCAUUUUUCGGAUUCCAAAAAGCCGGACUGACAGUUCCCCACAAUAUUUACUGGAGCGUCUGACGUCUCUUUCCCAUAUGCCGCUAAUCAAUUCAUAUUUUUUUAUAAAUUUUCUGAUUUCGAGGCAUGUAAGAGAAAAAAAUCGUACCCUUUUUGAAUUUUGCACGUCUUCUUUUGAUGGUGUCCAGCUUUCCAAGCUUGGCUUUUUGAAACUUUUUGUAAUGAAAUACUUUAUAACUUUUCUCAUAUUUGGUUUUAGGCUUCAACAUGACCCUCCUCCUUUGCAUGCCGACCCUUGCAGCCUACACUGCAAUACGAUAAGAAGCCCUAUCAGAGUUAUACACUGUUUUCUGACUUCAGAGACCAAGCCUUAUCUUUAGAAGCUGCUUCUGAGAACUGGGACAUCUGAAUUGGCCUUUUGUAACUCUGCUUAUUAGAUAAAGGGCCCGCAUAGAUGUAUGUGUACACUCUUUUGACGGUGGUUAGCUGCUGCUUGGUGCAGGUCCGAUUAUACACCCACAGCUUCAAAGAAGGGAUGAUGCAAGUCUUACAUAACUCUUUUGACUUUUCGAUAAACUUAAUAAAGCUACACAGAUUUUCAAAACACUGACAUUCUUAGUUUCUGCUGAGGUCAACAGGUUGAGACCUUAAUAUAUUUGGUCAUACAGUGGGAAUUUUUCAGUGGAACUUGCUUUUUGGCCGCUUUGGCUGAUUUUUAUGAAUGUUCAUUCCCAUUGUUCACGGUUUCUAAGUGGAUGCUCUUUGGCUCCAUGAGUUAUGUCUGGUUUGAGACUUCCAAAGUAGUCAUAAGGUUCUCCCUUUUGCCAAAGCAGCCGAUACAUAUGAAGGGAGCAAUGCUGCCAAUAUAUUUUACAGUGUCCAUUAAUAAAGCUGUUAGCUUUUUAUAUGGAUCUUGUUCUUUUCCAGAAGGAAACAGCAGGCGGAGGUGGGUGAGGUCACAGCAGAUACUAACAUACAAUAAAUUUGCGACCUUUUAGAUGAAAUUCAGUCAUUAUAUCAGGCAAUAAAAACAAAUACCAUAAAACUUGUGAGAGAGCUUGUACCACAAGAGCUGUUUGUCAAUGGGAGCAGUGAGGCAUACAUUCAAAAUAAAUGUAGAGAUUAACACAGGUCAUGACAGGUUGUCAUAGAAGUCAGCUUUAAUCCCAAUCAACCCACCAAGCAGACUGUAACAAUAGCACUAAUCUGGGACUCAACCGAACCAUGGAUUAAAGACCCCAUGUGAUGAAGGCUGAGCCCAAUGCUGACCUGAACUCUGACCAGAUAGCAUGCUGCUUAAACUGAACCCAUGUCCCCAAAGCACCUGCACUUGAAAUAGUGUUGCUUAUAACAUCUGCAGUCUGUUUUAUUGUCUUCACACUCCAUGCCUCAUUGUCAAUCUUUCAAACAGGUCACUUUGCUAACUGGGAGGCAGUUUUGUUUACGUUGCAAAGGCUGGAGGAUUUAUCAUCGCAAGCUUCAGCUUUAGAAGUAGUUUGUCCUGAGGGAAAUAGAAAAACUGCAAGAGAAAAAAGGCAGAUAAACAAAGAGCAACAGAGAUUAAAAAAGAAUAAAUAAUAUCAAACAACAAAAGGAUCUCUGAGCCAUUCCCUGGAUUUCCUUCAGUCCGCAGAUUUUUAUCAGCCUCCAUCCUUUAUAAUCUUUUUCCAGCAGGAAGCGAAACAACAAAACAAGAGCAGAUUAAUUGGAAUUGGGAAAAUCUGUGGUGGCAGCCUGUCGGGUUCCAGUUGUCAAAGCAAUGGGAAAAGACCUAAUGAUGUACUUUGUUUAACACGGUAGAACAACAAACGUCGCCUGGUCCCGAUGUGAUCGCAUGACUAAGCGCCUGAAAUAUGUCCCCCAGUGCUCCUGGCUGGCACAUUAACUGGCUGCCUUGCCCCCAGUUGGCUUAGUGGCUCACGAGCUGUUGGAGCGGUAAGCGAACUCCACUAGCCACUGUAACACUCUAGCCUGCUGUUCAGGCCAGAAAGAGGGGAAAAAACUCAGUGACUUGUACUCAUUGACGCAAGCUGGGGAUGCUCUGAGUUUAUUGGACACUGAAAAGGAAAGAUCCCGAGGAGGAGACUUCCUUUGUGUCUGCUUGAAUGUUUAUAAAAGCAAAGUUAACACAGGCCCAUGAGUUUAUAAUAUGUUUCAGUCAAAAGGAUACUUGGUGAGUGUUCUUUGUUAGUCUUUGGUCAAAUUGAUUCUGCAUGUUUCCCCCAAAUCCCAUCCUCCAUAUUUUCAAUAUUUCUAGUCCUUCUUGAAAUAUUUUAUCACUUUUAGUAAGUAAAAUGUUAUUCAUAAAGCACCUUCAAAACCAAGGUCAUAAAGCCGCAAAAGAAUUAAACAGCAAAUAAAAAACCCCAAAUAGAAACAAUGCAGAGAAAACAGCAAAAUCUUUACCUGUGGCUUGAAGUACCCUUUAGAGUUGGCUGAUCUGGCCCCUAGUAGAAGACCGGGACCCAGGACAGGAGACGAACAGUCCCUUUGUGUUGUGGGUGAAAAUAUUAUCUGAAAUCCUUGAAUUAGCUUUGCUUGUCUUUGUGCAAAUCUCAGUGACUUUUACAGAAACACAAAUCUGAAUAGCCAAAGCAGGUUCUGUCCCUUUUAUGGGGGGUGAAAAAGCCAACCUAAAUGUAGGAUUUGGGGCUGGCCAUCCCUGGAGUCCUUCUGGAACCACCCCUGACCAUGAUUCACACUGUUAGGCACAUGAAGACUGUGAGCACAAGUCUUUACAGUGUUUUGAUUUAGAGGAUGUAGCAUGACUGACUUACCUCAUAUUUUACAGACAUUAAUGAGUGCCUGUUGCCCGGUCUCUGUAAGAAUGCUGAUUGCCUCAACACCAAAGGAAGCUACAGGUGCACGUGUAAACCGGGCUUCAUGUUGGAUGCUGCGAGAAGCCACUGUGUCUGUAAGUAAGACACCUUUAUUUGUGAAAUCUGAAAAUAUUGCAUCUAAAAAAAACAUUGUCUACUUCUUCCCCUCAGCGGACAAGGCUGUAUCCAACCAGAAGGCUUUCUGCUACAGAUCCCUGUCAACAGGCACAUGCUCUCUGCCUCUUGCUCAACAAAUCACCAAGCAGAUCUGCUGUUGCAGUCGAGUGGGAAAAGCCUGGGGCGCUGGCUGUGACCGCUGUCCCCUUCCUGGAUCAGGUGAAGCCUUGAAAGUUGUCCUGUUCUGCUGCUUGUGUCCUUAAAUCUCCUCCACUAUCCAUAUGCUAUUCAAAUUCGAGACUUAUCCUUUUUAUCCGCCCGCAGAUACAACCUUCCAUUUCUGGUUUUCCUGAAAAACUAUUCCCUGCAUUAAACGCUUUUGCAGAUAUAAAAUGUCACAUAUAAUCUUAUGCAAGGGAUCGCAAUAGCAGUGAAAGCACAGACAGAGGAUAUUUCGCGCUCAGUCACCAGACUGCUCUCUGCCAGACUUGUAAAGCAGUUCAAAAUAACCAUAUCUGUUUGGAGUGGAAAAGCACCAAAAACAUAACAGUUUUCAUAUUUUGAAGGCUACAUAACAGUGGGAGUCAGUCCUGUGUUAUCACUCCAACCCUCAGAGAGAAAGCCCACUAAUAGACCGGCAAAGCUUCACAGCAGAAAUAAAUAGCUCGGCCAAGUGAAACAUGGGAAGAAGUUGUCAUCUUCUUCUUUUUUUUUUCAUCUAACCGAUUUUAUCUUCAAAGUCUCAACAAGAAACAGGCUGGUUUUAUGGAGUGUCUAUACAGGCCUGUGAUUCAUGGGGGUUGUCAUAGAUCAGAUAUCACAGACACAGACCUCCAUGGUGCUGCUCAGCCAGGAAUGACACAGUAUACACACAUACACACAGCCUCUGAUUAUUUCUGAUGCUGGCUUUUGUAGAGCCUGACAAGCUGUUAGAGUCAUGUUCUGAACAAAGCAGCCAGGCCCAUUACUUGUAACUUGGUAACUGGAGCUGGUAGACUUUCAAUCCAAAUUCACUCUGGUCCCUUUUGAUGUGGCUCCUGAUCAUAUACACGACCAUUUCCUCCCACUUUAAAUUCAUCAUUCAGUAGCCUAUCUAACCACGUUUCCUGCAUUUACACAAGCAUUUAUAAAGGACCGCAUAUCUGUCAUUACUCAUAUCUUUAUUCCAGACUCUUUUUGGCGUAGAGUUGCUGGUUUCAGGUCAGAAAGGGGACAGAGUUUCUCACUCGUAAUGGAUUCACCAUUGCUGAGGUUUGUCGGGCCCCGACACAAAGAGGUGCAGUCUCCCUCCUUUUAUCAAACCUCUAUUAGCCUCUCACUCAGAUGUUACACACCAAAGAGUUCAAAGGUUAGGCUGUAAUACAUGAUCCUCUUUUUCCCAGCAUAGCUCUGUCAGUCUAGGAGUGAAGAUAUCCCCAAAAUCCCCCGGCUAGUGGUCCUCAGUGACAGCUGUCAUUGGCCUGCCAGCUCGCUAGUUCAGCAGGAAUAGCAGAAAUCUGACCCCAUCCUCCACAGCACACAGUGAAGCCCAGCAUGCUCAACAUAACAGUAUUACACGGAUGGUUUAUGGUAUUCCUGUGAGCAUCAGGCAGAAAUGUGAGCCACAGUUACACUCUGGCAGCAUUUACUGUCAGCAGUGGAGGCCUGGGAGCAGGAUACUGAGGUGAUGUUUUUCAUGGCUAAUUUUUUUUUUUUGUUCUGUGUUCUGUCUGCUCUGUAGAUCACUUCAAGGAGAUCUGCCCAGCCGGUCACGGAUACACCUACUCGCGCUCUGAUGUGCAGUUUUCUGUCAGACAGUUGGAGGAAGAGGAUCUGCAACACACUCCAUUGUCAGGGGAGGAACAGAGUCCCAAUUACCUUCAGCCUCCAUCAUCUGAGCCCUCACUGCUAUAUCCUAACAGGCCCCAGCGCCCCAGCUACCCACAGUCUCCACAAGUACCCCAAUACCCUCAGUAUCCUGAAACCCCACAAGCACCCCGCUACCCUCUGACUCCCUCUCACCCAGCCAGAGAGACACCGAAACAGCCAGAAGGUGAGAAUUAAACAUUCAGAUGGAUUUAAUACACUUAAAACCCUUUUUGAGCUGUAAUAAAACAGCUUGAAAAUGAAAACUGAGGCCUUUUAAGACAGAAAAAAACCCAAAAUGAACAAAAAAGACAAUUCAGGAGAACAGUUUUUUUUUAUUAUUUAGUUAUUUUCAUGAGUGAAGUUCUGCUGCAGGGCAUGUGUCAGACAAAGAGGUUGACAACAUGCUGCUGAAACAGAUUUUUCUGUUUCUCACCUGAAGAGGUGAGAUUAUUUGUUGGCAAACAGGACAAGAUCAGCAAAGAGAUAAAGGAUACCCGCAGGGAUAUAUCCGUGGGGAGAAUCUAAAACAAAAGUUCAUCACAGGAACUUAAACCACUGUGUCCACUCAAACGCUUGAAUAUGUUUACAAGACCCAAAGAAUAAACCAAAGCAGGGAGAUGACAGCACUGCAUUCUCUGAAUAUUACAAUGAUAAAGGUACUGUACAGUGGUGGCUGCAUUAUAUUAGAGACUUUUAAGAGACUCUCUGGAAUACCUUCGUUUCUACCUUGUCAGGUCUUUUUUUUUUGGUGUUAUACAAGUUUUUCAGUGCUGCGUUGUCCAUUUUCAAACUAUUUUCAAAAGUCUUCCUGGCAACAAACCCAAAAUAAACAUAAACAACUACAUUUUUCAGUUUUAACAUGUAACAUGUACAAUUUUUUAACAAAUACAGGGUUAAAAUGAUUUCUUCGACAUCAGGAUCUGUUAAUACCAGCAUUUUUGGAAUAGGGCUUGUAUUUUUCAUGUGUUUGGUAUUCUUGUAUUGUUUUUUAAACAAAUUCGAUAAACUAAACUAAUCAAGGGGAACCCCUCUGAGCAUCACAGCAGUGCAAAAAAUGAUCCACAUUGGCCAUACAUCUCAUUCCCCGCUCUCUAUCAUCCUGUUUCAAAGCUCUUCAAAUAUUUAUUGGCUAAGCAACAGGCAUGCUGAUUUGUAUUAGGAGACUUUCUGUAAAUAUUUAGGGAAUUACGUCUUCAUUAUCAGAGAUAUCAUUUUCCAUGUGUCCCCUUGCAUCUGGCCUGUAUGCGGACUUCUCUGAUAGAAGUUUUCCUAUUGAGCUCAGAGGAUAAAGGCACCUUAAGCUUUGUUUUAUUACAAAUUAAGACCUCCAAAGCUGCAAGUCAUGUGUCCGAGGAGAAAAGAAGUUGUUGUUUAUAUUAUGUGUGGUCAGUAAUUUUACUUGCUAAUGUGAACAGAAUGUCAAAUUUGCUACUGAUAAACUUUCCCUCUUCUCCCUGUCUCAUGGCAGAUGUGGAAAUUCUGAGCCCGGUGAGUCCUCUCCUCCCUGUCAACCCUCUUGGCACGCACUUUUGAAAUGUUUAUGUUAGAACGAUAUGCUCUAGCUAUCUCAGCUGGAGGCUCUGUUUUGGUUAUGUAACUUAUUCAGACCACAUUGUGGUAGAUACACAUGCCUAAUUAGCCCUGACUGUGACGACAAAAGCAGACACAGUGUAUGAACAUGACAGCAGUGACGAAAUCUACCUAAAAUGUAACUACAAGUGUUAUUUGUUUGUUUUUUUUAGCCAGCUGUUGUGACUGACUCACCGCUGAAACAUCCAGGUAAUUUCCUCUUGGCUUUACUCGCACAGAUCACACAGCUCUUCUAGUUGUGCUUGCACAGGAGCAUCAUUGCUAUUGCGGUUUGAAAUAGCAUCCUAGGCUGGAGGGGCAGUAGCUGUUUCUCAGAAGCAUGGACUCAUAAUGAGUUGUAUUCAAAUUUCUCACCCCUGCACAGCAGCUCAAGUCUCAACUCUGUCUGCUCUGCCUUUACGCCAGCAAAAACAUUGACAUUAAAGUCUGAAGUCUGACUAAAUUCAUUGAGCCUACAUGAUUUAUUUUCGUCAUUGUGCUGUUUUUAUCCUGGGUGAAAGAGUAGAUCCUUUUUAUAUAGCCGCCCAAUGAGUGACAGCUCAGUCAGGAAUGGCUGCGAAAACAAGCAGUGUCUCAUUUAGGUUCUGGAGAACUCAGAGUUAGUGGUUCAUUGUGCUCACACUCACCCAGACUCUAUUUUCUCUUCACAGAGACUCCAGACUCCCUCAUUAUCGACGCGUGGCCAGACUCCGAGGAAACAUCCCGCACCUUUGACUCAUCCCAAGGUAAAACACACCUUAGGGUGCUUGUAUUAACACCUUAGAGUUCCCUGGAAAAUGCUGGUUUCUCAUCAUAGAUCACGGUGUCUUAACUGACAGGUGUGUAGGGAGAUGUAGGACAAUCGUGCACAAAGCUAACAUGGAGCUUAGCUUCUCAUACUUUUGCUCUCAGUCAACUGCUGGCAGACAGCAGCACAUCUCAUAAGACAUUUUUUCAGGCUUACCAAGAGUUAAGCCCGGGAGAACUUGUAUUAGUCUUUUAUUUGGCCCAUUUUUUCCCGAGCCAAUUUGGCUUGAGGAUGCCGUGCUGCACACAGGGUGAGAGGGCGAGAAACCAAGAGAGUAUGCCUUUUGGAAAGAGAAGCUAAUCUCUGAGUGGACAGAAGCCCAACUUUUAAGAAGUGGAGAAGAACUGGGAUACAGGUUGGGGUGACAGAAAGAGAAAUGAAGCGCAUUCGUGUGAUAAAGGAAGUAAGGAGGAUUUACAGUAAUCCUAAAGAUCCUGAACUCCUGACUGUAGCAGGUUUUCGCCUCUCAGCCACACACAGGGGCCAAGUUCAGUGUCUCUGUUUGACCACAGUCCACUUGGCGGAGAAAAAGACAAGAACAACACUGAUGUCAGGCUCUGCUGUGCGUGACCUGUUUCUCGCUGACCCCUUUGUAGGAGCUCCACACCACCUGUUAGAACGCUACAGUGCUGUGAAAACCUGCCCUCGCAUCCAAGAGCCCACCUAUAAAAACAGCGAGACGAGUUCCCAUUCAAACAACAUGUGUUAGAGGAAUGCAGUUUUUCAUUAUUUACAGUGGCUGUAACGUUGCGUAACCCGAGGUCCAAAAUAUUCUUGUCUGUUCUGAGUAUUAUCUCUGCGCGUGUCUCGUAGGUAUUGACAAGUGCGCCACCACCCCCAACAUAUGUGGUCAUGGGAAAUGUAUUCCUGUGCAGACUGGUUACACCUGCAACUGUGAUCCAGGAUUUAAGCUCAGCGCACUGCAGACCAACUGCAUCGGUAAGUAACGGUGGAAGAAGAAAAGAGAUCGAGGGCUAAGAGGUAACUUUUUGGGGCACACAAACUGACACCUGAAGUAUGUCAUCACCUAACAUUACACGACACAGAGGCCUGGAGACACAAAGGGGAUCUGUUUGUUUAUUUUGACGCCUGACAACAGUCUGCAGGCAAUUCCAAAGAGCUGUCUCUGUGCUGUGAUCCCUUACCUUACCUUACACUGAUGGCCUUGGCUGCAGUCUCAGCCUGGCUCAGCUCCACUGCCGAGGAAUUCCAGCGCAGCAGAGGAGCUGCGUAUUCAGGAAAAGUGGAAAAUGAACAGUCUCUGCCGAGGAAAUAGAGCUGUACUCCAGUGUUGCAGUCAAUCUUUUUAAAUCUUCAUCUCUGUCGCCUGUUUCAGAUGUGAAUGAGUGCGACGAGGACCCAUGCGGAGGAAAAGGCCGCUGUAUAAACAGCUAUGGUUCCUACACAUGUCAGUGCCACAGCGGAUACAGCCAGGUGAUCACCCAGAACAGGAAGUUCUGUCAAGGUGAGCAGGAGACAUAAUGUUUUCAGUGGAUGGACGCCACCAUGAGCUGUCUGUUAAAGCACUGCGAGUUCUCGUCUGUCAGCGCUGUUCGUUUAUAAAGCAUCCUGCUUUAAUUAAUGCAGUGGAACACAAUAGUCACUUUCUUUUUCGCUCUCCUUGGUUUUCAUUCAAACUGGCAGACAUUAACGAGUGCAGCAUGCCCAACAAGUGCCAGAACGGCCAAUGCGUCAACACAGAGGGAUCUUACACCUGUGAAUGCGCCAGCGGCUACGCCAAGUCCUGGAGAGGCCUAUGUGAAGGUGACAUACACGCAGAAGCACCUUCAGGCUCAAAUUCACAACCCUAGCCAGACCUGUUUGUUUGCUGCCAUGAGUCAAUGUGCAGACUGGUAACCAAACACAUGUAUUUUCCUCGAGUUGGAGCCAGAAUGAAACUAUGCCUAGUUUGUGUCUAGUGUGUCUGUGUACAUACACAUUUGUGACCUCCUUUCUCCAUGCCUGUGCACAUUGUUUUAUAACAAAUUCUUCAAAUGAUUAUUUUCCUGUUCCACCUUCUCAUACAUCUCAGAUGUAGAUGAGUGCAGAGAACCGAGCUCUUGUCCCAGUGGUGUCUGCGUCAACACCCUCGGCUCCUUCAUGUGCCAGGCGUGUGGCCCGGGUUUCAGACCCGUCCACAAGAGAUGUGUGGGUAAGGGCAACCCCAAAACUUGUCUGAGAAGAAGCACUAACGCCACGAAUCUGACCAGACUCCUAAAACUAACUCUGACCACUGCAUGGAAAUAAUCUGAGUUUUCCUCUUUGACUGUGAAAACUUCCGAUAUUAAGUAACAUUUACGUAGACAGAGCUGUUGCUUGCAGUCAGCAUCUCCAAAAACAACUGAGCGGUGCUGUUUAUGACUUCAUGACAGCUUGUGAAAGAGUGCAGAUUACCAGACUUCUUAAGCUCGAAUGAGUUUCCUUCAAAUGUGGCUUUUUGCUCAAAGGGGCACUUUAGCACUCUAAAUACUGAUGUGUAUGGAAAUUAUGUUAAAUGAAUUGUAUUUUAUGCUCGAGAAGACUUAAUAUUAGAUGUUUUACAUCCAGCGUGGACCACUCCAAAAUUGUCCAAAACCACAGUGAUGAUGGCUACUUUGUGUGGGCCAUGCGCAACCUUCUCUCCAUUCAGUGUUUCCACGUAUGAUAUAUCUACUCCUCCGCCCAGCAGCCUCCACAUAUUCCUAAUAUUGUUUAAACACAUUCACUAUGUUAUUGCUGAUCUUUGGAUAUCACUGGCCCCCGUAAAAAGAUUGUUUAUAAUACUUCAAUUUGGGAGAGUCCAAAUAUUUUCUCUUGGCCACAGCCUUGAACAAACAGCAUAUUAUUGUUGGAGAGCUCCGGACACAGUGCUGUUGAGGCCAGUAGAGGCCAAUGAGGCUUUUUACAACUGCUGUGCUAGGUGAGAGGACCAGGCAUUCUUAGGAGCUGCAUGAGGAGGUCAAAGGUUUCAUUCCCUGCAGUGAAGAGAUCCUUACGUACAAAUAAACUCCCUCACUCACCCGUUCUUUUUUGUCCAUGGUCCACUGUAAAACUCAAACUGUGAACUAUUAGAUCUGAAGACACAAUACGAUAGGAACUACAUCAGUGUGGGUUGCGUUUAAGCUAACAUGCCUGCAGCCCCCCAACCUGAACGUGGCCCUGUUACAUAACACUCGACUGGUGUUACUUACCACAUCCCCUCUCCGUGACCUUGCACCCCUCUAUAAUUUGUUUGGAAACCUAAGCUCCUGGAGUGAGUAUUCGAGAAAUGUGGAAAAGCCAAAAGACCAAAUGAGGAUGGAAAAUAUGGAAAUGAACUUACGUAGUAAUUUAGAGUUCUUUAUGAUCGAUUUUUCAGCAAGUCUGAAGACUGAUGGCGUUUUUUAAAGGCCUAAAAUGACUUCCCCUCCAAAGAAAACAGCUCCUUUCUGUUUGUGAGACCACUUGUAUGAUUCAUUCUGUGUAAAAAUAGUAGCUGAGAGGAACCUUGUAAAUGAGGGAGAACUUUGGAAGUAAAUGUUUUCUCUCCCAACGUCCACAAAGGCUGAGCGAACAGGCCGACAGUAUACGUUGAGAGCUCUGGGAGUCACAAAAAAACAGGAAACAUGAGCUCUUGGUUUCCAGUGUUUGCUUCAGUCAAUUGACGGUAGCGCAGUGGUUUGGAUGCAAUUGGCCAAAUCGUGGAUAAGGCUAAUUGCUGGUGUGAUAGAAAAAACAGCUCCAUUGCCCGAGCAGGUCUUAUCAGUGAGGCCUGAAAGAUGCUGCGUGAUAAUAGAAACAAAAACAGGCCGCAUUGACAGACGUCUGGCAGUGCCCACAGCUAGGGAAACAAAACCCAGUCUGUGACUCUCUGGCAGAGUUUGCCCUGCGUGGCUCCCUGUUUCAGCAUCUUUGUCAACACUCUUUAGCGUCUCUUCACCACCUUCUUUUCACCACCAUACUUUUCUUCCUCUUGCUGCUUUUCCUCCCUCUCUCAGUAUCUCUCUCCGUCUCUUCUACUUACAUAAUCGCCUCUGACUUUCUCUUCCCACAACUUCACCUAACCUGAAAAACUGCCAUUGUUAACACUAAAUAAAAUUCCACCAUAAAACAUUCUAUCUGCAUGAGGUUUUCCACAAACACAGUUUUGAAUAAACUGUUCUGACUCACGAGGUGGAAAAAAACAGCCACUGCUGCAGGUAGUAAAAGUCCUUCAUGAAAGAGUUUUGGUCCUAUGCACUGAUGUGAUGUAAUUUACUGACUGCUGUUUUACAGUCAUUUUGUACCCUAAUUAUGCUCUAAUUGUUUCCCCUUUACUGCUGCACUAUGGCCAUUUGACCCAUAUCCUGUACACAUGUCUUUAUUUGUGCUUUCUGUCUCUCGUUCUUGCUGCUGUAGCCAAAUCCCCCCUCCGUCUCUCAUAUGUUUUAUUAACUUUUUAAAGGCCUGGUACUAAAACAUUACAUAACAUGCCUGUUUACUUCAUUCUAGGUGUAGAAAGCCAUGCCAAUAGUUUUAUGAACUUAGGGUAAGGGUUAUCUUUUGUUAACUUAUAACUCUUAUAACACUUUUUAACAGAAAUACCCCAAGAAACAACUAAGUAGGAAGUCUCUGGAUUACCCAAGUAAACAGGCCAAAACAGGCCAAAAUAAGAUGUUUGAUGUUUGUAAUACAUCAUCUUUCAUUUUAUUAACAUUUAUUGCAAACAGGCUGGCAAGAAAAUCCUCAUUUAUGGAUAGCUAAAGAAAAAGACUGAAUUAAUGAAUAAAUAAUAUACCUGCAGGCUUUUAUUUUGGCGGGACAGAUCCCUCACUCAUUCAGUGAAACUGUAGCAGGAGUUAUUCUCAUAUUUGUGUCCUCCUGUCCUGACUUUCCUCAGAUGUAAAUGAGUGUCUGAACCAGACAGUGUGUGGUCGUGGAAGGUGUGUCAACACAGAGGGCUCCUAUCGGUGCAACUGUUUCCAGGGAUACAAACUCUCACUGGAUAACUUCUGUCAAGGUAAAUGUCAGUCAGACAUUACGGACGCCUCAUAUCAAAGUAGCAGCUCUGUGAGUCGUUCUCCACAGGGCUUCUGCAGAAGCUUUGCGGCACCUUUACAGGUUCAUAAAAAGGCUACAAAGAUUUAGAGGUUGUCUAUAUUUUCUGAGCCCCACUUUUUUCUUUUGCCUGAACCCUCUCUCCAGAUGUGGAUGAAUGUGGGCUUCCCGGAGUCUGCCUCAACGGCCGCUGUGUCAAUCUGGACGGCACCCACAAAUGCACCUGUAACCAUGGUUACGAAGCCACCUUGGACAGCAAAGCCUGUGAAGGUCUGCAAAGGAUUAUCUAGAGCUGUUCAUCACCGCAUUCUUCUCAGCUGGUAGAGCUCUCUCCACAGCAGAAUAAAGUCUGCAAAUUGUUUCUUUUUGUUAGACGUCAACGAGUGUGCGACUGCUAAUGUGUGCCCUGCUGGAAUCUGCGUCAACACUGAAGGGUCCUACACAUGCCAGAGCUGCAGACCUGGCUUUGGACCAUCUGCUGAUGGAGUGAGAUGUGAAGGUGUGAAAUCUGGGGGUUCUACUAUUCACAGUUAGAAGUUUUUGACAGAAACUGUGAGACAGAAAUGGAUUGUCUAAGUGUUGUUCUUUUUUUUCAGAUGUGAAUGAGUGUGCCCAGGGCGACCUGUGUCUCGGAGGUGUGUGUGCCAACACAGAGGGGUCCUACACAUGUACCAGAUGUAAGGCUGGCUACAGGGUGUCUCAAGACCGGAAGAGGUGUGAAGGUAAAUUCAAGCUGUGCUCCUAAUUCCUAAUUCAAAACUUUUUUAUUGACUCACUCAUCACAUCCAGGCAAUUUUUUUCAACACAACAUUAAAACUACAUUAGCUGUGCAACGUAUGUUUAUCCAUGUCUUUGCUGGUGUGCAUGCAGAUAUCGAUGAGUGCCAGUCCGUCUCUACAUGUGCCAACGGGAUCUGUCUAAACUCAGAAGGCUCUUACACCUGUGAGAACUGUCCCAUAGGCUACAGAGUAUCAUAUGAUGGAGAGCUCUGUGAAGGUUUGUUUAUUUAACACCGCUCAUGUAAAUGAACUCCUGCAUGUCUAUAAAAUUCAGCCUGAAAAAACUAACACCAGGGAGGUAAGUAGCUCUUGCCUCUCAUAAUGAUUUUGGAUGCUUUUUCUAGGCUGUUCUGCAGUGAAAGUGUAACAGUCUAUAUUCUUUCAUGCCAGAUAUUGAUGAGUGUCUGCUGCCCACUGCAUGCCCCCAGGGAACAUGCACAAACACAGAAGGUUCCUUCACAUGUAUCAGCUGUCAGCCUGGUUUUAGAGUCUCUCAGGAUGGACAACAGUGUGAAGGUAAGACUUUUGGCUCUUUCUGCUGGAGUCUUCUUCAGCACAGGUGUCUUUUAACCAGACAUGCCAGAUUUUGCCACAGGUGUCUUUUAACCAGACAUGCCAGACUUCGCCUAAAUACCCCCCAAAUAAAUUGUGGUUUUGGUUGAUUAUGCCAGCUUUCAAGAAGAUGUUUCCCAGCUGGUUCAGGUUGUGGGUAAAUAGCAUCAGGUGUAAUAGCUUGGACUCCAAAAGCCCCCUCAUCUGAGCUCAAAGCUCAAAAUACUCCUUCUAGACAUCACAUCAUAGCUAGAUCCUGGAUCCCUUCCACCUCUGGCACUGCUCAUCUGAUCCUUUCUGAGCACAAUGAGACACCACCCCUCAAAUAGAACAAGAUGAUGUCAGCCAAAUAUCCUGCAGAUAGAAGUGUCGACGUUUGUAAUUCCCAGCUUUGUGAUUACUGAUCAAACUGAUUACAGCUGGCUGGCUGUAUUAAUUUGAAGCCAGAGAUGGUAAUCUGUGCCAUGAUGUGUCAAUGUUUUUGUGUCCAGAUGUGGAUGAGUGCCAGGUGGCAAUCAUGUGCCCGGGCCAGCUGUGCAUAAACACACAAGGGUCCUACACCUGCAGGAGCUGUGGACUGGGUAUGCAAGCUUCUGCGGAUGGUCACAGCUGUGAAGGUAAACCGUCCUCUCUAUUUACAUAACAGCUUACGACAUGUUGAGGUGUCACUAAAAUAAACAAUUAACCAGCAGUGAUAUAAAAACUGAAUGCCCAGAACAUAAUUACAGAAAAUCUUUACUGUGCUCUGUAAUUUGUCAUGACAUGAUUUAUGAGAUAAAUGCAGCAAGACUGCUGCUUUGACAAAUACAGGGAGGUUAGAUCUGUCAUGACUUCAUGGGAAGCGAGAAAGAAUGAUUAUUUAAAAGGAUUCAAACGUGGUCUCACUUAGUCGUAUAGACCACGGUGUGUUUUUGAAUGUAAGAGUAGGUCUAGCCCAGAGGAAGAUCCCCCUCUGAUAUGGGUCUUUGCGCUGGGAAAAAGUUUUACAAAACAAACCCCAGUCCAAGUCAACCUCUGAUAGUAUUUUAAUGGAUGUCUCUGAUGCCAUGGAAAAUAUUAAGAGCUUAAUUUGAAAUGAAGUCAACUACUCCCCUGCCUUCCACGCACCGGAGCAGCCUGCCCUGUUGAACUUUUUGUUCACCCGAAGGCAAAACGGAGCCGUCUCAAUCACUUAACAAUGUCUCACAAUCUUUUUUAUGCAAGAAAUACAAUCUGUACCGGCUCGAGGAAUUUCCAGUGAUCAAAUAACAGUGAGCCGGUGACUGUUUGUAGAUAUAGUAAUCGUAGCACCUGUAAUAGCUCUGUGUUUUGGAUUCAAUGACUGUCCCACAUACUUAUCUUUCCACCCUUUUUAAUAAAACACUGUCAAUGGAAUCCAAUAAAGAGAGCUUUUCUUAGUGUAUGCUCGGCAGUAUGUCGUCAUGCUUAGCCAAGCCGAACAAAAAAGGUGGACAAUGAAAAAGGAGGUCCCUUUUCUUCACUUGAUUCACUGUCACCGUAGGUGGCAAAAGUACUCACACUCUUAACUCAAGCAGAACGACAGAGACUUGUAAUAAAAAGAUAAAGGAAAACAUUCGAAGAGAGAACACAAAUGUUCAGAAAUAGUAUUAGAUCUAUAUGAACCCAAUGAGGGACUAAUUUUAAACAAAAUAUCUAAACCUCUGAUUCUAUUUGGCAGAGAUAAACUUCAAAUAUUCUGACUCUAGAUAUUGCCAGUUUUUAAUAAAACAAAUAUUAUUUUGCUUCAGUGGACAAACCAGCAGUUUGAGAAAUGUGAAGCUGCUCUCAACUCCUAUUUUUAUUUUAUCAUGCUAUAUCUGUAAUGAUGAGCAAUCCUCCAAGGUGUUGUCUUGGUUAUUACCACAUGUGAAGUUGAAAUUGAUCAUAAUGUUAAGGAAGCAGCCAGGGGGAAAAAUCAUAAAUCCAAAUGCAUUAGAACAGGAACAACAAGCCUGUUUUAGAAAUAAGAGUAAUGUGUCCUAAUGGGAUCUGGCAAAAGAUAGAAGGAUGCGGCACUUGCCAAGCAUAAAAAGGUGAUUUAUCAUUAUGAUUAGGUAAAUAAACUAAAGCUAAUAGGAGUCAUGAUGUAUGGUAAGUCUGAGGCAUCUGUGGUGAUCCACAUGCACACGAGGUGUUGUGGAGAGGAUUUACACAGGAACCAACCCAAACAGACACUGACCUGAUAUUCUGGUGGAUUGAGCAAGAACGCAAGAAGUGGAUCUUGACUCCCUGGGUGGAGCAGUUGACCCAGGUGUAGCAGGACAUAUUAAUCAGCUCCUCUGACACCUCAAAGAGAACACACCACCAGCAGCAAGAUACAGCCAUUGACAUACAAUCAGGGGCUGUCACAUGAAAGUAGAUACCUGUGUUAAAAUGUUGGAGAUAAAAAUGAAUUUAUUCAAGAGGUUCAUUAUUUUUAUAGCACAUUUUAAUCACUGAGACAGAUCAAAGGCCUUUACAGAGUAAUACAACUUAAUAAAAGACAGAUUGAUAAUCCUUCACAGCCUAAAUAAAAGAGUCAUACAAUAAUUAUCUGAUCCCAAAAGGUAACAACAGUUUUACUUUGAUGAAACUGGCAGCAUAUUAAAGGAAUGACUUUAGUGAAGACUCCAAAAGCAGUCAGAGUCAGGGUUUGUCCAACAGCACUGUCUGUGCUGCCUGAUAACAAAGUAUUGCUUCACAGUAUUUGAAUCUAUCUCUUGAGACAGACCUGGAUGUUCUCAGCAUGUCAGUAUUAUGCCACAGAGAGACUUUUUCACUGAGGAGAUUUUUCCAGCCUUGGCAGGAUUCAAGUUCUGGUAACAACCUGUUAGUCAUAUACAUACCAUCCUCAUACCAAGUGAAGACAUAUACAAUUUGGCCUGAAGUAUUUAAAGAUGAUUUUAUGGAUUUAAAGAUGAUCUAUCGACGCAAUUACAAACAAUGGUUUCAGCGCUUCAGGAUUAGCUACCAGAUUUCAAAAGUAAAAAUAUUUUUUACAGCCGAGUGAUAAACACCAACACACGAAUAUCUGGAGAUGCAUGAAAACCUGAUGCUUUAUCUGUAUCUUUACUCUUCUUCUCUUUCCAGACAUUGAUGAGUGCCAGACUCCAGGUGCGUGUACGACAGGUGUGUGCACCAACACAGAGGGCUCCUUCUCAUGCAUGGCCUGUGAUCCCGGAUUUAAGUUGGCACCCAAUGGGUUCUCAUGUGAAGGUACAAUACAUUAGGUGGUUUCACAUGAUCACUUUUUGUAUUUUGUGUUCUCAUUUUCAGUCCUUCAUUACAGCGCCGUAUGACUGAGUGUAAUAAGAAUAAACCAUUACGUGCUGAUGAUGCAUGACUUCUCUGACGUGCUCACUGUGGUCUGGAAGCUCGUCAUGCGAGUGUCAAAACUCGCCUCAAGCUGAAGUGAGACCCAGUGAUUUACAGCGGGUGUGAGUGUGUCAUAAUAAUGACGUCUGUAUGUGUGUGUGUGUGUCCACGCAGAUGUGAAUGAAUGUGAGGACAGCAGCUUGUGUCUGGGAGGCGAGUGCACCAACGUUAUUGGCUCCUACAGCUGCUCCUGCCCCUCUGGUAUGGAGCUAGUGGAUGGGAGGUCCUGCAGAGGUACACACACACACACAGACUUAAACACACUAUUUCACAUACACACAUGAAGUCUAGUCCGUUUGACACACACAGAAUAAUACCAUUAGUGGUUAACCAUUUCUUGUGGCCUACCUCAUUCUGCCAUCUUGACACAGCUGUGUGUGUGUGUGUAUUUGUGUUUGGGUUGUGACAGAUAUCAAUGAGUGUCUAACAAUCACUGGAGUCUGUGGAGAAGGAGACUGCCUGAAUAGCGAAGGCUCCUACUCUUGCAUAUGUCCUGCUGGAUACACCACUACUGAUGGAAGGACAGGCUGCCAAGGUACACUGACGCUCUGCCAUGAGCAUCUUUUGUUCAGUCAUUUUACUUGGUGAUAAUGUAAGGACUUUUUUUAGGGUUUUAUUGCUUAUAUGUACGCAGUGAUGCUGGUAGUUGGCACAAGUUUCUUCAUCAGAGUGAACAGUCUUCUUUUCUCACCAUGCUGUACUGGUUGCUGAGGCCAAACUCUGGACCCCUGACAUGGGUGCUCAAGGCUAACCCCUCUUUUUAAUAGCCUGUGUCCUCAUCAACGUUCUCAGCUCACCGUCCUUCUCUGCACGGACAUCAGUUUGAUGUUAUUCCAGCCGCACCCAGUGACCUGCUGCUCGUAGCAAUGGGAGAAAAAAAUGUUCAUCAGCUAAAGCUUUUCUUUUCAACAAACUGAAGCAUUUGCUGUCAAAAUACAUGAAAUAACUUUGGCAGGGAUCUCGGCGUUGGAUCAGUGUUGUUGUUGCUGGUGUGUCUUGCAUUACAGUAGGAGUUGAAGUUAAGUCAACGCCUGAAUUUCUGGCGGUGAAAUAUCCUGUCGUGAUGUGAAGCAGGUAGGUUUGGAUCUCUGGGUCCAGGCCCCCUGGCAUGGUUCUGUUAUUGGCCGCUUUGACUUGCAGGAAAGGACAAAGGGUCAGUCCUUAAAAACAGACAUUCCUCCUGUAGUGCUGUAGCCUUGGAGCCUCCUAGAUAUCGUCGUCAGACUCUGAACAAACUGCCCGGCCUGCAUCAGGUACUUUGGCUGCCGGCCACAACAAAUUCUAGGCUCUAAUUAUCCUAUAAAUCAGCAGUUGUCGUAUAUUCUCUUGCAGCACGCUGUUGUGUGUACAGUGCGAACACAAUGAAAGCCAGACCCCUCUGACAUGAGCCUUUUGGGGGAGGUGAGGGGAAGAUGAGGGUAUGUGAGUUUGUGGGAAUGAAAGAUGAGUUUAGUCAGGUGAUGCCAAAAUGGUGCUGGGCCUUUACCAGACCGGUCUUUCAGCAAGAAAAGACGGUACGUAAUAAAAGCCUAGAGCAGACUUAAACACAGCUAUUGUUCUAAUCCAGAUCAACAGAUUGUGCCAUGGCCUGGCUGUGCCUUCCAGGUCUGGCUUUGAAGUCCUUGAACUCCCUCCAAAACUAUCCAGUCACUGCAUAUUUAUGUGUUUACUUAUAGUCUGGGAUAUUGUUUUUUGAGACUAUCUGUGCAUUUGGGUGUUUAACUUGUCGUCUCUGAAAGAUUCAUCUGAUUAUAAAAUACUGGAAAAGGAAGACAAGCUUUCACCCUAAAGUGAUUUUCCCCUCUUUCUUGCCUUUCCUUCAGAAUUUACCGGAGUCCAAGUACCUAAAAGUUAUGUUGUAAUGCUGCAAUUAUCCACCAAUCCACAGCUAAUCAAGCAUGUCACAUUCAUUAUUAAUUUUUACGAGUCAGAGGGAAAUGUUCUCAGCCUGAAAACAUUUUUUUGUCCUCAUUUGUUUCCGGUUUGCUCGUACUAUAUACCGUAAAACGCUCCAAAUGGCCAAUGCAUCUUGUGUUCAGACAAGCACUUGAUUACACAUUCUUUGGUGAUGCUUAUGGAAAGGAAUGGUGUUCCCCUCGGACUCAAAGAGGAUAUAUGGGGAUAUUUAGUGAUCAUCAAUAUGUAACAAAUCUAGACCCACCCUUUUUUUUAUCAAAUUAUCUCCUAAUUUGUCUUAUUUUCUCUCUCUCCUCUCCCAUAGAUGUGGACGAGUGCAGCAAAGGCAAUGUCUGCACCAAUGGCGAGUGUCUCAACAUUGACGGCUCUUUCUUGUGCUUGUGUGAAACGGGCUUUAAGUUCAACUCCGACACGGCCGACUGUGAAGGUAAGAGCUCAGAAUAAACAUCUCCUGUGAUGUUCUGCUGUGUAUGUCAUGGUGACUAUCAAAGCCAAACUCUGCCCAGAGGUUUCCACUCUCUGAGUGAACCAACAUGUCAGCAUUUGCUGUUUGAUCGUCACGCUACAUUUAAUCUUAAGCGUACCCGUUCGAGCACAGUCGGCUAUGAUUGAUUAUGUAUAGCGUUAUAGUUGGGACAGAGUUCCCGCGAAAGUGUCCAACCCUGGCUUAGAGGCUUCCCUCCUUGGUCAGAGGACUUGAGGGGUGCCUGGAUUGCAUGGCUGGAGGCCUGAGCUCGCUUCCCCCUGAGGGAAGCAUGAAUGACCCCAUUGUGAGUAGGAGGUGUUUCUCCCUCUGGAACGUCUCCCUUUAGCUCCUUCACAAGUUCUUUGGUUGCUGUGAUAAUAUUGUUCUUGGCCAUUCCUGUUGCUUGCUGCGUUUACUGAGGACAGCUACACCACAGGCCUCCUGGCCGACUCCUCCUGUACAGGCAUUAGACUGCAAGCAGAGGAGCAGUGGAGGGAAUAUGAGCGUGUUUGCAGGAGUGUGUGUAUCCGUUUAAGUGUCUGAUUGCACAUGUGGUUACGUUUGUGCCUCUGUUUGUCAGUGUCUGACCAACUUCUACAUUUCUCUCUGUCUUUUACUGUGCAGACCAGAAUGAGUGUAAGGACUUUGGCAGCUCAGUGUGUGGUACCUGGCGUUGUGAGAACACCAUCGGAUCGUAUCGGUGCUUUAUGGGCUGCCAGCCUGGACUCGACAACACAGACUGCGGUGAGUGGCGAAAGUUAAAAGUCUAGCAUGGACAAUUAUGGUUAAAAAAAACAGCCAGUUUUUGAGGUGAACUGUCCUUUAAAUGCAUUAUAAAGUCAUUGUAAUGGCCUAUCUAUUUUUGUAGCAUACAUCUGCUCUACUUUAAUCCAUUUACAAGAGAGUGCAGUCUCAAAUCAACCCAACACUCUUCAUACUCUGCAGAACUCUCCCUCUGUGCAUAGAUAAUGAUAUCUGUUUGGCAGGCACACACAAAGAAGCUGAUCUAAAUCAGAAGCUAUCAGGUACUCGUGGUUUCGUGCAAAAGAGGCCGAGGGAGAGAUGAGGAGAAGUGGUCCCUGAAAUUGGGCCACUUUACAAAGAGGAGUGCACUGUCAUUGGAGGCAGUGUGUCAGGCCAGUGACUGAUAAUGGUCUUCUUCUCCUGACACUGAGCUAAUGGAGAACCUCUGGCAGAGACACAAGGUGGAACUUGAUCACCACUGUUCUUCUUUGGGGAAAAGGAUUGUCAGGCACUUACCUCCCUCCCCUCCAAGCCCUCACACCCCAAUGUGGAGCCAGGUCACCUGGGUUGAUCGGCUAUGUUUGAACAUCAGCUACAUCUGGGCCCGCGUCUCGCCAACAACAACGAAACACAUGAGCAUGACCGCCCAGAAUACAUGAUGCCUUUUGUGUUUACUGGCAGGAUCAGGCAACUUGGGCUUCAGAUUUUCACAUAAUUUUUUACACAAAGAUUUUCAUUUAUCACUCUUUAUUUUGUAUUACAUUCUGCUUGUCUUUCUCAUCUCACAGCACCGUAAAAUAACAAGUCUGGUUUACAAGAGGAAAAAAAAGAAGUCCAAAAUAUUUCCUUGGUCCUAAAACCGUGUCCAAACACUCACCAGAGAAUGACAGGAGAAGAGGGGGAAGCAGUCUGAGAGCAUCACAAUGGAAUGAUGUGUUGGACGCAGAUGGAAGCUGUGGGUGUUGUGUGUGUAUGCAAGAUUAUGUGUGUGUGUGCAUGCGGUUGGCUGUGGUUUUUCUGCAUCUUCACUUGUGUGUUUGUGUUCUUGAAAGAGAACUGGUAGAGAUGCACUUCACGUAUUCUCAUGACCCUGAGUUUUUAUUGGCCUAUCAACAGACAGAGAUCAGGGGGGAAUAAGCCGCCGCAGCACUGAUCAGUGACAGAUCAGACCUCCGCCCCCUCCAUCACCCUGAUCCCUGCUACGUGUGGCUGCCUCCUUGCUGCACUUUAUGGUGCUGUCUGUCUGGCACCGGCUGAAGAGAGCAAGGGCCUGCAGUGCGAUAAGGAAAGAUUGAAACCAGCUGCUCACCUUCGCUCCUUCAGUGUCAGAGUCUAAGCUCUGCUAAACAGCUCUUAUAGGAUCAAAUCAGCGUCGUCAGUGUUGUCUGAUUUGAUUUUACAUUCCUGAUAGCUGUAUAAGAGACCAAAGAGCUCCACUUCCAUUCUAUGUGCUAUAAAGUACACAUUUUCUGUGCUUACAUACUGCCAGAAAAUCCCAGUCUUGCCUGAGUGAAUGCCUGUUUGUGACAGGGUAUUACCGCUGCUUACUCUAUCUUUCCCCUGCCGCUACGUUGUUCCUGUUUUCUUACUGUUGACUCACAUCCCAAAGUUUGAGAUCCGAGCCCUCUUACCCUCAGCAGUCCAGCGCUAACACACAAUCGUGGCUUGUUUCACCGAUUGAUGGAGAGUUGUGGGAGAUGCUGCCGUCACCCCAAUAAAAGUCCAGGGAGGGAGCUCAGUGACUCCAGGGCAUUUUUGUCUGCUUGUAAAAAUCAUCAAAAAUUAAAGAAGAGGCCAGACGGUGUAAUUUGCUGUUUUCUGUGAGGGGCGUUGUUUUAUUUUUACUCACCGACCUCUGAAAAAGGGUAGCGGUUGUCUUUGGCUCUGCUCGUAGUGCUCAUUUAGAUUUAGAGGCUAUGAUACAAAAGGGGAAAACAGGGUUUUUCCAAGGCAACUGCACUCAGAUCUGGACACAGUACUCCUCUGGGCAUGUGAAAAAGCCGGUAUGUAUAUUUGCAGGUUAUUGUUUUUAAGCUUUAAUUCACCAUCAUGCCCAUAAAUUCCCUCAGGCUGUGCCUUGUGCCUUUAAUAAGACUUGCCCAAGGCCGGAAAUUGUCUGUGGUCACACUCUUGCCAACUUCCCAACCCCUUUUAAGCAUAAAGAAAUCUAAAGACUUAACCAUGUGUGUGCGAUUGCUCAUGCUGUUGUGCAGAUGUAUGAUGAAGUUUUUACUCUCAUAAGUACACACAUGGUGUAUCCUCCAUUGUAGAUAACCCAACACAGGUUGUGGAUGUAAAAUGUGCCUUUCAUAAAAACAAAAGCUCACCUCAUCGUUGCCCAGUCGCGUGUGAAAUCACCUCCACGUAUGGAUCCAAUCAGAUGAGGGGUUGCCCUGAGAAUAUGGAAGAAGUGUGGGCUGUGGAGGGUGAGCCAACAGUCACUGAUCCCUUUAUUCUUGAAGCUUGCCACCAUGUGCUCCAGAUUAACACUUUGAACAGAGACCUACACUUAACACAACCCAGCCCCCUGACUGCAGCAUCACCGGAUCCAGGAGUCAGAUCCUCCUGGGUUGGACUAUUAGAAGAGGUGCUUAUUGAGCUGGGUGCCGUCCUCACUCUCAUCCCCCCCUUGGUUCUUUCCUUUUGGUAAUUUACAGCUCUGCAUGUAUCCUGAUGUAACCGAUUGUUCGAUGGAAAAACUAAGAAAGGCAACCUCUUAGUGGAGACCUCUUAGUGGAGUUAUCUCAUUUUGUGUUAUCCGCUUUUUCCAACAAUCCAUUAGCAGCAAGUUAACUCCGUCUUUUGUGCUUCCACUCAUAUAGAACUAGAAUCAGAUACACCAAAAGAAACAAAAGGCUCUUCAGAGUAUUUUGGUGUUGAUGCUCUCAUUCCUCCCCGGGAUGAGACUUGGACUGCAUCUCUCCCCAACAUGUGGCUUGUGGAGAUUUUGUUCCGUUUCACACAUGAAUGAAAAGCUGCCGGCAGACGCUGAUUAUUUCAUAUAUUAGUGGAGAGCUUUCAUCACCCUCUUCCCGGACCUCCCAGCUGGCAGCCGCUGUCAUUCCAACAUUCCAGACUCUACUUAAGGUCUUCACACAUGAAGAAACUCUGACAUUCAAUACUUUUCACCUUAAUCUGAGAGCCCUCCUCAUCGAGCUGUGGGAAUAAUAUCCCAGAAAAUGUAUUUCUCAAUUACAUGUUAUGUCUUGAAGUAUAUAAAAAAAGAGUCAACACUUCUACUCCAGUUUAGCAUUUCACUCAUCAGCUGCAGAAUGCAAAUCCAGCGGGUUGGCGGUUUUUAGUAUGUGUACAUCCAUCCUCCCUCUAUCAUUUUUGCUGCACUAUGAGCCCACGAGUCUAUUCUAGCUAUUUAAGUACUUCUCAGCUCUUCCUGUGAAACGUUCAACAAAAGACAAGACAUUUUUUGUCUCUACAGUUUUAUUAGCCUGUGGGAGCCGCUGCGUCUGACCCCAGAGGCAUUUUAAAGAAAAGGCCAAGUCAGGACAGGACAGGAGUGCUGAUUGAGGUUUAGCCUGAAAAAUCACUUCUGUUUAUGGAAAGGCCCAGAGGCGAGAAAGGGCCCUGAAUGCACCUCUCAUAAUCAUUAACUGUGUAUUGAAUGCAAGGUGUCACUUCAUUGUCAUGCCAAAAAGAAAAACUGCCUCAGAAGAUCCUCACAUACUGUUCUGAUAGAGGCUUAGUAUGUAAAGACUGAAGCAAAACCUGCUUUUAAAAUACCGAUUGAAGAUCCUCAGGCUGGUGCAGCAGAAGCUGGUCAGCAGAACAGAUUCUCGUGUUGAUCUGAAGUAACCACGAUCAGUUCGGUAAAGGUCAGUAACUCAUGCAUUCUUCCUCUACUCUGCUGGUCCAGGACAGAACCCUGCAGGAGCCCCCAUUUGUCAAGAGACCUGUCAAUUAGUCAUCCUUUUAACAUAAUUAUUAGGGAUGGGAAUCGAGAAUCGAGAGACGACAAAAGAGCAACGUAAGUCGAGCAGUGAUAACAUGCAAAGGUGGAAACACCAGAAACAUCCUUAAACAUUUGACAAUGGGGCACAGCAUCAAAUAUUUUUUUUCUGUAUCAGAGACUCAAUAAAAUAUUGAGUUAACGAUGAAAACCUAUAGUCUACCUUUUUUCAUUCAAGGAAAGGCAUUGAUAAGGGAAUCAUUAAAGAAUUGAAUCGAUAAGCAGAAUCAAUAAUGGCACUGAUAUCGAUAAAAUCUUAUCAAUUCCCAUCCCUAAUAAUAAUAAAAUGAGCACUUUGACAUAAACAUAACUAACUGUGAUGACAGUAGUCAUGUUUGAGAAAAAUUCUAUGUGAUAUGAUUUUAAUUUUACAACUUGACACCUCCUCUAUCUGUUAACAUGACUGAAGUGGGGCUAAUGAACUAUAACGCUGCCAGUCAGCAGGGGGAGCUCUGUAUCUUUUGUCUUCACAGAUAACAAAUACUUAGAUCAUCAAUUUUUCAAAUGUACAACCUUUGGUUUUGGAGUUUUUUUGGAAGAAGUUUUUUUUUUUCAAAAUCACAUUCAAGAUCACAUAGACACAAAAUAAAACUGUUCAGCGACCAGAAAUCAAAUUUUUACAGACCUUUGUGUUUUGCUUUUGGUCCCUAUUGAUGUUAGGCAGAGACCAGGGAGGCUCAGUAUGUGUUUUUAAGUCUACAUUGUUAACCAAUAUUUACUUGCUUCUCUCGCCGAUACCUAUGGCAUCCUUAUAUUCUGGAGAGAGUCUCAUAAAGUGUAGUUUAACCAUAUCUAGAUGUAUAGAUGGCCAACAUGUAGCGAUCAAAUAUGGAUGACAUAAUAAAGCACAACUCUCUGGGCCCUUGAUUAAAUUACAAUCAUCUUCUUUACUCUAAAACUUCUCCACAUCAGCAAAGAAAGAUUAUCACAGUAUUACAUAUAAAUUUAUGGUUUGUUUGCUUUACAGACUAUCUGAUGACUUUGUUGUUUACUUGUUCUUUGGAGCAUAUUCCUUGUGCUGCAGUGCUGAGAAAAUUGAUGUUAUCGUUUAAGUGAAUAUUGGACAACAUGCUAGCCAAAGACAACACAUACUGACUUAACCCUGGUAGUCAAAUCUUUUCAAAGUAUAUUGAAUGUGUACUUAUAAAUAUUCCACUGUUUUGUUUUUAUUUCAUUUGUCUAUACAAGAGAUUUAUUUUCCUGUUUUUCAUCAACUUAUUAUCGCAGUGGUGGACUUUCUCAAAGUCAUGGAAAAUUUGAAUGGAAUAGUUAUAAGGGGCUGUUAUGAAACUCAGACGUGAACAAAACAUUUGAUCAGCCUUUUUGUAAAACAGACAAAGCUUGUUUUGUACUGUGCACUAAUUCCAUAAAAAACAGUUCAUAUCAAGUAUCGGGACUUUCUGCCAUAGUGUCCCAAACUUAAUGACUUGCAGAAAAUAUACAAGUUCUGACUUUCUUUUAUCUGUGACUGAGGAGUUUCCGCUGACUGAGGGGUUUUGUAUGUCAAAUUGGACAAAAACAAGAUGUGUUUUCUAACGUGAGUCUCAGAACAAAUAUCUCAUAAACUUUGCUUCAAAAGACUCAAUGAAGAUUGGGGGAAAUGAACAGGCUUUUUAAAGAGGCUGUUUGUGCUCUUCGAACAAACAAACAUUCAUUAUAAUGAAUUCAGUGAACUUGAUCAAUGCUAGUUAUGUAACAAAUUGUCAAAAUAAGUUAGGUAAAGAUUAACCAGAAAACAAUUUCACCUUACUCUAUAGUUGAUUUUAAACUCUGAAUAUUUUCUUCAUUUAAAUCAGAUUUUCCAAAAUUAUGGAAAGCACGUUGUAGAGAAUCAGUCCUCUUGUUACAUGGUCCAGUAGAAACAGCCUUAAAUGUGACAUGAAUCACGUCAUGUCAUAACCAUGUUGUAUGAGCAGCUAAAUACAUAAAAGAUCAUAUGUUUUAAGGGCCUAUAUCCAUUUACCAAUUUUAGUUGGCACUGGCAGGUCAAAACAUCUAAACAAAACCAAUGCAGCUGAGUGUUUCUAAAGCUCAGCAUUCUAAUCGCAAAAACACCCUCAGUGCCAGCUGCUGUCUGUGGCUGCACUCCUAGCUAUCAGUUAGAAAUAUUUCAACUUAUAGCACGUUGCAGCACUUGCCAAUGUGACUUCUUCCUCAUCAGACAGUCUGAAUUAGAAGGGGUGAGACUUUCAAUACCAACUUUGUCAUCAAUAAAGGUGGUCGGCUGCAAUGAUCACAUUUUUUUUGUUGGGGCGGCAGUAGCUCAGGAGGUAGAGCAGUCAUUCAAUAACCAGAAGGUUGGCGGUUCGAUUCCCCCUAUCCCUAUUCUCUCCGUUGUGUCCUUGGGCAAGACACUUAACCCACCUUGCUCCCAGUGUGUGUCCUCCACUGGUUUAUGAGUGUGAGUGUUGUGUGGUGGUGGUUGGAGAGGCCGUAGGCACAAUCUGGCAGCCACAUUUCCAUCAGUCUGCCCCAGGGCAGCUGUGACUACUAAGGUAGUUUACCACCACCAGGGCGUGACUGUGUGAGUGAAUGAAUGAUGUAUGAAUGAAUGUAAAGCACUUUGAGGGUCUCUGGUAAAAUGCUGUAUGAAACCUGAUGCAUUAUUAUAAAAUUUUCAGGUCUAGAGCUGUUGCCUAGACUUGUAUUUAUGUUUCAUUUGUCAAAUUUAAUUGAAAACAAUUAAAUAUGAAGCAUACAGAGAAAUGUGAGUCUCUACCAAGGGAACAACUGUUGUUAUCUAGCAACAAUCAGUUCCAAUAAGAUGUACUCUGAAACGUUGGGUGCUGCAAGCCAAAAAAUAUGCAACAAUGGACACAGGCCCUUAUUGUGCCAUUUAGCUUUAACAAAAAUCUGUUGGUGAUUGAAAACCAUGAAGUAACCAGUGGGGUUGAAAAAUAAAUCUUAUGAUGAAGUGCAAAAAAUGUGGUCCCUUUAGUGUUCACCAGAGGUUAGCUAGCCAGUUAUUCUUCCUGUGAAAUCAUAUUGAAAUGACAAUUUUUACAGCAGAAUUCAAUUUGUUUUAUAGCCUGAGCCACAAAAAUCCCUCUCUUCCUCUUGCCUUUAAAAGUUUGUAUAAAACUCAUCUUUUUUGGUUAUAGUACAACUAUGAGUCAUGCAUAGUUUGGCAUAAUUAGGGGCGUAGCUGAUUUGUCUACCAGGUGGGUCACGUAAUAGCUGUCUGCCAUCUCUUUGCUGGUUUCUAGAUUAGCCAAAAAUUAGUUUGAGCAAACAUCUCCAUUAUGAAGACCACCUUCUUUUGGCCUUUGUAAAACUUCUUCAGAACCCAGCGAGUGAAGUCAUUGAGAAUACAUCCAUGUUUAACACAAUCUGUGUUUCAAACUCAUGAAAACUGGCUUAAACUUUAACAUUAAUUAGAAGAGAAAGCAGUUGCUGUCAGAAGCCUGUUAGAAAAUCCUCCCGUGCCAAAUGUUAACUCUCAGUCAUCAUUUUCCCGCUGCCUGUUAAGUGUCUGCAUGCUGUCAACUCCUCCGUCUCAAACGUUUCGCCAGCAUCUCAGUGACCUAAUUGUCACUUCGUUCACUUGCAGUUUUCCAGAUCCACACAACACUCAGUCACACUCUAAAAAAGCUUCCAUAAAUCUAUUUACAAACACUCAAGUUUGAAUAGCCUCUUAAUAAAUUGUCUGAUCUGUACAGCGUCCCCGACAUGUUAUGAUGGCAGUGAUUUCUAUGUUAUUGUUAGUGAGGUCAAAUUGGUAGUGCUGUUUAUUUUGAGAGAGCGGCACCAUGUUUACCAAGGCAGUCUAAAAAGUCUAUUGUGCAGAGCGGCGUUGUAAAUAUUAAUGUUACACUCUCCUCUUUGCGUGCUCUCUUGUCUUGCAGAUAUUGAUGAGUGUGUUAAUGAAACCAUCUGUGGGAACCAUGGCUUCUGUGAGAACACAGACGGAUCUUUCCGGUGCCAAUGUGACCGAGGCUACACCAACCCGCCUGGAGACAUGAGCAAAUGUGUUGGUCUGUAUCUAAGCGACACCAGACCCUCAUCCUAUAUUCCUUCAGAGUUUUUUUGUGGUGAAAUGUUUUACUAAAGCACCAUGGGAAAAGUCCAAAACCAACAAUGAACUGAUAUUACUAACAAGUAUAUCCUAUGUAGCCAAAAGCCUGAUGUAACUUCUUCCUCUGUGACAUAGAGUUUCAAUUGUUGUUCAAAAGCACAUCAGUGAGUCACACUGUUGUUCUAGUUGACAGACCAGAUUACAGUGAUGUUACUGUGGUUCUCUACGAGUCAUUCCAAUAUACAAAUUAGAUAUAUGAUACAUUUAAAUACCCACUGGAGCAAGAAGUGUGUGUUCAGGCUCUGAAAUCAGUCCACUGUGAGUGCUGCAUGGACUCCUCGGUGUUUGCUAAAGAAGUAAAACGUGAGGAAGAUAUUUAGAAGUUUUUCUUAAUAGAAAUACAAAUUUUAAAAGAUUUACAGCUUUAUUAGGAGCCACUUCAGUCUUAAUAGUGCUAUGAGACUGGGUACGACUUUAUCACACUGAUAAAACAUUCGCCCCAUGUGCAGAGAAACAGGCUGCAAAUUCUACAACAACAUAAUCACCUGAAACAAAUGCAUAAACAAGUACACCGUAUUACAGAGAGAGAUUAUCGUCAUAAUAAGAGCGUGCAAAGAAAUCCAUUCUCUGUAAUUAUGAUGAACUUACGGGUGAUUUAUUUCUGUGAGUUUGGUACAAAUCACUCCUCAUACAACAAUACGAUGAGAGCAAAUUGACCACAUGCCAUGUAUACAUGCCCGAACCUUAAACCACCCUCCUCUCCUGUCUCCCUCAGACAUGAACGAGUGCGAGAUGACUCUGGCGCUGUGCGGAGAGGCCCUGUGUGAGAACUUCGAUGGCAGCUUCCUGUGCAUCUGCACCAACGACAAUGAGGAAUUUGAUCCCAUCACCAGCCAGUGCCGCUCCCUGGGUAAUAGAGCAGGACCAGCACUCACAGUGACUCACAGGACCUAAUUCUCCAUCCUAUCGCCCGGAGACGGAGUUUUCCCUGAUUUAAUGAGCCGUCUCUCAUUAUCCAAACAAUGAUGGUGACGAGGAGGUUAUGACUUACUCCAUGUCUCCUAGAGUAUCUUUUUGACCUGGCUGUUUCCAUUUGUUUUAUGAUCUCGGCUUAUGGUUGGGUGGGAUGCCUUCAGAAAUUUGUAUUAGACUAAUCCCUUAAAGGAAUGAUGGAGUAACACCUCGAGUAGAGCCAAGUAAAUACCCCGAGGGCCUCGUCACUAUAAACCCUUUUCCUCAUCAAGACAAACAGGGAUAAGGUGUAGCUGUUGGCCAGUAGCACUGUGAUCAUUGUUCUCUUCUACACUAAAAUGAUCUCAAGUGCCAUGGUUGCACAUUUGCAAUGUUUUGCAACUUCAGAGUGACUGAAAAGAACUUCAUCAGUCAUGUUAAAUAGCAUCACAUCUCCAACUUGAUGGGUGGGUGUGUGUGUGUGCACGAUUUUGGUGUAUUUACAUUAUUAAGCUGGGCGCCCUCAGCAGGGAUGUUUUUUCUCCUGCCCGGGCACUAAACCCCAGCUAUGCCUUUGUGUACCUUUUUGCCACAUCCCCCUGUUUGCUUUUGACGUGUGUGAAUCAAUCAUGUGAGAGUGAAUGGUGUGUUGACUCACAUGCGAGUGUUUCCAUUUGGCUAAGCCGGCAGAUUUAGAGUGAAAUGCCUGGGCCUAUGCCUCCAGACGAAUGAGCAGGGUCAGCAGUGGCAGGCAAGGGGAAUGCUAUACCUGCUGAAGGCAUGUGGGUGCUGCGUGAUACCAUAUAAUUAACCAUAAUGUACUUUUUACAGUAUGAACAGUACAGAUUUCUAUCAGAUCCAUCUUGCCAAAUAUUAUAUUCUGAUUUGGACCUUGGUUAAUCCAGGUCUCUGUUUAAUGAUGAUCCAUCUGCAGGUCCAGGCCUGAUUUUUGAGUCGUGUUUGGUACCAGAGGUACUGACCAAUCACAUAUCAGUAAGCUUUGUGUAAGCCGAAAAAACAGUCCAUACAGAGUGUAAAAGCAGACAGCAUGCCACUGUAAUGACAUCUCAACUCCCAUCCGCAGUGAUCCUACAAAGAUUUAUUUUAUCUCUGUACAAAUAUCUGCAUGCAAGUGUAGCCAACAGUCUGGUCCGGAUCAAAAGUCUCAACUCAGAGAAAAGCCAAUCCGCAUUUAGAUUUCCUGGUUUCCUGGAACGUAUCAAAAAGAACAGUCUGACCUCUAUUUAAGAAAAAGACAUUUUAAAAGUUUUUGUCUCCUCUUGAGAGCAGACCGACAAAGUUAGCAGUUAUCCUCUUUGCAAAUCAAGUUUUCAGGUCAUGUCCCUUUAGAAUGACAGGGCGAACUAUCAGCGUAACUAACUAUUUACUGUGAAACUAAGACUCACCAGAAACAGAUAAAGAGGCAUUGAGUCUGUUACCAAAGGCAUAUACCGUUUUAUCAUCAAAUAAUAGCCGAUUGAUUCCUGAACUGGGUUGAUACUGAUGCUCAGCCCAGAUUAUCUGGCCCAUUCUUGCAUCUCCUGUGCCACUUUGAUCCUUCAUAUUGUUUUCUGCAGCCAACAAUGUCCUCUCUGCUCUGAUUAAAUGCUGUUAUUCUUCCUGAACAGAUAUCAACACCGGCACUGCUGGCCAAGUACCUCUGACCGGUCCCUUAUACGAGGAGAGGAAAGAGUGUUACUACAACUUGAAUGACGCCAACUUCUGCGACAAUGUCCUGUCACGUAACAUCACCAAGCAGGAGUGCUGCUGCACAGUGGGAGCAGGCUGGGGGGACAACUGUGAGAUCCAUGCAUGUCCUGUCCCAGGAAGAGGUACACCGCAAAUCAAAUAAACUAACUAAAACACAAAAGGAUGAAGCAAGGUGGAUAAGUGCAUUUUGUUCUCUCUACAUCAUCUUGUUAACUAAUUAAACCGGCUCUUGUGUUCCAGAUGAUUAUAACCAGUUGUGCCCUCACGGCAGUGGAUUAUUACCUGGUCCUGUUUCCGGUACACAGGGCUUAGGAGAACAGAGGUCUUUCAUAGGUACGCUUGCUCUCAUAAAUACUUACAUAUUUUAUAUUCUUGAGUUUUUAUAGUUUCCCCUUGUUGGCACAGAGAGAUGCAAUGUCAGCCUGUUUUAUUUCCACCUGCAUAAACUUUCAAAGCAUCGUACAGACACAAGCCCUCACCACGUUUAUGAGGCUGUCUCUACAGCUCACAAGGGAUUAAUAGAAUACCUUCCUGCAAACCUGACUAAUUACUCAACCCACAGUUGUCCAGACAGCUGUUUAACAACAGAGAAUGACAUUUAAAGCAAGGUCCAGUGUUUUUGCUUUCUGUCUCACUUAUGUAACACCAAAGCAUGGAUCUUUCUCUCUCUCUCUCUCUCUCUCUCUCUCUCUCUCUCUCUCUCUCUCCCCCCUUAGAUGCAAACGAGUGUGAGAUGUUUGGAUCGGACAUUUGUAAGAAUGGACAAUGUUCCAAUCUCUUCUCCACCUACACCUGCUUCUGUCGCUCUGGUUUCUACUAUGACAACAUCCGGCUAGAGUGCGUUGGUAAGAGAUGAUGGCUCUUCAAGUUUUGACACACAACACUAUAACCUUUGAGGAUGUGUUUUUGAAAUCCUCGUAAAGACCAAAGUCCCUGUUACCUGUGUUUUCAGACUACGAUGAAUGUGGAUUUGGAACUGCCUGUAAGGAUGGAGUGUGUGUGAACACAGCUGGUUCUUUCAACUGUUUCUGCAGUCCUCCAUUAGUUCUGGAUAGCUCACAGCGGCGCUGCAUCAGCGUCAACACCACAGAAGGUGCUACAACAUUUAUGAUUUCUCAAGUUUGUAGUUGUUAUUUCUUGAUUGUUUGUAUGAGUGAAGCAGGUCUUGGAGAUUUAGAACAGAAAUGAAGAAAAACAAGGGUGAUACAACUCAUCAUUCGUUGUGUUUCCUAGAGAUGAAUCUGUGGUAGUUAAAGUGCCAGUGGCUUUGGUUGAUGGCAGAUAAUGUCAUAUAUACACGCCCAUAUCUACAUUUGGUUCUCAGGGUAAUUUUAAAGUCAGAACUGCUUAUGCUUUGGCUGAAGUUUGGCUUCAGUCUGCUUCCUAAUAGUUGCAUGCAUACAGUCUUCACUGCAGUGGAAAAUUGCAAUGGACUGUUGUUAUUCACUUGCUUUUCUUUCAACUCCCACAGACUGAGAUUUUGUGAAUCUAGACAGUUGUAUAUUUAUUUUCUGCUGUUUUUUCGGCCUCAUUGUUAAUGCCUGUAUAUUCUGUCUCCCAGAAACUUUAGAGCCUGAUAAUGACGUGCACAUGGCUAUUUGCUGGCAGCGUCUGGAGGGAGACAACAUGUGUGCAGAGCCCCUUCAAGGACGCAGAACCACAUACACAGAGUGUUGCUGCCUGUACGGCAUCGCCUGGAGUGGACAGUGCGCUUUCUGUCCCAGGAGAGAGUCUGGUGAGGAAUCUCCUCAAAGAUUUCUGUCUGAAUAUAAACACAUUCUUGUUAUAUACGUAUAUCCAAAAUACAACUUUUUCCUGUGCGCUGCUGUUUUCAGAGGACUACGCAAUUAUGUGCAACCUGCCUCGGAGAGGAGGCACAGAGAGUCUGCGAGAGCGACCAGGAUAUGAGUAUGGUUUGGAGGGACCUGAAGACUCUUCAGAGCCUUUCGUACCACCAUACUUCGACAAUUACGGCAGCCCUGCAGGACCCUAUGAAAUCCCUGAGAGUAUGUCUAUCUUCAACGACAAUGACUACAGCAUUCAACAGCCACCUGUCCGUGUCCCUGUUCACCGACCUCGAGAGAAUCGGCCAAGACCAGUGGAGCCGUACUCUGGUGGGUGUAUGCAUGAAAACAGACAUUGAAAAUGUGCGAGUGAGGAGCUUCUGCUCAUAAUUAUAGGGGUCAAAAACAUUGAUUGACUCAUCUUGGAUCACUCUCAGUCCUCUCACAGUGCUGUUUUCUACUGCAGCAGGCAGCUGUUACUGUUUGCUCUCCCUUUGGUUCUCCACCCCCAUCUGUAAGCGGGCAAACUGAACAAAAAACUGGGACAAAGUAACAAUACAGUUGUGUAUUGUGAUUUGGAGUAAUAAUAGAGAAUGUGCAGUUCUUACAUGAUGAGUUGAAACAGAAAAGAGAUUUGUGAUCCCUGACCAUUCCAUCAGGGUGACUGGUACCCUUGUACAGUAUGUAGAUUGAAUAACAAUUAACAAGACUUUUUAAUGUAUGUUUUUGUACCCAUAUUUGUGUCCAUUCAGAACGCUACGAAGGCUUUGAGGGUCUCCGAGCAGAAGAAUGUGGAAUCUUGAAUGGAUGUGAAAACGGCCGCUGUGUCCGUGUACGUGAAGGUUACACCUGCGACUGCUUUGAUGGUUACGAAUUUGACUCAAACAAGAUGGCCUGUGUUGGUGAGUUCACUCCAGCAUUGUUUGCACCAUCCUCUACAGACCACCCACAAAGAGAAGUGAUAUCCCAAGUAAAAAAUGUGACUCAGUGGAUCCAGUAGAAAAUCAAUCAACUCAUUUAUCUGUGCUCAAAAUGUGGUCUUCAGAUCUUGAAUUUCAAACAUCACAAAACUCUCCCCUUGAGAUUUAAGUCUUUCAGAGCCAGGUCUUGGAUUAUUCACAGCGAGGUAACUCUUAACGCAGAGGAUCAUCAAACUCAAUGAGAAGCUUAGAAUUUCACAACCUUGUCUUUAGAUAUAUUUUAUGGGAAACUAAUGAAAGCAGUGUACUCCUUAAAACCACAAUGUGUUGCCCUUAGGUUUGAUAUUCCCCGUUCACACACUGCCAAGAGUAAGAAGACCUUGAAUCUCUUCCAUAGAGUGUGUUUCAUGAGAUAUAUUAUCCUUUAAGUGAACUUUGUUUUGUUUGAAAGUAAAAACCUCUUUUUGUAAUAAAAUGCUCUGAUUACAAUAUUCUGUCAGCAUACAUGCUUAUCAGCUCCAAGGCCAGACGUUUUACAGAGGAAAGCGAUUGAAUUCCAACACUGUGGAAUCAUGUGGGAGCUGUGCAAUUCUCGCCGUGCUUCCUUUUUAUAAAUAUCACUACAAAUCCCCCAGCAGAGCAUGACAUAAACAGAAGGGGAGUCGUUUGAUAUUGACUGCUAUGAAAUGGCAUCCAGACCUCCCGUACCUAAGAGGGGAAAGAGAAAUCAGCUGAAGGCCAGAAGGAAACAUAAUCUCAUGGAUUGUUACUUUACCAUCAUUUCGAGCAGUUUAGAGCAGGAGACGGACAGGAUUUCAAGUUCAAAUGUGAUCUAGUUGACACGCAACAUGAUGAAAUGUGUGAGUUAAGAUACACAAGAGGAAAUGUUUUGCAGUUAUUGUUUGGGGCGAGUGAAAUAUGUGCACUUUGUUAGCCAGCAGACCGUAGAAAAGCUCACCUAGUUGACAUUUGGAAGGACUUCAUGAGAUGUGGUGUUGUUUGCAACUCCUUGAACACAUCAAGAGCCAGCUGGUAGCUGGUGUAAAUCUUAAUGUAAUUUAUGUAAUUUUAAAGUGAAUUUAAUAUGGUUGCGACUGCCACUCAUAUACUGUCGAUUCCAUUAUUGGGUCUGUGAAAUGACUGAAAUGGUGGAGGAUUUACUGUAAAAUCCCAAAUAGAAGUUUCAGCGGUGUGUCUCUAAAUGGAUCAACAAACCAAUGAAUUUCUGAAAUUGUAGAAAGAGCAAAAGAAAGAAAGCUACAAGGAAAGAGGAAAAGGUUACUACAGAAAAAGAGCAAAGUCAUGGGGAAGAAAUGAGGGGUGGGGUAGGCAGACAGGAAAGAAGCAAGAAUGGGAUGGGGUGGAAGAGACAAGAAGCAGAGGCAGGAGGUAAGGAAGAAGGGGCAAAGGAGUAAGAGGGGAGAGAGGAUAAGAGGAGAUUAAAAAAGUGAAGAAGCAAGGCGAUGGAAAAAGGGAAGGAGGGAGGGCAAAGACGCAUGGAAAGGAAAUGGGAAAAAGGAAAGAGGAGGGAACAGGAGAUGAGACAAAGAAAGAUGAGAAAGAAGAGAGGAGGGAAAGAGGAAGGAAGAGGAACCAAAGGAUGAAGGCGAGGGCAGGAGGAAGAAAGAGGAACAAAAGAAAAAGGAUAGAAGAGAAAAGGAGGAUCGAAUGGACUGUGGAAGGAAGCAGGGAGGAAGAGGAGAGAAAGGACAGACAAAACAAGGAAGGAGGGCGGGAGGAGGAAAAGGCAAAGGGCAGAGGAGGCAAGGAAAGAAGGGAGGGAGAUAGAAAACAGAAAAAAGACAGAAAACAUUGGAGUAUAAUAGUUUUUAAAAGGCAUGAGACAGGGAAGAAGUUACUGUUGUAAGAAGAAGAGCUAAGAGAAAAAGACUGAAUGAGAAAUGAAGAAAUAAAAGAAAGACUGUAGAUUUAAGAACUGCUGCUGUGCAUCAGCAGAUGUGGGUGGGCAGCUGUUUCACUUCUGCAAGCUUCCUGCUCAGUAACUCAUCCUGUCUUCUUCUCCUGCAGACAUAAACGAGUGUGAGGACAUCAGUGACAAGGUGCCCUUGUGUCAGAACGGCCACUGCACCAACACAGAGGGAUCCUACAAGUGCAACUGUUUGCCGGGGUUCGUGGCCUCUUCCAAACCACACAAAUGCAUCCCAGCGAUACCAGAGUCCAAACCCACAGAGACGGACAACUGAGACACAGACUGCUGGAGCGCUGUUUCCUCCUGCUCCCCUUUAAAGUCACCUUACACCUUUCUGCCCUUCUCAUGGGGGCUUGGCACUAAACCUCCAACUGUUUCGCUGAGACGUCCAAACUUUUUCCCCGACACACGCACAUGCAAACAAAAGCACACUUGCACCAGAUCCCCUCAUAUAUACACCCAAGAGGAGCAGGUAAUGUGCAGUGAAUGUAUAACAUUGGAUUCAAUAUUCACUAGAUAUCCAUUUGCCUUAAAGGGAUUUUGUGGACUGAUCUUGUUUAUUCAGUAACCCCAGGCAUUUUGAUAUACAGAUAUAUUCUCCACAUUAUUUUCUCUGUCACUUUUUUUGUGUUAUUUAUUUCAUUUACAUGACGGGCCUCUGCAAAAUGAAAAAGCAACCUAUUUCAGAGGGCUACUUGAUUCCUCUUGUGUUAUGUGCCUCACAAAGAGAGAAUAUGGGGAGAUAAUGAUGUUUUUCUUUUUUUUUUUUUUUGGUGGAAAGUUGAAGGAAAGUUGUUAGAAAUCAGCCACUCAUGAACCAGCUUGUGCCAUACCUGUCAAACCUCUCAACAACAUUUCUUUACACAGUCCUUGUAAUAACCAAGAUAGAGCUGUUCCUCUGUAUUUGUUAAGAUCACCCACAAACUGAAGCUUAAGAAUCGCCGGACCAAGAACAUGGCGGUCGUCACAGCCAGACUCACACAUCAAAAACAAUACUUGGACCUGAAAGAGACUGUAGAUGUUUAUGAUGAUUUAUGUGAUGUUUUUAAAAGGUGCAAUAGGUGAAACCUGCCUCCCUCUUUCUACAACAUUUUUCUAACGUCAAUGACGUCGCAAAAACAUGGACUCAGUGGCUAAUCUCUGCUAUUUAGUUUGCAGUAAUAACUGAAGAAACAAACACACUAUGACCCAAGUUUGGUUCUAGGUUAUAGCUUAACCCCUGAAACUACAGUUAGAUUAGACUAUUUAUCCACGGUUUAAAGUAACAGUCAAGUUUUAUGUGCCACAAUAACACAGACAGAAAUCUUUUCUAUUAAACAGCAGUGCAUGUCUCACAUCAGUCCAUUCCCAUGUGCACAUUUCCAGAUGCACAUACACACCAUAGCUUUGUUGGAGGGGUUUGGUAUGUUUUGUACAGAUCUAGUACUAUGUAUUAUUUUUUGUUACAUAUUCUCUUAAUGCAUUAUAGCACAAACAAUAUUUUCUUUGACAUAAAGCAUAAAAUGUAAGAAAAAUCUGGCAUUAUAGCUUUGUAGAUUUAUACAUGUCUGUAAAAAUGUUUUUUAAAGCAUAUCUUUUUAUGUAUGAGGAGAGUGGCUGACACUGUACCUGAGGAACUGUGUGUAUACCCUGCCCUGUGGAGCAGACAAUGUGUGUGUUGUUUUUUUUUUUUUGUUUGUUUUGUUUUGUUUUUUGAAGUGACAGCACUGUUCUCAUCACAGAUAUUUUGUCUCUUCAAGUUCAUUACAAAGACAAUGCUUCUGAAAUGCAAGCACUAAUGUCUGUGCAUCACAACUUUAUGAGUCAUUUUUAGCAUUACUUCUUUUAGUCGCUGUUGAAUUCAGUCUCAUGAAUGUAUCAUAGACAUAUCAGCAUGAUCAUUUGGUUUCUAAACUCCAGCUCACACCUUUUUGUCUUUGAUAUUCAGGUUUAAGAAAAUAAUGGCAUUAUGGACUGAGCUUCGUUCAAGAAAUCAUAGAUGUGCAGAAAAUAAAAGUCUAAAUCUAACUUAAACAUAGUGCCGACUUAGAGCCUUCUCGUGAAUUUAUAAACAAUAAACUUAAAGUUUAACAAAUGUUCUUCUCAGUGCUCACUCCAUUUUACUGCUCUGUUAAACACUCGUCUGAAUCGAACCAGAGGUCUAACAUUCAGUUCAAAGUUGAAAUAUUUAAAGCCUUUAAAUAUCUGCAAAUAACUUGAGAUAGAUGUCUUCUUGUAAAUCUGUGGUCAUUUUAAAUAUCAUGCUCAUUCAUUAUGUUUACCUCUUGACUGUAAUCACUAUCAGUCAUCAAAAUAAAAACAUAAAAAAUA